CCUGUGAUAAAAGACUGCAAAGAUCUCCGUAAUGUAUUGUGGGGUGCAAAAUAGUAGGGAGAGUGUUAAUUAAAGUGAUUUAAGAGGAGUAGGAUCAUGCCCCUAUCUCUGUGGUCAAACGCACGUGUUAAACUUCAAAUCUAUGCCCACAUUGGCCUUGUAGCUUCUGUUACAUAAGCAACUCUUCCCCCUUCUUUUCCUGAAGAUAGCAUUUUUUGAUUACAAAUAAACUUGCAACUUGUCUUCCCUUCAACCUUACAUAACCUGCAAAUAAGGUCAUUUUUCCCCCUUAUCAAAGUAACAAAUAUUUGCAGUGUGUCAGCUUGCAGAUAACUCUGUGAGCCCUGCUAGAUCUUGCUUAUAAAAGGCCAUUGUCUGAGGAGCUUGUGUUAUAUCUAUUCAACCAUGGAGAGAAAUAAGAAGCUUCAUUUUUUGGCCCUUGCUCUUGCAGGUAAGAUAGAAUUUUAUAGUUGGAUAGAGGUACAUUGGAAGGUGUUUCAUAUUGAGUCAGUCCAUUGUUCUAUCUAGUUCACUAUUGUCUAGACCAGGGAUUCCCAAACUUGGGUCUCCAGAUGUUUUGUGACUACAAUUCUCAUUACUCUUGACCACUAGCUAGGGAUGAUGGGAGUUGUAGUCCAAAAACAGCUGGAGACCCAAGUUUGGGGUUCCCUGGUCUAGAGCAACUGGCAGUGGUCCUCCAAGGUUAUAUGACCCUUUGCCAGUCGGAUGCCAUCACAUCAGCCUCAGUUUGGGGCCAAUGGAAUUGGUCACCCCAAACAUCCUCAGGGCACCAGGUUGGCGGUUAAACAUUCCCCUGCUCAGCUCCAGUGCUGAAGUCAACUUUGCUACCUUCACAGGUGCAGUUCUCUGUUUAAGUCAAAUGUGCCUUGGGGUUAUGGAACAAAAAUACUCUUUUAAGAAGUUGUAGUUUUGUUGUUGUUGUUUAGUCAUUUAGUUGUUUAGUCGUGUCCAACUCUUCGUGACCCCAUGGACCAGAGCAUGCCAGGCACUCCUGUCGAAAGAUGGUCGAUACAAGCUCCUGAGGAUAUAUUGUAGUCGCUUCAGCAACAAGAACAAACCAACAGCUAAUGUUUCCAAUGACAUAUGCUUCAGCUAUCGGUGAGAGAUGACUCAGGAGCGAAAAUUGAAAACUACUUGUGCUAGCGCAGUGAUGGGGUAAUGCUUUCUCCUAAAACAUUACAAAAAGGUGACCCUUCCACUCUGUUACCUCAGUAAAAUCUCUGGUUCAUGCCCUGGUUGUCUCUCAGGUAGACUACAACAAUCUUCUCAUUUCUGGUCUUCCAUUGUCUCACUUCGGUUCCCUCAUGUCUAUCCAGCAUUCAUGUGCCAAACCCCACCCACCUUUUUCAUCACUCUGGCCAUGGGACACUCUUCCUCACAUUGGCUUUGCCCCUCUCCCUGCAUCUCUCCACACUUAUAUCCCAAUACUUGUCUGCAGUCUUCACUCUUCCAACUCCACCAUCUCAAGGUCUCCAGCUUGCAGGGCAAAAGACUCUGCCUUUUCUUCUUCUGUUGUUGUUUGUCGUUUAGUUGUGUCCGACUCUUUGUGACCCCAUGGACCAGAGCACGCCAGGCAUUUCUGUCUUCCACUGCCUCCCACAGUUUGGUCAAACUCAUGCUGGUAGCUUCGAGAGCACUGUCCAACCAUCUCGUCCUCUGUCGUCCCCUUCUCCUUGUGCCCUCCAUCUUUCCCAACAUCAGGGUCUUUCCCAGGGAGUCUUCUCUUCUCAUGAGGUGGCCAAAGUAUUGGAGCCUCAGCUUCAGGAUCUGUCCUUCCAGUGAGCACUCAGGGCUGAUUUCCUUAAGAAUGGAUAGGUUUGAUCUUCUUGCAGUCCAUGGGACUCUCCAGAGUCUCCUCCAGCACCAUAAUUCAAAAGCAUCCAUUCUUCGGCCUUCUUUAUGGUCCAGCUCUCACUUCCAUACAUCACUAAGAAGUUGUACUGGGGGCCUGUAAAGGUGAACUGCGGUAGAAAAGUUGCCCAGAUCAAUUUGUGUUUCCCUUGAUAAAAGACUUUCUUCAAAAUGCAUCUAUAAUGCAGCUGCCCUUUUUCUUGUUCUUGGAUUGUGUUCAACAGCUGUUAUUGAUUCUUCAUUCUUUCACUAAUUCAAUGGUGUGUGUAUCUCACCCUUCCAAUGCAUUCCAUUUUUUUGGAGCAGUUUACAAUCGUUCAAAGUGUUGUGAUCCAUAAGAACAAUAUACAAACAGUAUGAGGAGAUAGAAAUUCAGAGACUCCCCAGAAAAGAAACCCUCGUCUGCCUAAUAUGACAAAAGCUUGCUGGAACAGGGAAGCUUUCACCAGGCAGUAAAGGAGAUGGCCAAAUCAACCUUCAGUAAUCUGGUGCAACCACCAAGAAGGCCCAUGCUCUUGUCCCAGUCAGUCAGGCAUCCUGCACAGCUGGGGCAUAGAGGAAGGUGUUUUAGGGAGUAGCAGGCUGGUUACAGGUACUGGGAGAGGCAGCCUUUAGUGUAUCUUGGCUCAAGCCAUUGAUCUGCGAGGAUGUCUACCUCUUUCGAUCAUAAGUAGCAAACUAGUUCAAAGCAGUACCAAAGAAAGGGGAGAAGAUACUGGAAAGGAUGAAUGCUUUUUGAUAAAUUAACUGGCAGUCUUUCAGUUCAAAUACCUCCCCUAGUGGCUUCUUUGUCUCUUUACAAAUAAGACCCUGCAGGUUCUUUGAAAAGGAUGGUUUCUGAGCAAUUUGUAAAGAAACAUGCCCUUGAAGAAGGCGCUUUUGCAAAUUUUGCAGGCAAAUUUAACAAUAAACAUGCACCCUUUCCAGCAUCUUUGAGAUACACUUCCCCUGUUUUGUUUACAUCAUUAGAUGCUUCCUGCUUUGGAAGAUUUUCCUUUCAGCAAAAUAGUUCCCCACACAACGUGCUUUAGGUUGUAGCUCUUCUUUAGGAACAACCGGACUGGUUUCAGCUGGAAAAAGGCAGCAAUUCUGCCAGCUAUCUGCUAAAGCAGGUAAAAUGCAAUAUCCCUCUUCUCUCAAUUCCUGUGAUGGUGCCUUCCCGUUCUCCCCCAAAAUGGGUGGCCAAAUAUUGGCUUUGGGAAUGGCUUGUGGCCAUUCUUACCAGCAGGCCAUAAAGAAUGUCAGUCACCCAUAUGGAAAACCAAUACAGGCAUCAUCUGCUUUCCCCAAAAUGAGAGAUUUUUUUAAAACCACCAGUGGGCAGCACAAGCUUUUGCUAAGGGGUUUUAAAUCGUUUUUAUUAUUAAUUCUAAGACCUUCUGUGCGAGUUCAGAUCUAGAACUAAAACGCUUCCCUUCUCUAGAGAUUGCGUGGGAUUACGUAUUUAUUUAUUCACGGGGGAGAAAGCGUAUGGGAUACGAUCUCAUUCAAAAUGUUUCUGUUUGCAAAGUGGAAUACAAUGAACAGUAUUCUUAAGGCCUGGCGGGAUUAAGCAUUAUUCUAAGCAUGCCAUAGAACAGUUCCCAAAGCAAACCGGGUCCCUGCUGUAGCGCAAUUGCCAGAAUUGUGGCAGCACAAUAUGCAGAUUGUGCUUAUCAAGUGUUUUCAUGGCACUUUAAAUAUCGGUACAUGAUGUCCCUGUAAACUUCAAUAUUUAAAAGGCCACGAACAUUCUUGGCAUCAGGUCACCAAAGAAAAGAAUUUCUGGGGGUGGUCUGGCAGAAACAGCUGCACCUCAUAUUGAGGGAACUCGGAAAUCUUGACAGGGUGGACUGGAAAGAUGAUAGUUGCAAUUUGCUCAACAAAUACUCUGAUGUCAAGGUUCUUUUAAUUCUGCAGAAUUUAUUUGUUUUUUGGGGGGUAGCAAAUGUGCAGGGACUUGAGCUAUAUCUCUGUAAAGUUCACCAUUACCCUGUGGGGUUAGGAAGCAUUUUCAGAAUGCCAGAAGUCCCAAAAUGUUGUCAAAAGGCAAUGGGAUCGUGACCAGUCAAAUAGCGCUAGGUGGAAAUAUGUAGACCAUGGGUAGUCAAACUAAGGCCCAGGGGCCGGAUCCAGCCCAAUCGCCUUCUAAAUCCCGCCAGAUGGACCUGCCAGAUGUUAGACAUGCAUUCCCAUUGGCCCCAGUCAAGAAAUUUAGCUGCCUGAGGCAAAGGACAAGUUGUGCAUACCCCCAGUUGGACUGGUAGUUGACGUUUUCUCCAAUACUAGUGAAAGGACACUUGAGGGCAGCAGGAUAGUGUGUGGGGGAGGAGGCAGGCCACAUGAUAAUCAUAGCUCUGGCCAUGCCCCCACCUCAUUAUUUGCCGCCUGAGGCAGCUACCUCAGUCUGCCAGCCCUGCCAAUGGGUGUUCAGUGCUAACUGAGCCCUUAAAAACUCCCUGGGUGUGGCUUACCCCUUCCAGGCCCUGUGGAAGAAGUCAGACCUAGGGAAUACAGUCAUACCUCAGGUUACAGACGCUUCAGGUUGCGUUUUUUUGGGUUACGGACCGCCAAAACCUGGAACGGGUUACUUCCGGAUUUCGGUGGUCAUGCAUGUGCAGAAGUGUCAAAUUGUGCUUUGCGCAUGCGCAGAAGUGCCAAAUUGCAACCUGCACGUGCGCAGACGCGUCGCUGCGGGUUGCGAACGGGCAUCCCACACGGAUCAUGUUUGCAAUCUGAGCGUCCACUGUAUACAGAAAAAUAGAGAAAAUGGUGAGCAGGCUUGUUGGCAUGUGAGGCCCAUCGGGACAAGAACGCUACGUCUUCACUGGCAACUGGCCCAGGGGCUCACUGGCCUGCCUGUUUCAUGGGUUGUCUCUGGUUUGGAAGGUUCCAGGUUUCUGGGGUUGGGCUCAGUGUCAAGAUCCAGAUGUAGGACUCAGUUGACCAACUGUCAGUCACUGGGACCAUGACCCCCCAAGUUCAUAAAUUAUACUCUGGUGGGUAGCUAGGUGCAAGGUAUCACCUCCUAUUGGGCCUUUUUCCCAGCCAGAACUUGCUGGAACUCCAGCACCUCUCAGGUGGGCGCCAUUCCCAUUCUAAGAGAACAAGAGGUGUUUGCAGUGAGUUCCGGCACCUUCUUUUCCAGAAGAAUAGCGCUGCCUAUUAUAAACCCAUGGGAGUCAUACAUAUACUAUAGAAGUGGAUUAACUAGUUCCCAAUACAUUAACUGAAGAGUCAUCAUGACCAGAAAGAUCCUUUGGUUGGAAUUGUGAAUGUUGCUCCAAGCCACAGCUUCGCUCCCACAAUGGUUUAUUGUGUGACUUAACCUUCCUGCAGCUUUGACUUGCUUCUCAUAAGAAAAGAGCCUCGCUUCGGAGAUGGAUUCAAUCACUGAUAUACUGUUAAAUUAAAUGUGGAUAAUUACGUUGAAUUGUAAUUUGGGAGCCAGCAAUUAAUAUUUCCAGAAGCUUUAGUCAAAAGUGAAAGGCUCCGUGCAGUGGGAUUUUAAUUGACUUUAUAUAAUGUUUGGUGGCAACAGCAACUUCUUAUUAACAUUCAUUCUUAGGAAGGAACUAAUCUUGCAUGCUCCACCUUAUGUAAUUUAUUUCUGAGUGGCAUUUGUGAACAUCACCCUAAAGAGGGCAAUAGACAAAUGGUAUUGAGUUGGUAUUAUGACAAUGGAGAGGGAAGGUUGCUAUGAUGGCACCUACAUUGGAGGGGCACUCCCUCUCUUCUUCACGUUGCCAAAAGAUGUCUCAGAAGCUCUUAGGUCACAUCCAGACCAUACAUUUAAAUCACUUCUAUGCUACUGUGACAGUCUGUCCUGAUCCUCUGGCCUACCUGCCAGCCAGAAAGUGUGCCAAGACCAAGUCCAAAAUCCGAGGGUUGUUCAGCAGCCACAAAGUCCACAGUCUGAGAUCUGAAGCCGAAGGUCAGGAAACGAGGUUUAGGGUCGAUCCAAGUCCCAAGUUAGGAUGCAGUCCAUCAUCAAGCCUGAAAUAGAAUCAAAGAAUCAUAGAAUCAUAGAGUUGGAAUAGACGACAAGGGCCAUCGAGUCCAACCCCCUGCCAAGCAGGAAACACCAUCAGAGCACUCCUGACAUAUGGUUGUCAAGCCUCUGCUUAAAGACCUCCAAAGAAGGAGACUCCACCACACUCCUUGGCAGCAAAUUCCACUGUCGAACAGCUCUUACUGUCAGGAAAUUCUUCCUAAUGUUUAGGUGGAAACCUGUGGAGGUUCAGGAGUAUCCAACACAAGGUCCCUCAGUUAAUAUAUUAAUAAAAAUAAUAAUAAUAGAUAAUUUUAUUAUUUAUACCCUGCCCAUCUGGCUGGGUUUCCCAGCCACUCUGGGCAGCUCCCAACAUAAUAUUAAAAACACAAUAAAACAUCAAAUAUUAACAAAACUUCGCUAAACAGAGCUGCCUUCAGGUGUCUUCUAAAAGUCAGAUACAGUGGUACCUCGGGUUACAGACGCUUCAGGUUACAGACGCUUCAGGUUACAGACUCCGCUAACCCAGAAAUAGUACCUCGGGUUAAGAACUUUGUUUCAGGAUGAGAACAGAAAUCGUGCUCCGGCGGCGCAGCAGCAGCAGGAGGCCCCAUUAGUUAAAGUGGUGCUUCAGGUUAAGCACAGACCUCCAGAACGAAUUAAGUUCUUAACCCGAGGUACCACUGUAGUUGUUUAUUUCCUUGACAUGGGAGGGCGUUCCACAGGGUGGGCGCCACUACCGAGAAGGCCCUCUGCCUGGUUCCCUGUAACCUCACUUAUCGCAGUGAGGGAACCGCCAGAAGGCCUUUGGAGCUGGACCUCAUUUCUUUCUUUCUUUCUUUCUUUCUUUCUUUCUUUCUUUCUUUCUUUCUUUCUUUCUAAAUUUAUUUAUUUGGUUUUUCAGAUUAAAAAUUUGCAGUCACAUGUCCAACAUACAGCAUAAAAACAAGAUUCCACUACAAGUGAUAUUCCAAUCCUACUAACGAUUUGAACUUUUUACAAUGGUCUUUAAGAUAAGAUAUAAAUGUUCCUUAUUAAAAUUUUGUUAUUGGCCCAGAGAUGGAAAUAAGAUAAAGUCCCUACCAGAGAAGAAUGGCAGAUCACGUUGAUGGAUUAUGCUGAAAUGGCUAAAAUGACUGGAAGAAUCAGAAAUCAGGAAGAUUGUAUCCACUAAUUUCUGUUUCUCCCCUCUUAGUUUUAAGCCAGGCUUACGCUGUGAGGGAAGAUGGACUAUAUGGUUACUCUUUGACCGGAAAACCAGAGAAGACAGAGAAAGGCUGGAGGUAAAAGUCCGCUUUUGUUAUUCCUCUCCACCCAAGUUCUUUGUGUAUUUAAUAUUUUGUACACUGACAACACUUUUCUGAUAUCUCUUGAUUUUUCCUCAAAUGUAAAGCCUUUCCUGAUUGUGAAGGAGCCAUAUACUUUGCAAAUGGAUGUGGAUUGUUUAAUGCUGAAAACAUUGCAAAGAGCAACGGAAAAGUGCAACGAUUGUGCAUAUGGCGCAAUGCUUAAGCUAGCAAAGAUAAAAGAUAGCUAACUACAUUUACCCGCACAGAAGCCCAGGCAAAGCUACAGUCCGAAGGUUGCAGUGUACACCCAGAGCUCUGCAUAAGCAAGAAUAAUCCAUUUCUUCUGUGAUGGCCUCCCACACAAAUAAUAAUAAUAAUAAUAAUAAUAACUUUUAUUAUUUAUACCCCGCCCAUCUGGCUGGGUUUCCCCAGCCACUCUGGGUGACUUACAGCACAUACAAAUUGUAAAACAUUAGACAAUAAAAAUUUCCCGAUACAGGGUUGCCGUCAGAUAUCUUCUAAAAGUCAGUUAGUUGUUUAUUUCUUGACAUUUGACAGAAGGGCGUUCCACAGAGCCACUACCAAGAAGGCCCUCUGCCUCACACUAUAUCAAGGGCCUACUCCCUGAUAUUGAGAAUAAUAAGUCAAUCGUUACUCAUGUGGAGUUCACGGCCGCAUCUAUAAAAAAACACUCUGAAAAAUAACCGCUUUAAAGCUCACAAUGGAAAAAUCCAUAGAGUUCCAAUUUCGACUCCACAGCGCCAUCCGGUGUCACAUUGUUAUAACACAUUUAUAACGUUUUAUUUUUGCUAAUGUAGCUGAGUCCAUGCAUGUAGUCCAUAGCUGUCAACUUACAGAUUUGAAAAUAAGGGACCAGCAGCCAAAAUAAGGGACCUGCAGCCUCACCUGUUCCAGGCACUCCAGUCUUCCUGUCCUCCUGCAGUCUGGUCAAACUCAUACUGGUAGCUUUGAGAACACUGUCCAACAAACUUUGUAACCAGAGGUUCAACUGAAUAGACUCUGAAUCACAUGCACCACAAGGCCUAUGCAGCCUCAACUUAAGAUGGCUCCCCAGCCUGGCUUUGCACUGCAAAGUUUGCAGCAGCACGUGCAACAAAAUGACAUCCAGCAUUCAAAAAACCCCUCAGCUUACAUUAACUAGCCACACACAAGGCAUGCAAGCUCCACCCCCCAGUCAUUCUUAGACUUCUUAUUGGGUGAGCAACACAGCCAAGCAACACAGUUGGAGCCUCCCUCCUCCCUGGCCGGCAGGGUGGGAGGGAGAGGAGCUGCUUCCUUUGAUAUUUAAGGGACAUCAUUUAAGGGACAUCCAUCAAUAAGGGACAGCAGUGGGACAUGGCGCUGGAAUAAGGGACUGUCCCUUCAAAUAAGGGACACUUGACAGCUGUGAUGUAGUCUAAGAUCCUUUGAGCUGAGUUCUACUUGUGGAAAGGGUGCUUGCGACACCUGCAAAUGGAAGAGGGCUAGGCAAAGUGUGCUGAUUCCUCUUUCCUUCUGUCCCCACACCCUCAAUCUUCUCUGGGACAUUGUGGGACCAUAUGGAGUUGCACAGGAGAGGGAGAUUAGGCAAAUAUUCCCUCUCUCCUUCUGUCAGAAAGAGCCUCUCCUGGAUCAGAGGUGCUACCCUUCACGGUAAAACUCCUUCUAUGAGCAGAAGGGUAUCUUAGGAUCCAGUCCGGAGUGUCUGGAGAGUAGAAACCAUUAAUGCUUUAUUUAUGCUCAUGGCAUAAGAAUUGAUUUGAUUUUCGCAAAUGGAAUUGCAACACAAUGGUUCUGAAUCAAUAAAACGGGAACUAGAUGACAUAAAGUUGGAUUUAAUUACCACAAACUGAAUCACAAUACAAUUAUUCUGGAUGAAUAAAGGGUUCACUAGACGGGACACAGAGUAAUAAUAGACAUUUAUGUCCCAGAUGCCUUCUCUGCCUGUGGACCUGUGUGGCCAUGUGGCAUUUUAUUGAAUUAUAAGGCCUUGAUUGUAGAAUUUUGAUCCUGAUUUAGCCGAUCCGGAUUAAAAUCCCAACCGAUCAUGGAUCCAUUUCCUUGAGUCUCCAUGUAAACUGUAUUGUAAAACACUUUGCAGAAAUGUCAUAAAGCGGUGGGUAAUAUUCUUUCGAUGGGAUAUAUUUAGACACAUGAACUGAUCACUAGAGUGAGAUUUUGGAGAUCUAUGCUUACCGAAUGUUCAGAGAACAAAAUAUUUUUCACUCCUUGCUGACUGCUCAUAGAAACAGACAAUAUAGUAUGAAGAUAAAUGGCGGUGUGUCUUUUCCAGGGUGGCCCUGUCAAGACGUGGAACAGCUUCCCUCUACGGAAAUGAUAUUCCUCAACUUGUGUUGGAUGUGGAGUUUCAGACAGAGGACAGAGUCAGGUUUAAGGUGAGUGAAAGAGAAAGCAAGCAAGGAAAGAAGUUGGUCAGCUAUAAUAAUAAUAAUAAUAAUAAUUUAUUAUUUGUACCCUGCCCAUCUGGCUGGGUUUCCCCAGCCACUCUGGGCGGCUUCCAUAGAAACCAAAAAUACACUAAAAUAUCACACUUUAAAAACUUCCCUGAACAGGGCUGCCUUAAGAUGUCUUCUGAAUGUCAGGUAGUUGUUUAUCGCUUUGACAUCUGAUGGGAGGGCGUUCCACAGGGUGGGCGCCACUACCGAGAAGGCCCUCUGUCUGGUUCCCUGUAACCUCACUUCUCGCAAUGAGGGAACAGCCAGAAGGCCCUCGGCGCUGGACCUCAGCGUCCGGGCAGAACGAUGGGAGUGGAGACGCUCCUUCAGGUAUACUGGGCCGAGGCCAUUUAGGGCUUUAAAGGUCAACACCAGCACUUUGAAUUGUGCUCAGAAACAUACUGGGAGCCAAUGUAGGUCUUUCAAGACCGGUGUUAUGUGGUCUCGGUGGCUGCCCCCAGUCACCAGUCUAGCUGCCGCAUUCUGGAUUAGUUGUAGUUUCCGAGUCACCUUCAAAGGUAGCCCCACGUAGAGCGCAUUGCAGUAGUCCAAGCGGGAAAUAAACAGAGCAUGCACUACUCUGGCGAGACAGUCCGCGGGCAGGGAGGGUCUCAGCCUGAGUACCAGGUGGAGUUGGUAGACAGCUGCCCUGGAUACAGAAUUGACCUGCGCCUAUCAUUUAUGCACAACCUACUGAUAACUCUAUGUUUAUUUUGUAUGUGUCUCUUCUUAUUUGGAAAUAGAUCUAUGACCCUAACAACCAACGCUUCGAAGUUCCUCUCAAGAUUGAAUCCCCUCCUCUCGCUGCUGCUGACACCAGCUAUGACAUUGAAUUUGUCAACGAUUUAUCUCUUCGGUUUAAAAUCAUAAGGAAAGCCACAGGAACUGUUCUGUGAGUACAAGCUAUAUUAAGUUUGCUUGCUGGGGGAAAAAAAAGAAAACAAGAAGUGAUGGAACUGAGAUGAGCACCAUUUCUCAUGCAUUACAGCUUGGCUCAGCAUGAAAGGAAAAGAAAAAUGAUCCUUUCUAUCCUGAGUAUAAGUUCUGUUUGUCACAGAAAUAGCAGGGAGCAAAUUAUUCCUUGUCUUCGCUGAAGGGAUAAAAUGCCAAGUGCACACAUGCAGAUGAAGAAAUAUUGAGUGAGUAUAUUUUCUUUCCAUAAUCCCUCAUCAGAUGGGUGAUUAGCUAAUACUCUUCGCCCUUGUGCAGAUAUGAGUUAGUGUUAUGUACUGAGUUGAUCAGGAUCCAAAAGGCAGGAGUCUGAUUGGUGCUAGAACAAUAGGAUUCAGAAUGCAGCAGUCUGAUUGGUGCUAGAACAAUAGGAUUCAGAAUGCAGUAGUCUGAUUGGUGCUAGAACAAUAGGGUUCAGAAUGCAGCAGUCUGAUUGGUCCACAGGAGCCACCCAAUCCAGCUCCAGGUGGAAGUGAAUCCGCAACCUGAUUGGCCUACAGGUGAAUCCUGGAAUUAGCCAAUCACGUGGGGCCCAUUGUGUAAAUAAUGUAUAUAAAGCAGACAUUCUGGGGGAACUUCCAUUCCUCCUCACCACUAUGAACUGAAUAAAGAGCAUGAAAUCCACUCUCGACUCCGAGUGUAUUUCAGUUAGUUUAAGACUUCUUCAAGAAAAGGUGCAUUAUCUGUGUCCAGAUCUUCACAUGUAAUGAUCCCACUGUAUCUACAUAUCCAUGUAGCCAUAGCCGGUCUCAACUUUUGGUCAUACAUACAUGCAGUGAAAUGGGUGAUCAUCAUCAUAUGUUAUAAUCUACAUGUAGGAUGGCAUUUAUUCUCACAUGAAAUCUGCGUAGGAAAUUGAGAAUGUAUGAAGAGGCCCUGGGACAAGGAUAAGAUCGUCUGCUAGGUUUUGGGCAUCUGGUUCUGGUUUCUGAAAUGUGGAUUUAAUGGCAUUUGCCAGCUUUACGAAAAGAGGAGACUGAGCAGUAGUUUAGAGGAAGCCAGAGGGCAGUCUUGGCUAAUACGUUUAUCGGCAGUAAAGCAAGAUGUUUGGCUGCUUAACAUUGCCGGGAAGGAAAAACAGUAUCAGGAAAUCAUGAUUCCUUUCAGGGGCUUAUGUAAGUUCUUGCAAAAUCUGCUUCUCUUUCUUUCUUUCAAUGGAGAAUUAAUUUUCAAGGUGAUGCUUGCUUAGUCGCUUUUACCAAAAGAGGAUGUGUUGAAUGAAACAUUAGCGUGGGAAAAAGGCUAGCAGGGAUUUCAUAUAACAUGUUCAGACAGGAGGGGGGAAGGCAUAGACAGUGCCAGGGGGAGGCAGGGGGGCUGUUAAAAACAACACCCCCCCCAGCAAGUCGCUCUCCUUCCCCUUAUUCCGCCCCCAUUUCUGAACUGUUUAUUAACAAGUGCAUUUUUUUUUCUUUCUCAAUUUUCACCCACUUAGAAAUAUACCGUAUUUUUUGCUCUAUAAGACUCACUUUUUUCCCUCCUAAAAAGUAAGGGGAAAUGUGUGUGCGUCUUAUGGGGUGAAUGCAGGCUGCGCAGCUAUCCCAGAAGCCAGAACAGCAAGAGGGAUUGCUGCUUUCACUGCACAGCGAUCCCUCUUGCUGUUCUGGCUUCUGAGAUUCAGAAUAUUUUUUUUCUUGUUUUCCUCCUCCAAAAACUAGGUGCGUCUUGUGGUCUGGUGCAUCUUAUAGAGCGAAAAAUAUGGUACUUUGACCCCUCAAUAUCCCCUCUGCCAUUUUUCCAUGGCAUGAAGGACAGAGCCAGUCAGUAUUGAUUUCAGGGUCUCAGCCCAAGUGAACUGCACUCUUCUUUAUUUCAUUUUUUGUGUGAAAUAAAAAUCCUUGCUCCUUGCAUUCAUUGGUUCCUCUGUUCAAACUGGACCUUGUUGUUCCCCUCAAAAAACUUUCACUAGCCGGACAAAGAGGAGAGGGGCAAGGGGAUGUUCUUGAGGCCAUCUUAGAACCAUGUCCGCCCAACUUAAACUAGCAGUGUGGCUAUUCCCGUACUGUAGUUGCAUAGCUGUCAACUUACAGAUUUGAAAAUAAAGGACCAGCAGCCUCGAAAAUAAGGGAGCAGCAGCCAAAAUAAGGGAUUUUCCGGGCACAGGUAUGUUCAACUUCUGAGCCCCUCUGAGCCAAAGGCAGAAAGCCCAGCCAGCAGCCAAAUGAAGCCUCAUCAAUAAGGGACAGUAGCGGGACAUGGUGCUGGGAUAAGGGACUGUCCCGCCAAAUAAGGGACACUUGACAGCUAUGUGUAGUUGUUUGACUGGCAUUUAUUCUUCUUGUUUGGUUUCUGCCUUUUCAUCCCUCCCUUGAAAUCAUUGGGACUGAAACUCUCAGUCUACACCCAUAAGCAUGCAAUUAACUCAUGCUUUAUAGGGAAGGGAGUCCCACUAGACCAAGUGGGAUUUUCUUCUUAGUAUGCAAGUUUAGGACUGUCCUGCCUUUCUCAUUUGUUUUCUGUGGGGCUUAGGCAUGCCCGGCUACUGCCACAUGCAUAUUUGCACUGGCAAAUUCUGCUACACAGAAAAGAGUGGAGUCAAUAUAGUCGGCUUAUCAGAAAGCCAAGCCAGGGUUUACAAAGGGAUGCGCCUCGAUUGCCUAACAUUAAAUGAACAUCCGUACAGUGGUACCUCAGGUUACAUACACUUCAGGUUACAGAUGCUUCAGGUUACAGACUCUGCUAACCCAGAAAUAGUACCUCGGGUUAAGAACUUUGCUUCAGGAUGAGAACAGAAAUCGCGCAGUGGCAGCUGGAGGCCCCAUUAGCUAAAGUGGUGCUUCAAGUUAAGAACAGUUUCAGGUUAAGAACGGACCUCCGGAACAAAUUAAGUACAUAACCAGAGGUACCACUGUACAGUGGUACCUUGGGUUACAUAUGCUUCAAGUUACAUACGCUUCAGGUUACAGACUCCGCUAACCCAGAAAUAGUACCUCAGGUUAAGAACUUUGCUUCAGGAUGAGAACAGAAAUUGUGUGGCAGCAGCGGGAGGCCCCAUUAGCUAAAGUGGUGUUUCAGGUUAAGAACAGUUUCAGGUUAAGAACGGACCUCUGGAACGAAUUAAGUACUUAACCAGAGGUACCACUGUAUAGUGAUUUUUUUUUUUUUAAAGAUAUUACUUGAAUUCACAACGCCCAAGAGGACCGUCACCACUACAGUCGUACCUUGGAUCUCGAACGCCUUGGCUCCCGAACAAAUUGGCACCCGAAUGAUCGAAACCUGGAAGUGAGUGUUCCGGAUUUCGAACAAUUUUCGGAAGCUGAACGUCCGGCGCGGCUUCCAUGGCUUCCAAUUGGCUGCAGGAGCUUCCUGCAGCCAAUCAGAAGCCACGUUUGGGUUUCCGAACGUUUUGGAAGUUGAACAGACUUCGGGAACAGAUUCUGUUCAACUUCCAAGGUACGACUGUAUUCCUUUUACAGAAUGGCUCAGCCAUAGGGUAUUCUCCAGGAGACCCUGGGUGAGUAAGAGCUUUCAUCCAGAUGUUAGAAGUUUGGGGUUUAUACUCUAGUCCAGGUCUCCCAUACUUGGUCCCCUCCAGAUGUUUUGGGUAGCAACUCUUAUCAUCCACAGGCAGCAUCAAAACAUCUGUAGAGCACCAGAUUGGGGAAACUUGCUCUAGUCCUGGCUCAUUUGCACCCAACUUGAUUUGAUUUAUUAUAUUUCGAUGCGACUUUUCAUACAAAUGAACCGCAAAGCGGAUUACAAACAAUCAAUAGCAAUAACAUAAGAGAACAUCACAAAUACAGCACCAAUCAUAUAGAAUAAUUAACAAAUCAUCAGUAAAGCAAUUACAAAUAACCAGUAAAGCAAUUACAAAUUAUCAGUAGAAUCAUAGAAUUGUCAAGUUGGAAGGGACCACAGACCACAAGGGUAAUCUAGUCCAACCCUCUGCAAUGCAGGAAUAUUUUGCCCAACAUGGGGCUCAAACUCGCAGCCUUGAGGUGAAGAGUUUCACUCUCCACCAACUGAACUAUCUAUGUCACCGGUAAAACAAUUAUAAUCUGUAAAACACUAUUAGCAAAACAACUAAAGUACAGUGGUACCUCGGGUUAAGUACUUAAUUCGUUCCGGAAGUCCGUUCUUAACCUGAAACUGUUCUUAACCUGAAGCACCACUUUAGCUAAUGGGGCCUCCUGCUUCCGCCGCGCCGCCGGAGCCCAAUUUCUGUUCUUAUCCUGAAGCAAAGUUCUUAACCUGAAGCACUAUUUCUGGGUUAGCGGAGUCUGUAACCUCAAGCGUAUGUAACCUGAAGCGUAUGUAACCCGAGGUACCACUGUAAUAAGCUGAGCAGCACAAUUGCAACAGAAGGCUUAUUACAGAACUCGCAAAGUACUACAGCUAAUCUGCGAAACAAUAUUGUGAGCAUGAACAAAAUAGCAUCCAGAAAAUAAACAGAGCGCUGCUGAAUUCAUGCACAAAUUCUCCCCACCCUGAUGACCCAUAAUCUUUCACUCUGUUCAGUUUGUUCUUGUUUGCAUUGUUCCCUGGCAUGAGGCUCAGGAAAGACCCAGGCAGUAGCAACCGGGGGGUUUCUCCCAGUUUUCAAACACAACAUGCCAUCUACACUGCUACACUGGCUGCUCCCGGAACCAUGUUCUGCCGACCAGGCGCCACUUUCCCUCCUAGUGAAACGCCAUCCCGAUACAUGUUUACCUGCAUAACAGGCAUAUUGAGACCUAAGAAGAAUCAGGUGGGUGAGGUGGGUGUGAAAUAUCAAGUGUAAGGUUAAAAAAUAAAAAUAAUUCUAAGCCAAGGCAAACUUUUCCUGGCAGGAAUUAGAAAACAGUGGAGAGGAAUAUUUAGAUAGGAUCUCUCUGUGUGUGUUUUCCAGCCAGGGGUUUCAAAAUUAAAGCAGAUUUUUUGAUAAAUGUGUGAAAAAGCAGGCGGUCAUUGGGGCUUGCAGAAGAGCUUGUGGCAGGAAAAAGGCUUUAAUUAAUAUGCCAGAAAACUGACACACACACACACACACACACACACAGAGAGAGAGAGAGAGAGAGAGAGAGAGAGAGAAUGUGUAACCAGCUGCAGCGGUGCAAGGCCACUUGUUUGCCAAUAAAGAAAGGGACCAAUUUUGCAUCUUUGAAAAUAAAAUAUUGCUCAGAGCAAUCAAUAAGCUGCAAAUGAGGCCGGCGGGCAGUUUUUCCAGCUGCAUUUGAAUGUCUGAAUAGAUGAUAAAUUGUGUCUAGAGAGCAACACAAAAUCCUUCUGUACCUGCUGUAUAAUUUGAGGGCCCCUAAAAAAGCUCUGUCAUCGCUCAACCACCUCUGAGUUCCCAGACCUUUUUGUACCUUUUAUCUCUGUCAAGCAGGCUUUAUAUUUUUGGAUAACCUUGCCCCAAAAUCCCUAAUGCACCUCCCUAUCCCACAAUUUUUCUGGCAUAAUUCAGGUUAACCCCAUUCCAAGGGAUGCUGUUGACAUAGUGACAUGUAGAUAUUUAUAUCCAGGGUUAAAUCACCUCCCUGCCUUUCUAUACUAUAAUCACUGCACUAAGUAAUACGACGCAUUACUUACUAUACCACAGAGAUUUAACAAAGACUGGCUAAUUUCCAUAGAUAAAUGGGUUAGACAGAAUAAACAUGCUUUUGACAGUGAUAUUAGGUGCUUUGCUCAGUUUAUGAUCUGGCUGCGAAGCAGCUAUCAAGACUUUUGCCCAGGCCAGCGUGGCUGCCCACCUCGUAGCAAUUGUCACAACUUGCGGUUUAGGCAUUGGGUGAGUCUCUGGUGGAGGGGAGGUUGUAGCCCAGGUUUUCCCAAAUUUGGGUCUCCAGCUGUUUUUUGGACUACAAUUCCCAUCAUCCCUAGCUAGCAGGACCAAUGGUCUCGGAUGAUGGGAAUUGUAGUCCAAAACAGUUGGAGGCCCAGGUUUGGGAAACAUUGCUGUAGCCUCUGCCUGCUCCUCCAGGUUUCGGGGGUAUCCUCUUAAAGGGAUCUAGUGGGAGUUGCUUCUUUCUGGAAGCCCAGCUGGGGGUGGGGGCCAUAGCACUCCUCAAAGGAGUGUCAUAGGCCCCUCCUUCACCCCUGGGUUGACCCCAUCUGGUAUACCCCAGAAGAUAGGCUGGUAUCUCAAUGAUUAUAUUCAGUGCCUAUGCCAAACCUCUGUAUCUGUAGUCAAUAAAGUUGUGGCCUGAUUUGACCCAAAAUGCAGCUUAUUGGAAUGCGAGUGGCGCUGUGGGUUAAACCACAGAGCCUAGGACUUGCUGAUUGGAAGGUCAGCGGUUCGAAUCCCCGCAAUGGGGUGAGCUCCCGUUGCUCGGCCCCUGCUCCUGCCAACCUAGCAGUUCAAAAGCACGUCAAAGUGCAAGUAGAUAAAUAGAUACCGCUCCGGCGGGAAGGUAAACCGCAUUUCCGUGCGCUGCUCUGGUUUGCCAGAAGCGGCUUAGUCAUGCUGGCCACAUGACCCGGAAGCUGUACGCCGGCUCCCUCGGCCCAUAAAGCGACAUGAGCGCCGCAACCCCAGAGUUGGUCACGACUGGACCUAAUGGUCAGGGGUCCCUGUACCUUUACUGCUUAUUGGGGUGACAGUCAUGGGGGCUGCUGGGGGGUGGGUCACGCAAAUUUGCUUUAUCUGGCUCCUAUAUUGUGUAACAUAUAGCUAUGUUCUGUAUCUAAGUGAAAAAUCCCAAUGGGAAGUCUUUAAAUGUCAGACUUGCAAGAGAAAAAGAGGCAGCAUAUUGAAUGGGGACAAGUUAGCCUGGGGAGGAGUGUACAUUCUUGAUUGCUGUUUACAUUAUACUCAGCAUUUCAGCUCCUGCAGAGAGAUUGUUUGCAGUGACCAAAAUGCAUGAGCAUCAGAUAGUGUUCGUAGGGGUUAAUAGGCCAGGACUCUUGUCAGAGGAGCUAAGUAGGCAAGGCUGCGAUGUUAAAUUGGGAGGACAUCAAGGGAUGACCUCCUGCAAACACGGUGGUUACGUAGUAAGGAUGGACGUCAGUGAAAUACUCUACACAUGAACAAUUUUUUUCAAACCUUGACAGCACCAGGCGUUAGGUGAAAAACAGAGAUUAGAUGCACAGCUAUUGUGCAACUGAUUCUUACAAUACUUAUGUGCAGAAUGCCUCAGCCCCAGGGCUGUAUAGAAGGUUAGUUCUGCUCAGAGAAGACGCAUCAAAAUUAAUGGAAGUGAAUAACUCAGGUUCGUUAAUUUCAAUGGGUUUACUCUGAGUAUAACUUAGUUCGACACAACUUUGUCGCUUUCAUGGAAGGUCCUUGUGGUAACCUCAGGGAAGGCCCAGGAAACCUUGUCUAAAUGUUUUCCUUCCGUUGCUCACAAUUGUAUGCUGCAAUGGCACUGGGAGCAUGCAAUGGCACUGGGAACAUGUUUUUAUGCAGGGUACCACUUAGAGCUUUUAAAAGUAUUAAGCAGUUCAUAGCUGCUUUUAAAUAAAUGCACACAUGGAUACUGUGUGGACCAACCCUUAGUUCUGAUGAACUGAGUGGAACUGAGUAGAAGACUAUGAAUCACAGGGAUGGGGAAAUAGAGUGUGUGAAUUCAACAGUGCUGAGUUUGUGUUUGGCUGUUAGUUAGUUAAGAUUGUUCUGUGGGUUAUGAGUGCUGUAAUGCUUUGGGAAUUUUAUAAUGAUUAGCCUUUUAUGUACAGUAGUUGUUCUGGGAUUUUCUGCAUGAAAGGAAGAUGUUCUAUAGCAUUCCCCGCAUUGAGUGCAUUGGGAUGCAGGUUAAACCACAGAGCCUAGGGCUUGCCAAUCGGAAGGUCGGCGGUUCGAAUCCCCGCAACGGGGUGAGCUCCCGUUGCUCUGCCCCAGCUCCUGCCAACCUAGCAGUUCGAAAGCAAGUCAAAGUGCAAGUAGAUAAAUAGGUACUGCUCCGGCGGGAAGGUAAACAGUGUUUCCGUGCACUGCUCUGGUUUCGCCAGAAGCGGCUUAGUCAUGCUGGCCGCAUGACCUGGAAAAACUGAUUGCGGACAAACGCCGGCUCUCUCGGCCAGUAAAGCGAGAUGAGCACCACAACCCCAGAGUCGUUCACGACUGGACUUAACUGUCAGGGGUCCUUUACCUUUACCUUUUUCACAUUGAGUGCAGCCUCCAGACUGGAUAAGGUUGCCCACCUCUGCAUUACAGAACCACCCGGUUAUACCCCCAUGUUACCAUGGGGUAAGCUUGUGUCACAAAUCCAACGCUAGGGGAAUAACUGCUACCUCUUGACCUUAGAGUUUAGGGUACUGUCCACAUCCUCUGUCCACAUGCAGAGUUUCUUAGACAUUUGCAUUCAUGCCGGAAACCAACCAUAUGCCAGGAAAUAAUGGAGUUCUGUGUCACCUCACUUGUCAAGAACUUAACUGUGAAACUACCCCUUGGUGGUAGUCCAGUAUCUCUGUAGGGUGGCCUGAUUACAUCAAAGUAACAGGAUCCUGAAUUAGAUGGAGUGUUACUUUGCUCCUACGUGAUCAUUCUCAAAUGGCCAACAAUAUAUUUUCCCCUUUAACAACUUAGUGUGGGCCUGCCAUUUGUAAUACAAGUCAGAAAAUCUUUCCCCCAGCCAGACAAUUUCUCUGCAAUAUUGACUGUGGUGCAACGCUUUGUUAAACGCUGCAGCUGGGAAAGCAAGAAACAAAUAACCACAUCUAAUCAGAAACUUUGCUAAUUUCCAAUCCGCUGCUCUGGAGUUCAUUUGUUAUAUAUAGAUUCUGGUGGCAAACAAAGGCUGCGAGGGGGCUUUCUGCAGAGAGAAAAGCUAUUAGAAUGAUUAAAAACGCCAUUGUUUUAAGCUGCAGUUCCUCCUGAAAGCAAUGCAAAUUGCUGCGUGGAAUUUGUACAGCCCCCAACACAGCCAUUCUUCUUGUUGAGCGUGUUCGAUUUUUGCAAAGAAUGAGGUGAUUCGAUUUGUUUUCGUUUGAGGGCGGUGUUUAGUAGGGUGAUUUAGAAAUCUGGUGUUUGUGUUGUGGUGUGUGUGCUUUAAUCUAGAAAUGCACUCUUCCAAGCAAAUGCAUAGAGAGAAUGUGCUUUAUUUCCACUGAAUGGGCAGCAGAGCUCUGCCAAGGCACGAAUGUGGGAUUUUGUGAGAUGUUUUCUUGGUGGAUUGCAUUCAAUACAAGGAUCUUAAUAGAACAGGCAAUUGCAAGAGAGGUUGGUAAGCCCUUAAUAACCAAUUGGUUACUUUAUUUAUUAUUAGAUUUGUAUCCCACACUUCACAAGGGACACGGGUGGCACUGUGGGUUAAACCACAGAGCCUAGGACUUGCUGAUCAGAAGGUCGGCAGAAUGCCCACAACGGGGUGAGCUCCCGUUGCUCGGUCCCUGCUCCUGCCAACCUAGUAGUUUGAAAGCACGUCAAAGUGCAAGUAGAGUGUCGAAAGCAAGUGCAAAGUGCUCCGGCGGGAAGGUCAACGGCGUUUCUGUGCACUGCUCUGGUUCGCCAGAAGCGGCUUAGUCCUGCUGGCCACAUGACCCGGAAGCUGUACGCCAGCUCCCUCGGCCAAUAAAGCGAGAUGAGCGCCGCAACCCCAGAGUCGGCCACGACUGGACCUAAUGGUCAGGGGUUCCUUUACCUUUACUUAUCCCACACUUCUUCCAAGGAACUCAAGAUGGCACACAUGGGCCUACCAUUUCCCCAUCUUUGCCCUCACAACAACCCUGUGAAGUAGAUUAAGCUGAGAGACCAUGACUGUCCCAAUCUUAUUACAGUGGUGCCUCGCAAGACGAAAUUAAUCCGUUCCGCGAGAAUCUUCGUCUAGCGGUUUUUUCGUCUUGCGAAGCAAGCCCAUUGACGGAUUAGCGCUAUUAGCGCUAUUAGCGGUUUAGCGGCUAUUAAAAGCUUAAAGGCUUAGGGGAUUAGCUGCUAAAAGGCUAUUAAAGGCUAUUAAAGGCUUAGCAGAUUAGAUAAAGGGGGGGAAAAGCGAAAAAAAAACCUCAAGACUCGCAAGGUAUUUUCGUCUUGCGAAGCAAGCCCAUAGGGAAUUCGUCCUGCGAAGCAACUUCAAAACGGAAAACCCUUUCGUCUAGCGGUUUUUCCGUCUUGCGAGGCAUUCGUCUUGCGGGGCACCACUGUAUUUAUACCCUGCCCCUCUGGCUGGGUUUCUCAGCCACUCUGGGCAGCUUACGGUACAUAUAAAAAAUUGUAAAACAUUAGACAUUAAAAGCAUCCCGAUGCAGGGCUGCCUUCAGGUGUCUUCUAAAAGUCAGAUAGUUGUUUAUUUCCUUGACAUCUGAUGGGAGGGUAUUCCACAGGGCGGGCACCACCACCGAGAAGGCCCUCUGUCUGGUUCCCUGUAACCUCACUUCUUGCCAGACGGCCUUUGGAGCUGGAUCUCAGUGUCUGAGCUGAAUGAUGGCGGUGAAUACGCUCCUUCAGGUAUACUGAUCUGAGGCCAUUUAGGGCUUUAAAGGUCAGCACCAAGACUUUGGAUUGUGCUCGGAAACAUACUGGGAGCCAAUGUAGGUCUUUCAAGACCGGUGUUAUGUGGUCUUGGUGGCCACUCCCAGUCACCAGUCUAGCUGCCGCAUUCUGGAUUAGUUGUAGUUUCCGGGUCACCUUCAAAGGUAGCCCCACAUAGAGCGCAUUGCAGUAGUCCAAGCAGGAGAUAACCAGAGCAUGCACCACUCUGGCGAGACAGUCUGCAGGCAGGUAGGGUCUCAGCCUGUGUACCAGGUGGAGCUGCCCUGGACACGGAAUUGACCUGCGCCUCCAUAGACAGCUCUGAGUCCAAAAGGACUCCCAGGCUGCAUGCCGGGUCCUUCAAGGGCACAGUUACCCCAUUCAGGACCAGGAUGUCCCCCACACCUGCCUGCCCCCUGUCCCCCCAAAAUAGUACUUCUGUCUUGUCAGGAUUCAACCUCAGUCUGUUAGCCACCAUCCAUCUUCCAACCGCCUCCAGACACAGGACAUUCACUGGUUCUUGUUUAAAAGAGAGGUAGAGCUGGGUAUCAUCCGCAUGGUGAUGAACACCCAGCCCACCCCCUCUGAUUGUCUCUCCCAGCAGCUUCAUAUGGAUGUUAAAAAGCACAGGGGAGAGAACAGAGCCCCAAGGGGUCUGAAUACUCAUCCCCCAAUACCACUUUCUGGACACGGCCCAGGAGGAAGGAGCACCCCCAUAACUGACUUACUCACCAUGGUUCAUGGAAAUGUAGGACCAUGGCAAUUUAUUUUUGGGUAGACAAUUUAUUAUUGGGUAUUUAUUUUAUUAUUUCAGUCUCAGGACUACUCUUUGCGAUUAUGAGCCCAGGGUGGAUACAGCAUAAAAAGCUUUAAAUUAUAAAAUCACUUAUCUCAAUUAAAACCUCAAAGGCAAAUGUGCAAUCUUAGCCACACUUGAGCAUCCAUAAUUUCAUAGCUGGCUGCAUUAAGACAACCCCCUACAAAGGCCUGAGUGAAGAAGCACAUGUUUACCUGACAAUGACAUUGGCAGAUUGUGGGAAGGGUCUCCCACAAAUAUAAAGAUCUUAAUACAUGGGCUGGCUGGAAUAGGGAGAGGUGUUUGGGAUUAGUAUCCAACAAAAUCAUCUUGUUAGCAUGUUUUGGUGUUAGCAGCUUGCUCUUAAGCACUCUGUUUUAUUGUUAGUUUGGGUUAUAUUUUUAUAACCAAAGUCAGGGGGCCCCCCCUAUAAAUGACACUGGAUGAAAACCACUAAGAAAUGUAUCCCCGUGAGAAUGCCAUGUAAUGCUUACAGAAGGCAUGCCCAUUUAUUUAUUCAUUUGUUAUUGCAAGCCCUGUCUUUGUAAAAAAAUAUUUAAAAAUCCAAGUUAGCUUCCUAGGAGAUAAAAAUUUCAAAAUACGGGAGCCUCUAAGACUCUUGAGAAAAUCAUGUUGUUGUUGUUGUUGUUGUUGUUGUUGUUGUUGUUGUUGUUGAUCUAAAAGACAGAGGAACUUGGAGGAAAAUUCAAAUGAUCUAGAGAAGGAGGAGAAAUCAGGAUGUGACCUUGGAAUGAUGCUUUGAUCCUUUGCCACAUUCCAAGUCUCUGUGAUGUUUGGACGAUCGGAAUCCUGGGCUGCAAAAUAUAAGGAAACUAUAAUAUGGUCUUAGAGGAGAAGGUGUUUUGCAAGUUGUCUGGCUCCUGUCCCUUGGACGGGUUUGGCUCAUUUGAAGGAGCAGUCGUGCAGACGUUGGCAUUUCAAGCAGAAUUGCAAUGCGCAGCAAUAAAUGUUCCUUUGGGUUGUUUACAAAGAAGCAACGGCAGGAAGUUCAUAAAGAACCCAGCCAAGUGCAAAUGCCAGUUUCAUGAAUACUGUCAUGAUUUAUCCAAGAGUCGCCAUCAAAGUUUUACAACUGUGAAAGUUUAUCAAGCUCCCCAGCUGUCCAGAUAAGAAAAGCAGAGGGGUGGUAAUGCCUGGAACUAUUGUAGGAAGAAAGCAGGUUGAUGUCCUCAGGAGAAAAUUAAAUGGAACAAAGCUUUUGAGCCAUGUGAACUUUUAAUGUUCAGGGAAUAAGUGACCAUGUUUCAGCAAGCCACACGCCUCUGCCUUUCAGUCAUCCAUGAAAUGCUCCAACUAAAUUAGUUAUAUUCUGCCUCCUAAAAAUAAACCAAGCAUUCCCCCACCCCACUGUAUUUAUUUUCCAAGCUGGCUCACUGUUCCACAAUGGUUACACUUUCUCCUGGUGUUGUGGACAGAGAAUGCCUUUCUGCACGUCUUCUGUAUGCUGUUAAGUUCAAGAACCAGUCAGAAAGGCAGUCUUCAGCCUGCUAUCGCCCCUCCUGGGCUCCUGAGUCAGUCUGUCUUCCUGAUGAGAAGCUAAAAAUAGCAGCAUAUCUUCCUAAGCCUCCUGAAACAGGGUUUGGAACGAAGCACCUGUGUUCGGAAGGAUAUUUACAACAGCAAAACAAGGUACUUCCCAAGCGAGGGAGCUGUCAUAUACUUAAAAAUAUAUGUGCUACAUCCUUUUCUAGAAACCUCAUUUUGGUUCCUAUUUCCUGCAGACCUUUGGGGAACCAGCAGCAGUAAGGGUGAACUUUAGAGGAGAGCCACAACAAAAUCUUGCGCUCUGUCCUCUGUGCUACAUGCAUCCGCUGCCCCAGACUUCAACCUGGGUCUUCCCUCCUCCUCCUCCUCCUCCUCCUCCUCCUCUCCCUCCUGCUUUCUUCAUCUCCAAGAUCUAGCACAAUGUUUCUUCUCUUCAGCCAUUUUGCAGUCGAUCAUGCUGUGCGUGGGUGGCUUGACUGACCAAUCCGUCACUUUUGUAUUCCACUCCCCACCUUUUCUCCAUGCCAGUGCACACAUGCACAGACUUUUUUUUGUCUCAUUUUAUCUUUCAUUAUGUUAUGUAAUUCUGCAAAUCUGCAAGUGGUGCCAUUUUGCCUACAAAACCAUUAGCACACAUUUCCCCCCCCCCCCAGGUUCGGUGUUAGAGGGAGUGACAGAACAAGGAUGAAUACGCUAUCUGAUUGGAGUGGAUCCUCUCUUGGGCUAUUCCUUGUGGAUCACAUUGAGAUGUUUGAGAUGGCAGUUUGGAAUAAGAUAAUAUGAGAGAAAGAGAGAGGGAGAGGUUGUGAGGCUAGAUUGAAUGGGCCACCAUUUUAUGAGCUUUCACACCCUGUUUUUAAUGCGAUGGAAUCAUAAUCUUGCCGUUUUCAUUCAAAUCAUGCCAGAGACUCAGUUGUACAGUGCACAUUGUAUAGUAUAGUAUAGGAAUAAGUGAAUUGCCAUGACAACUUCAAUAAUAAAUGUCAGCGUGCAGUGGUGGGCCCUUCAGAUAUAACUGGUGAAAGGAAACAAUUGUAUGAUUCCUGAAAGUAUUUAUAGGAGUGUUCUGUGGGCUAAAGCAACAAUUGAAGAGUUACAGCCCACAUUACCCUGUUUCUGUUGUUGCUUUUUCAUAAGUAUAACGUUGCCCAGUAGCAAGAGGUUUGGACUGGAAGCUGGGCAUUUUCAGCCGUGGAUUCUUUGUGAGGUGCUGAGCACAUCACUCACAUCUUCGCUCAAUUUGCAGCCAAAUUAUAAUGGAUUGUUUCAUAGAACUCUUGUGAGGAUGAACUUAAUAAAUACUGUGAAGAGUCUUUUCACAGUAUAUGUUAUGUACUGAAGUUCUCACCCUGGGCCAGCAGGGGGAUACUGUAGAUAGUUAUGCAAAUGAAGGAUCAAAAGUGACGUUCAGUGAUUGGAUAGUUUUAGAAAGUUGUUACAGUAACGUGGUACUGAAGCUCUAUAUAAGCAGGCUGACUGAGCCCUUCAGUUCAGUUCUGUCCUGGCCUGUGAAUAAACAAGAGCUGUUUGAAGAAUCGCUGUGUCGUCUGAUAUGUUCACCCACAACUUAACAGUAUAUAUGUAGUCAGCGCUUUUUUUCCUUAAAAAUGUUUAGGGGUACUCUCAUUUUCCUACCCAUAUUGGAAUACUGCCCCUCAGUGAGGCCAAACUUAGAUUCACAAAAUGUUUAAGGGUAUGCGUACCCCUGCGUCCCCCCCAGAAAAAAGUACUGUAUGUAGUUAAUAGUAACUUGCUGACUAGGCCUACCCAAUAGUUCUUAACAGAGCUUUAGCGAUUCUUCAUGUUCUCAUAAGAGGUUUUUGCUUCUUUGCUUUUAAAAUUGAAAGAUGGUCGAUACAAGCUCCUGAGGAUAUAUUGUAGUCGCUUCAGCAACAAGAACAAACCAACAGCUAAUGUUUCCAAUGACAUAUGCUUCAGCUGUCGGUGAGAGGUGACUCAGGAGCGAAAAUUGAAAACUACUUGUGCUAGUGCAGUGAGGGGGUAAUGCUUUCUCCUAAAACAUUACAAAAAGGUGACCCUUCCUCUCUGUUACCUCAGUAAAAUCUCUGGUUCAUGCCCUGGUUGUUGCUCAGGUAGACUACAACAAUCUUCUCAUUUCUGGUCUUCCAUUGUCUCACUUCGGUUCCCUCAUGUCUAUCCAGCAUUCAUGUGCCAAACCCCAUCCACCUUUUUCAUCACUCUGGCCAUGGGACACUCUUCCUCACAUUGGCUUUGCCCCUCUCCCUGCAUCUCUCCACACUUAUAUCCCAAUACUUGUCUGCAGUCUUCACUCUUCCAACUCCACCAUCUCCAGGUCUCCAGCUCCCUCAAAAGACUCUGCCUUUUCUUGUUCCGUUGUUGUUUAGUCGUUUAGUCGUGUCCGACUCUUCGUGACCCCAUGGACCAGAGCACACCAGGCACUCCUGUCUUCCACUGCCUCCCGCAGUUUGGUCAAACUCAUGCUGGUAGCUUCAAGAACACUGUCCAACCAUCUCGUCCUCUGUCGUCCCCAUCUCCUUGUGCCCUCCAUCUUUCCCAACAUCAGGGUCUUUUCCAGGGAGUCUUCUCUUCUCAUGAGGUGGCCAAAGUUUUGGAGUCUCAGCUUCAGGACCUGUCCUUCCAGUGAGCACUCAGGGCUGAUUUCCUUCAGAAUGGAUAGGUUUGAUUUUCUUGCAGUCCAUGGGACUCUCAAGAGUCUCCUCCAGCACCAUAAUUCAAAAGCAUCAAUUCUUCGGCGAUCAGCCUUCUUUAUGGUCUGGCUCUCACUUCCAUGCUUUGUAAAUUUGAACUGCCUCCCAAAAUACAUGUGGAGCUGACUCCAUUAGUACCUUCCAAAAUCUCCUCAAAGACCAGCCUCUGUGAAGCCCAAAGGCAUAAUUCCCUACUUCCCAUGUCCUGUUGUAACUCAGCCUAUAACAAAGCACAUAUUCCCCACCCCACCCCGGUUCAUCAGUCCUCCCUUCUCUUCCUUACCCCUUCCCUGCUUUUCCUGUAUCAGAUUGUAGGUUGUAAAUUCCUCAGGGCAGGAACCUGCUCUCCUAUACUCUGUAAAGCUUCAUGCACACUAAUAAUGCUACAUAAAUAAGCAAAUAAUUUUUGCCAAUCAUGUGGGUAUGCAGCCCAUAGGUUCAGAAGCUUCUAUCGGCAUGUAUGUAGGUGGUUCGCACUGUGAGAUGCACACUUUAUAGCUACUAGGUACAUCAAAGACUGGAAGCAAUUGGCUUCUUUUCCCCCCAGUCCAGAAGAAUUACUUUGUCACUCGCUGUUUGUUCACAGUAAGCAUGUUACAAUAGCUGAUGAUCGCUAAUGUUCACAUAAUCCAGGUACAACUGGGUUACAAAGAUAAAUAAGGAAUUAUCUUCUUUCAAAGACAAAGUUCAUUGUGCUUUCUUGAUGGGAGGCUGUAAGUCAUAUGGAGCCAGCCACUGGAACCCACACAAAUAAGGCAUUUGUCUCAGAUUCAGCAAACUCUGUUCUAUCCAACUGUACGAACACCAUCUCUGAAAGGAUGUAAUACAAAAGCAAUAAAUAGCCGUGGUAAUUGAGGCAUUUUGGGUGUGGAGAACAUUCCACUUAAUUCAUUCAUUGGUUAAUUUGAUCUUCCACUUCAUUUUAUCAAAGCCCCUAAUAGCAAGUAAUUUCUGUUAAGAGAAAUGCCAAUUCCACGAGGUCCUUUUCCAGACAAUUUGAUUUAAUUUAUUGUAGCAAGUCCACAAGUUGACGAAGGCAGAGAGAAAGCCAUACAUAAAUACACCGUUCAAGUCAAAAGGUUCGUCAUAGCCCUGGUAACGACCAGCGUAAUGCAGCAGGCUAAUUUGAAUGUGCCUGUGAGUAACACAGGGGAUUUAGCCGAAAUAAAUAUAAAAGGGCCAUGAGAGGAAAGAAGGCAAAAAUAGAAAAUCAAAGGGAAAGGAACCUUCUCUGUGCUUUGAUCAGGUCUGAUGUGUCCUAAUUUCUUCUUCUAGCUACUGUCAGUUCAGGGAGAUGGUAGGCACCUCAAAUCUUAAUGGCCAGCCAGGAAAGAAGCCUUCCUACACACACACACACACACACACACACACACACACACACCAGAUUAUGGUUGUAUGCUCCACUGUUACGCUGAGGGGAAGGAGUGUAAUGGCAAAUUUUCACAAGUGGGUCAGAGUGAUAACCCUGGUUUAUAUCCCCAUUGCAGGGCAAACAAAUGGGCUUUAAGAAACAGAAUUGAUUAUUGAUGUUGCUUAUUAAAUUUACAUACCACCCUUCAUCCAAGGAUCACAAAACACAAAAUAUGUACCACAAUAACAAACAAAAUCAAUACCUCCACACACAGUUCAAAUGGUCAUAGAUUAAAUAAUUUUAGUCAAUUAACUGAUGGAGUCACUGUGGUGUGAGGGGGGCAUCCUGCGUGGUCCGGGGGGGAGGGGAUUUACCUUACUUGGGAGCUGCCUUCCCCAACUUUGGGUUUUGCUAGUACACACCUUUAUACCAUACAUUUGAAGCACUAUGAUGUCACUUUGAACAGUCUCCCCAAUAAUCCUGGGGGCUAUAGUUUGUUAAAGGUGCUGAGUUUUGUUAGGAUACGAUAUACAAUAUCUUUAUUGUCAUUGUCCCAUACAGAACAAUGAAAUUGAAAAAUCUACAUAAAACAUUCAAAAACCCCGAAACCCCAUUUUAAAAUACAAUAUACUAUAGAGGCUCCUUAUGCUGCGUUUAGAACCAGAAUUGCAUUUGGGUAGAAACUGUUUCUCAGGCGGCUAGUCCUGGUCUUUACAACCCUAUACCUUCUUCCAGAAAGCAGAAGCUGAAAGAGAUCAUUUCCGGGGUGCGUACUAUCCUGCGCUAUCUCUGCAGAUUUCUUAUGGCACCUGACAGCAUAGAUUUGAUCUAAGGUGGGAAGAGUGCACCCAAUUAUUCUCUCUGCAGUCUUUACAACCCUGGACCUCGAUUCCCCCCCUAAAGCUACAAUUCUCAGUUACCUGUGAAGAGGGACUGGUUUUUAAAUCACUCUGGUGACUGUAGUUCUGUGGGGGAUGGGGCUCUCCCCCAUCAACAAACUUCACUUCCCAGAAUUAUUUGGGGGAAGCCAUGACUGUUUUAAAAGUUGUACCAUACAAACUUUGCAGAUUGUGGACAAAAUGGACUGUUUCAAGAGGUGGCAGAAAGAUAUCUCUAAAUUUGUCUGGCAGGGCAAGAAACCUAGAAUAAAAUUUAAAAUUCUAACAGAUGCAAAGGAAAGAGGUGGAUUUGCCCUGCCAGACCUCAAACUUUAUUAUGAAUCAGCAGCUUUUUGCUGGUUGAAAGAAUGGCUACUUCUUGAAAACACUGACAUUUUGGAUUUGGAAGGUUUUAAUAAUGUAUUUGGAUGGCAUGCAUAUUUAUGGUAUGAUAAGGUCAAAGCACACAAAGCAUUUAAAAACCACAUUGUCAGGAAAGCGCUAUUUAAUGUUUGGAUAAGAUAUAAGGAUUUGCUAGAAAAUAAAACCCCAAGGUGGCUGUCACCAAUGGAAGCGAAAGCCUUGAAAAGGGUCAAUAUGGAGGUCAAAUGGCCGAAAUAUUGGGAAAUUUUGGAACAAGACGGAGAUAGACUGAAAUUGCAGAGUUUUGAAAAAUUAAAAAACAAAGUGCGAGACUGGCUUCAUUAUUAUCAAAUAAUGGAGGCAUUUAAAUUAGACAGGAAAAUUGGCUUCCAGGUGGAAAAAUCAAAAUUAGAAACAGAAUUGUUAGAACCCAAUACUAAGAAUCUGUCAAGAAUGUAUAACUUGCUGCUGAAAUGGAAUACUCAAGAUGAAACGGUAAAAUCGGCUAUGAUUAAAUGGGCACAGGACGUAGGAUAUAACAUUAUGUUUGCUGACUGGGAACAGUUAUGGACCACUGGUAUGAAAUUUACGGCAUGUAAUGCCUUAAGAGAGAAUAUUAUGAAAAUGAUAUACAGGUGGUACAUAACCCCAGUCAAGCUUGCGAAAAUCUAUCACUUGCCCGAUAACAAAUGUUGGAAAUGUAAAGAAACUGAAGGUACAUUUUUUCACCUUUGGUGGACGUGCCCAAAGAUUAAGGCUUUCUGGGAAAUGAUAUAUAAUGAAUUAAAAAGGUAUUUAAGUAUACCUUCCCCAAGAAACCAGAGGCCUUUCUCCUGGGCAUAGUGGGCCAAAUGGUGUUAAAAAGGAUAGAACUUUCUUUAUGUAUGCAACAACAGCAGCAAGAAUACUCAUCGCAAAGUAUUGGAAGACACAAGAACUUCCCACGCUGGAGGAAUGGCAGAUGAAACUUAUGGACUAUAUGGAAUUGGCGGAAAUGACUGGCAGAAUCCGUGACCAGGGAGAAGAGUCGAUGGAGGAAGAUUGGAAGAAAUUCAAAGACUAUCUUCAGAAACAUUGCAAAAUUAAGGAAUGUUAGAGUGAUGUUGGAUUGAAAAUAAAUGGUUUCCAGCUAUACAGGUUAAAGUUAAGGAUAGAUUAAGAUCAAGAUUAAGGAUGUUUAAAGAAAUGGAAAUUUGAUAAUAAAAGGGAAAAAUUUAAAGGUAUAUGACAUUAAGAAUAAGGAUUAUGUUUAAAAAAAAAAGUUGAAGUUAUAUAUUAUAAUAUUUUAUUAAAUUAAAGAUUGGGUUUAAAAAAGUGGAAAAGAAACUGCUGGACAAAUAAUGUAGAUUGGAAUACAAAAGAGGGAGGUAUGAGGAAGUCUAGAAAAUAAGUAAUAUAAAAAUGGGAGCGGAAAAGAGAGUUUGUUUUUAAUUGUUAUGUUUUGUCUUUUUAUUGUUAAAUUUUGUAUUGUUUUUUUUCUUUGUCUGUGUUGUUUUUCUUUUUCUUUGUUUAAAAUCUUAAUAAAAAAUUAUUUAAAAAAAUAAUAAUAAUAAAAGUUGUACCAUAGUGCUUUAAGUGUGUCGUGUGGACAUGGACCAAAACGACCAGCAAGGCAGGAAGGAUUGGUCCAGUUGUCUGGGCAAUGGAGAUGUCCUGUUUGCAGGCAUCUGAUUGGCCACUGUGAAGACAGGAUGUUGAACUUGAUGGGCCUUUGGCCUGGAUCAGGGGGGCUGUGACAGCUUAGUGUGCUCCCAGUGACAUCACUGCAGUGCCACAACUCUGUCUACCGUCAAUUGCCUCACCCAAAUUCUCAGCUUGAUUUGAACUUUAGCUUUGUUCCUUAUUACUGAAAAUUCUAAGAAAAUUCCCAACCAGUAGGAAACAUGUCAGAAAAAUAAAUGCACCAUAAGAAUGGGGAUUCAGUAUAUCUAUGUGCAUAAGUGCUUAUUCUUAGUGACAUUCUAAAUGUCACCAUGUGCUGUGUGUGUGUGUGUGUGUGUGUGUGUGUGUCCCCGUCCCACAGGCAUCAGAAGAACUGGCAGGCAGAUCAAGGAGUGAUUUUGUUUCAAAGACCACAUAUUGUAUUCGUAUUUCUUUUAGCAAUGAUUUUUUUUUUAACUUACCUGUUUAAUUUUUAGGUAUAACCUUUCAAGUAUGUUACUGUCUGUGACAGACGCCAUAGUUUGUAUCGGGCUUAAUGAAAUUUAAUAUCUAGCAAAAGCAAGCGCAUCACAUUUAUGCUUGCUCUUCUUUUUGACAUAGGUGGGACACGUCCCUUGCAGAUCUGGUGUUUUCCCAGCAAUACCUGCGCAUUUCAACCAAUGUCCCGUCCAGUUCUGUGUACGGCUUUGGUGAACACCAGCACCCAUCCUUUAAGCACAAUAUGAACCAUAUAACCUACGGGAUGUAUUCUAGAGACCAGUCUCCCAAAGUAAGUAGUUCAAUAUUACAUCUUGCACUCCGCACCCAGAAAGAGCCUUGUGCCUUCUAUACAUCUUCUGCCAUUUAUUAAUAGUAGCUAUUAGUUAGGCUUCCACUUACACAUUAAUCCAAGUUAUUAACUAUCAAGCACCACAUUCUGCUUCUCUGGGCAGUUUUGGCUCGUUUCACAUAACCCUUGGCCAUCUCGGAUGAAUUGUAGGCAUAUGUUGAUCAUUGUUUUUUUAAACAUGAAUUAUGUGCUUUUUAAAUUAAGUCCAUUCAUAUCCUCCAGUGCAUCCUGAUAGUUCUGGUUUAAUUUGGACACUGUCCUGAGGAAUUUAGGAAAACCUAAAAUGUGGAAGAGGUCAGAGAGAAGAGCGGUGGGCAGGCAGGAAGUUGCAUAGGGUGAUACUGAUUUUUAACGCCAAUGUUGAUGGUUCCUGAGGAACUUAAAGGAAAUCAAAUAUUUUAUUUUAUUUUAUUUUUUAAAAUAAGACUAGCAAAAUUUUAACUGAAGACUGUAGAAUGUAGGAAGGCGCUAUGCCUGUUCAGCAGCCUAGACACUGUUGCGAUAACCAUACCUAAGUAAAGCAAUAAAACUCAAACUAGAGGUAAUCAUUAUUAUUAUUUAUUUCAGAUGAAUGCAAAUCUGUAUGGAGUUCAUCCUUUUUACAUGUGCAUAGAGACUGACGCAAACGCUCACGGUGUACUUUUCCUCAAUGCCAACGCACAAGGUAAUCAAAGGUUAACAAUUAAACAGAGCUGUUUAGACUGCAGUUCUUUUAAUAAUAAUAUAUUUGGCAAAUAAUUUCCCUUAUUGAUGUAAUUUAGGGAUGAAGCAUACCUGAAGUCCCAUGUCAUAUUACUAAGGUAAAGGUAAAGGUACCCCUGCCCAUACGGGCCAGUCUUGACAGACUCUAGGGUUGUGCGCUCAUCUCACUCUAUAGGCCGGGAGCCAGCGCUGUCCGCAGACACUUCUGGGUCAUGUGGCCAGCGUGACAAGCUGCAUCUGGCGAGCCAGCGCAGCACACGGAACGCCGUUUACCUUCCCGCUAGUAAGCGGUCCCUAUUUAUCUACUUGCACCCAGGGGUGCUUUCGAACUGCAAUGUGUUUCAAAUGUGCUUUAAAUGUAUAUUGUAUCUACUCAGCCUUAGUCUUAACAAAAAAGGUAAAAAAGGUAAAAGACCCCUAGAUGGUUAAGAAGGUGACUAUGGGGUUGGGGCACCCAUCUCACUUUCAGGCUGAGGGAGCCAGCAUUUGUCCACAGACAGCUUUCCGGGUCAUGUGGCCAGCAUGUCUAAACUGCUUCGGGUGCAACAGGACACCGUGACAGAAGCCAGAGUGCAUGGAAACGCCAUUUACCUUCCCGCCGCAGCGGUACCUAUUUACUUGCACUGGCAUGCUUUCAAACUGCUAGGUUGGCAGGCGCUGGGACCGAGCGACGGGAGCGCACCCCGCCGCGGGGAUUCGAACCGCCGACCUUUCGAUCGGCAAGUCCUAGGUGCUGAGGCUUUUACCCACAGCGCUACCCGCGUCCCCCUGUCAUAUUACUACCUGGAACCAAAUCCUAUUGAACUCCAUGUGAUUGGAUUUACUGGUGUGUAUGUGUAUGUGUGUGUGCCUAAGCUGCACGCUUAAAGCCUCUUUGUACGCUGGAGAAGUGUUGCACAUGCAUGCAUGGAUUCCUGGGUUUUCCCAUUCACUUCACAGGAGGAGGGGAAACACAUGACAACAUUUUUGUAUGUGAGGAGCUCCAGCCAUUCAGGACUGCUCAAGACAUUGCUGUCUGAGGAAAAUGACAAAUUGGCGCACACACCAUUCUGAGCACAGGACAGGCAGCUGGAUCUCAUGUCAAAACAGACAUGAGAUUUUCUCAAUGGCACUGAAGCGGCGCAGACCCCCUAACUUAGGGGGUGUAUGGCAUGUGACAAUCCAACACUUCCCUAAUACUUCUGACCACCCAGCCUCUAUUGCUUGAGGUGGCCACGUCAUUCUACCUAAUAGACAUGGGUGGCGCUGUGGUCUAAACCACUGAGCCUCUUGGGCUGCCGAUCAUAAGGUCGGUAGUUCGAAUCCCCGCGACGGGGUGAGCUCCCAGCUCCUCUGCCCCAGCUCCUGCCAACCUAGCAGUUCGAAAACAUGCCAGUGCAAGUAGAUAAAUAGGUACUGCUGUGGUGGGGAGGUAAACGGCAUUUCCAUGCGCUCUGGUUUCCGUCACGGUGUCCCGUUGUGCCAGAAGCGACUUAGUCAUGCUGGCCACAUGACCUGGAAAACUGUCUGUGGACAAACGCCAGCUCUCUUGGCCUGAAAGCAAGAUGAGCGCCGCAACCCCAUAGUCGCCUUUGGACUUAACUGUCCAGGGGUCCUUUACCUUUACCUAAUAGAAGGCCGGCUUUUAUAUGCACCGAAAUGAAAAAUGUAUGGCCAUAGAUCACAUACCAAAAAAAGCCACUACUUAGCACACAUUUCUCAUAUAUAAUGAUCAAAGUAUUAUAAUAUAUAGAUGCUUCCAAUACCUCAAAGAGCAUUAAAUUAAUAGAAAGGUGAUCCUUUUCUUUUUUUCUUUCUAAUAAUUUUAUUGGAAAUUUUAUUUACAACAUAAAAUAACCCCCCCCACCCCCCAAUACAGAAAUCCACCCUCAAUAAACGUGAACAUAACAUACAAUGAGCAUAACAUACAACAAUACAAACAACCAAAUCAAAGACUUCCUUCCUGUGGAUAUUUAAGUUAUAAUUAGAAAAAUCUUAAUAAUUAUUCAUAAAGGAAACAUUUUAUAAGAAGUAAAUAAGGAGGCCAGAUAAAGGAUACAGGAAUAGAAAGGUGUUUCUAAACAUGCAUCAGUAAAUACUGGGAGAAAAGUACAUUUCCCACAACAAUUCAAAGUGCUGGUUUUUGACCUCUAAGGCUUAACAUAGCUUUGGACCACAACACCUCCUGCAAUGUCUCUCCCCAUGUGAACCUACCUGGGUCCUCCAGGUGCCUCCUCCAGCAGAUGUAUGGAGGGUGACUGAAGGAGAGAUGGCCAUUUCAGUAGUAGCCCCCUGGCCUUUGGAAUUUUUUCUCCAGGGUCUCUAGGUCUGGUCUUGACUUUGGUGACAUCUUUUUGCCACCAAGCCAAGACUUUUAUUUACUCCCUAGGCAUUUGACUGUUGAUGUUUUCAUAUCUGGUUUCUUCUUAGUCAGUGAGUACCUUUUAGUUGGGACGUGGGUGGCGGUUCGAAUUCCCAUGACGGGGUGAGCUCCCGUUGCUCUGCCCCAGCUCCUACAAACCUAGCAGUUCGAAAGCACGUCAAACUGCAAUUAGAUAAAUAGGUACCGCUCCGGCGGGAAGGUAAACGGCGUUUCUGUGCGCUGCUCUGGUUCACCAGAAGUGGCUUAGUCAUGCUGGCCACAUGAUCCGGAAGCUGUUCACCGGCUCCCUCGGCCAAUAAAGCGAGAUGAGCCACAGAACCACAGAGUCGGCCACGACUGGACCUAAUGGUCAGGGGUCCCUUUACCUUUACCUUUUAGUUGGUCUGACUUUUUAUAGUAUUUAUUUUUCUUGUAUUUAUGGAAGUUGCCUUGAGACCCUUGUGAUAUAAGGCAGCAAAUAAAGGGACAAUAAUGGUCAAAAGUGCGACUUUAAUUCUAGACUGACCGAUCUAGAACUGAGGCUGAAAUCCUAUGCAAAUGUUCUUGAGAGUAAGGUCCAUUGACCUCAAUGAAUUUACUUCUGAGUAAGGAAGGAGAGGAAUUAUAGGAAUAUAAUUCUGUUAACAUCUUCCAAAACUCAGUGAUGACGCUAGUUUGUGUCUGCUAAAUAAAGAUAACCUCUUCAGUGAAAAGUGUUUUAAUUUUUCUAAAAUGGUAUCACGGGAUUCCCAAAGUCUUGCUCUCAUGUUCCCAGAUCCAGUAAUAAGCUAUUGUUAAAUGAAGCAAAAUGGGUCUGUUCCACUAAAAAUUAUGAUUAACUGUUAAAAAUAGAUGCAUGUGCUAAAAAAACCACACAAAAAAUGAAGUUGCUACAAAUUUCCUUGGGGGUUCAUACAGUUGAAACAAACCAAUUUAGAUUUGUCCUGUAUUCUGUUGACGGGGUAUAGCUUUGCCUGUUGCCAUGGUCACCUUACUGUAUUAAUCUCGCUCUGUAAUUUUCAAAAAGGAGAAUCUUCCCUAAAGCAAUGAAAUAAAAAUUCUUAGCCAAGCAGAGGCGACAAAAGAAGGAUAUUUUGCAGUCAGAUCUAUAUUUAAGCAUUGUUAGAAUGUCUAGAGUUGCCGAGUUGUUAUUUUCUAAAUAAAAAAGAAACCCUGACUUAUUAUUAUUUUGUUCCUGUGUUUCAGAAUCAUACGUCAAAUCCUACCACUGCAUAAUCACCUGCUUUUUUCUGUUUUCACAUGCACUGGGCUAUGUGCCUGACAAAGAUGGGUUUGAAGGAGUGUCUGUUUCUGUUUAGUUAAAUAAUGCUAAAUAUUUUGAGCUUGCUUGGCGAGGAGUGUGGGUGGGGUUACAUUAAGUCCCUCAAUGACCUACAUAGCGAUAAUAAUAAAGUACAGAAAAGUCAAGGCCAUUGCAUGGGGAUCCUUAGCUCUGAGGUAAUUUAUACUGAAUUCAACAUAUCUGUCAACUUCUUCUAGAUGUCACGUUGCAUCCAGAGCCAUCUUUGACCUUCCGCACCAUUGGAGGGGUUCUCGAUUUCUAUGUCUUCCUUGGCCCGACUCCAGAAAAUGUAAUCCAGCAAUACACAGAGGUUAGUUGAGAAAUCUGUUCAGGCAUGCAGUGCUAAGAAAAGCAUUUACUUGUUGAUUUGGUUGUGGGUUUGCAUGAGGUAUUGCAUUACAAUGAUGACAGUGAAACUCAAUGCGUCACCCCUUUGCAAAACAAACAUCAAAAACACACCCUCUUGAUUUAAAGAUCAAUUGUACUGAUCUUUAAAUCGACAACUAUACUUACUUAUUUGCAAUGGGGUGGUUUUAUUAGCCUCCUUGACUCUUUGUUGCAUUUGUUGAGUUGCACUGAAAAAAAAUUGUAUCUUCAGAAGCCAGUGGGGCAACUUUAAUACUGGUCCUAUCUAUGAAUUUUAAUACAGAGGUAGAAUGACUGAAGUUGCUGUAAAACAUUUUUAAAAUGUUAUCAAUCUGCUAAAAGUUAAUGUUUAUCAGUCUAGUAUCUGGAUGGCUUUCAGGGAAUAAGAACUGAAAUAAAUAAUAGGAUAUUGGAAUGAUCACCAAGGGUUUGUAACCCAUGUUCCAUCUAGAUUUGUUUAUUUGGUUCCUCCUAUUGCUCCCUCCCUUCUCUUCAUUGCAUUUUUCUAGCACAUAGCACCAAUAUUUUCUCAAAGCACAAAAGGCUUUCUCAAUAACUUGGAGCUCUGAUUACAGCCCCUUUAACGCCACCUGUGAAUCCUUGUUUUCCUGAGAAGGUGCCUGAAAUAUACUCGGAGUCGAGUGUGGAUUUCAUGCUCUUUAUUCAGCUCAUAGUAGUGAGGAGGAAUGGAAGUUCCCCCGAAAUGUCUGCUUUAUAUACAUUAUUUACACAAUGGGCCCCACGUGAUUGGCUAAUUCCAGGAUUCUCCUGUAGGCCAAUCAGGUUGUGGCUUCACUUCCACCUGGAGCUGGAUUGGGUGGCUCCUGUGAACCAAUCAGACUGCUGCAUUCUGAAUCCUAUUGUUCUAGGACCAAUCAGACUGCUGUAUUCUGAAUCCUAUUGUUCUAGGACCAAUCAGACUGCUGCAUUCUGAAUCCUAUUGUUCUAGGACCAAUCAGACUGCUGCAAUUUGGAUCCUAUUCAACCCAGUACACAACAGUGCCAAAUUCCACAAGUACACAUUGCUGUGUUACUGUUAUGCACACUGCAUUUCCUUCCUUUGUUUCACUCAGUCUGACUUGAGAGGGCUCCUUCCUAAGAGAGGCGUUGCUUGCAAAAUGAUUGGCGGAAAUGCUCAUAGCAUUUGCCCGUAAUUCUCGGGUGAACAUUUCAGAAACUUUACCAUGGUUGCCUAGGCUUGUUUCAUAAGCAAGGUUCCUUUGGGCAUUCCACACUGCUGCUGUUUUGGGGAUGGAUUCAGUCGCAGCAAACCUGCUCACCCCAAAUAUCAGACUCGCGAUGAGGAAAUGCCCAUGAAAGUGUAGGAUAACACUUGCCCUGGUGCCAUAGCUGUCAACUUUUCCCUUUUCUUGCGAGAAAUCCUAUUCGGAAUAAGGGAAUUUCCCUUAAAAAAGGGAAACGUUGACAGCUAUGCCUGAUGCAACACUCUCUAACUACCCUGCAAGCAAAGCAGGAUGAAUCCUCAUUAAUCGAUUGGUAGAUAGGUAUCGUGGAAUUAAUAGAAUCACAGAAUUGUAGAGUUGGUAGAUGGGAAGAACCCUUUAUCUUCCCUAGGAUUUCUCCUCCUUCUUAGCUAAAAAUGUUCGCAACUAAUAAUCCUACUGCAAAAGAGCCCUGAGAUACUUUCUAGAUGAACUGCAAUAUGGCAUAAACAUUUCUUGGCCAGAGUCUUCUUUUGCUUGUGUUUCUUAUCCUAAGUGGGCAGAUACCUUAUAUAUUGGGGUAACAGAUGGAAUAGUGGGGCAGGGGGAAGAAUUAUUAGCUCAGAGAAGCAGCAAUGCAAGAGAGGUAUUUCUGCCAUUGCAAUGUUACCACCAUAGGAGGUGGGGCCCACAGCCAACCAGUAAUGAGUUGGCAAAACGUGUUCUCCCUAGCAGAGAGCACGUGUUGCGGUGGGGGAUACAAGCCACCCAUUGUUGCUGGGCGGAUUUGUGGAGAGACCCAGGCAGUGAAUUGGUUAAUUGGGUUUCUGGGGAGAAUUGCUUGUUGCCAAUUGAGAAGGAGGGGUCAGAGGUUUAAAAUGCUGGACGCCCAGCUUUGGGCGUCCUCUUGGCUGCUUGCACUGGAUCACCCGCCCACCCUCCCUGUAUUGGGGGGGGGGUUGUUUGCUUGACCUUGCUAUGCCUGUCAUGGGGUCAUCUGCUUUGAGGCAGGGGCCUGGUAGGAAUUUUGUCCAUCUGGCUGAUUGGCUGGUGCCAUUUGGUUUUUGCCUACUGCGUAGCAAAUCGUCACAACUUGUAAGGUUGCUGUUAGGCAUUGGUUAAAAUUGGUUGGUGGAGGGGUAAGUGCCUACCCCUCCAAUGGUGGUGCGGAAAGGGAAAUCUGUUAAAGGAAUCCAGGGGCUUGCCAUUCUUUUCAUCCUUGUCCCUGGCAUCGGACUUGGGCCGUGCAAGCCACCAGGAGCAUGAGGGUGAGAAGUGAGGGUCUGGUGCCCAGCUUCAUUUCUCCCCAAAAUUGUUUCCUUGGCUGGCUUCCGCUGGAAUCCGGAAGUCAUUUCUGUCCCUGGGCAAGGACAGAAAGUCGGAACCAAUGCCUAAGCAACCACUCACAUGUGUGUAUUUAAAUAAAGUUGUGGCCAAAAUCAUGCCAAAAACCUAAACAAAAAUUGAUGUGUGCAUUAUUGGGGGGUGGCUUGGGGACCUCGACACGCAAAGCAAGACGCAUAAACUCCGAGGGAAGGGCAAUUGCUCUCUCCAGAGGGACCAUCCUCUCCCAAUUUCUACUCAGCCCAAGUCCGAUCACAUGAAUUCUAACUCAGCAGUUUCAUGCUGACAUCUCCAUUUGAAAUUUCGUAGCUGAAAUCUGUUGCUGAAGGCCGAACUGGACGUGUGUUUAUUAAAUGCACAUCGUCCCAUUCGACUGUAUAAAGCAGGGGCUUUUAUAUUAGAAAAAGGGCACAGGGGGAGGGAGUGAAACCCUCAACUGCUUUACCUCAGUGCACUCUUUGUUCUCUCUCAGCCUAGCUCUAAUAUUGGAAGUAAGCUAGCGGGGAUUAUAUGGUUUAAGCAGGGGUGUGUAAACAGCGGUUGGAAUCUUUUUUGAUUCUCUCUCCCAUUUAGUCCUUUUGGAAUAAAGGAUUGCCCCUCUCCAUAUCCCUGCCUUGCAGCUGAAUGAACAAGCAUGCCCUGUGUCCAUGCACUUCUGAUUUCUCCCUGCUCAGAGAUACUGGAAUAUUGUUCCUGGAUGCUACCAUUUUUCAUUCCUAAUUUGUGUCCGUCUAUUAUUCUCUUGUAUAGAGACUUGUCUGAUUUGGCCAGGCUAGGUAGCAAAAGGGGUUUGUUGGUGCAUGGUGGCAUAUAUCAUAUUAGAAUGGGGGUCGCCAACCUUUUAGGGCCAGAGGGCACAUUUGGCAUUUUCAGAAAGCGCCACAGGUGCCAGUCACAAAAUGGCUGCCCUGAGGUUGUGGCAUAACACAAAAUGGCUACCGUUAAGGCAUGUCAUGACAGAAAAUGGCUGCCACAUCCAAACAGAGAAAGCAAAAAAGAGAAAGGAUCAGCUGCUCCAUCAAUUGGGGGGGGGCACCCACAUUGGUUAAUGCCACAGUUACAGAGAGCAACUAUUUGCACCUCUCCCCUGUUCGAAACAGAUGGGAAGAUGGUUGUCCAAUGCUGGCAUCCAUUGAAAUGUGGGCAUAUUUAAAGGGAUCAAUGAGAGGCUGAGGCAGUGCCGACAGGAGCCGAGAAGGAAAAGCAAUUAGUGUCUCAUGCAUUGUAGAUUUUGAGGGAAUCUUUGAUUUAUUUUUAUUUAACAAAAUUCAACAAACACAAAGCUUGAUGGGGAAGGACUUUUUGUGGGGACCAUGGGUGGUAGUGGCAGAAACACGGGCUCCUGCAGGCGCCCCAUUGCCAACUGCCACAUUAUGUGCCAGGUAUAAGCUCUUAGUGGCAGGACCCAUGUUUAAUCAGGGGAUAGUGUUGUUUGAGUAGACAUGGUGACAGAAUUGGCAUCAGGAUUGUAGCAUCGGCUGCUGUGCGUGCUGACUAUUUGCUUUUAAGACUGGGACCUGCCUGUAAAGAUGGGCAGGCCUUUACUUCAGAGUGAAGAGUCAUCUUCUAUGAAAAGUCGAAGACCCUGGAUGAUGUGCUAAGGAGGCUUUAGCUGAGCACUGCCCUGAUACCUUCGUUGCAGGAUCUGUCCUGUAACAGGUACCUGUCUGGCAUUCUUGGUAGGCAUCUUCUCUUGCCCAGAAAGAGGAGACAUUGCAGUUCUAAAUAUGCAACUACGGUGUAUGUUUGCAAAGGAAUGCCUUUAAAAGCUGACAGCAGAAAUUAAGCAAACUGAACCGUUUCACGUUUUCACUCUGGGAUUAAGUGUAUUUGUAAAAAUUCUGUCUGUUGAGAAAAAGUAAAGGUGACAACCCCGUCCAUUUGAAGUCAAAGAAAAUAAUUCAUAAGCCUCCGUUAUUUCAUCAGUGGAAAAGCUCAAUUUCCCUUUUUAACACCCUUUCAAACUUACAUUAGCCAUGCCCUUUCCCAACUUUGAAGAAUAUGGCAUUUAUUACCGUAAUUGUUUAGCUUAUUGUGUCAUUGGCAACACCGGAUCUUGUCUCUUUACACUGUCCGUCAUACAUUCUUCUCAGAGUAAAUGCAGGAAUUCUCUUCUAAAGACACAAAAGUAAAUAAGGUUAUAGCAUAGGGCUUGGCUAUAGAUAACCUUUUGCUAAAAUAGAGAGAGGUAGUGUUAAAUGAAUGAUAUAAGAUUUGUAAGGCCAAAUAAAGUUACUUUCCUUAAAAUUAGGUAAUUCAAAGAUCGGCAGGUAAAUUUCAAACACAUUCCCAAACGUACACAGUGUACAUUUGUGGCAUGACAAAACGGAUGCUUUGAUGGGUGGUCGUUGAUGCCUUAUAUCAUUAGUAUCAUUAUUAAUCAUUGAACUAAUUAUAGCCACCUGUCAGUAAAUAUGCCCUGGGCAGCUUAUGAAAAAGCACAAAAAUAAAAAUAGGACAUUGAGGCUGUAAUCCUAUUCACACUUACCUGGGAGUAAGUCCAACUGAACACGGUGGUGAUUACUUCCAAGUUAGAGUUGUGAUGUGUGAUUAAUAUAUUUUAUUCAAUUACUUUCACGGUCAGUGCCAUUGAUGGUAACUUUAUUUUCUGUUCGUGUUGUACCAGUUAUAUUGUAAUAAUAGGAAAACUCCUUGGGAAUUGCCUGUAUAAAUAUAGCCGCCAUUCAGAAUUUCUCAGGUGAAAUCCUAAUCAAUUAGCAAACCUCUGGGAAGCCUGCCCCUGCUCCCUGAUGUCUGAAAUUAAAAUUUCCCCAACUCAGCAAAGUGGGAGCAACUGAAAAUAUAAAGCUCAGUCUUGAUCUCUGUUGGUACCAAAUGGCAGCUAGGGUGGGACUGUAAAAAAAUAACCUAAGCACCACCUCAUAUUUCCAAAAUAAACAUGUGACAGGCCAGCAGUAAUGGAUAUUGCCCCAAGUUCUUUGCUACAGUGGAAGUGCUCUGAGGAAGUGCUCUGAGGUAAUUUCACUGUGAAAUUAUUUCUGAAGCCAGCUUCCUGGAAAUCUUUAAACGCCAGACGCUAUUAUUAGAACAUUACUCAGUUGGUGAAUAUGUUGACUGCAAAUUUCAAAAGCAAGUGAUGUGCCGAGGGAGACAAUUUAGUUUGUUCAGACCUGGCAUGACCUUUAACCUGCCAAAUUGGUAGCAUUCAAUCCCUUCUUCUUCUUAUCCUGCUUCUCUCACAGCUUCUAAUUGGGGAGCUUGAGGAGAGAUGAUAAUAAUUCCUGUAUAGGAGAAAAAGAAAUGCCAUUCUGACAGGAAUAAGUCUUCACAAACCAAAGUUGUUGUUGUUGUUUUAAAAAAUAGCUUCUAGAGUCCUGGGAAUGGUAGUUUGUUAUGGGUGCUGGGAAUUGUAGCUCCGUGAGAGGAUUUUUUUUGGCGGGAGCCAUGUGCUUUAAAUGAAUGGUAGUGAAUGUGCAUAGUACCCAAGGCCAAAAUCCCACACGUUCUACUCCUUCUCCCUAGCAGUAAAAUUACAAUAACUUAAGUAACUAAUCAUUUUUUGCCCUUUCAAGACUCUUUCAAUCAGCUACCUGAGGCAGUCACCUCACUAAGUAUUAUGCUGGGGCCGGCCCUACCACUUUUCACCAUACGUUGCUUUUUUGCAAAGUGGCCCCACAAAAUAUACCUUCCAGCACAUAGAAAGCGAUCCUACCCAGCCUACAGACUUCCUCCCUGAUUUGUCAACUUUACUUGGGUGCCCUUUUAGAUUUCCAUAACCUUCACAUGAAAAAACAUAUCCUAGUGGCAAACAAUAGAAAAGAUCACAAUGCCCUUAGAGUUCAGAUAAAUCGAGAGGAAACAUGUUCCAGGGUUUAUUUAUUAGAAAUAAUAUUUCAAAACCAAAGCUAAUGUAUUGUAUUGUCGUGCUCUUUUAGAUAACAUUUUAAUGCCAACAUAUCCUCUGAGUUACACCAAUUAUUUCCAAACAGAUACAUUACAUUCCCAUAAGAAUUCAGCUGUGAGGCUUUUUAAGAAUGGUCAAAUGCAGGAGACACUGUUUGCAGGAAGAAUUUAUCAAAAAAAUUCCUCUUUGACAUUCCCUCAUCUCCUUGUUUCUGGCUAGUAGCCUAUAGAUUUACUCCUUCUAUGGUUUCAGUUAUUUUUCUUCGCCCUCUAUUGUACUUUUGCAAAUUAUUCUAUAGCCUUUGUUCUGCCCAGUUUUGCAAAGCGUACCGAAAGCUCUACACUGAGGCUACAUUUCAAGGAAAGAAAGCUCUAUUCUGGCAACAUCAGACGUAAAUUCCAGGUCUACUAAAUUCUGCUCUGCUUCAGCGGAACCAUCUGGAAUAUGUGCCAGAUGUUGGUUACUUUAUUGGGAAGCUUCAGGGGGAUCCAUUUGAGAGACCAUCUAAGGCGUAAUUAGACGAAGGAACAUUUGUUUCUCCAGCUGUCCUACUUUUAAAGUCUUCUCUUGGACUAUUCUGUUAAUUCAAAAUCAAGUUCACCUUAGAUGCUCCAGCCUAAUGAACUUGGGAAAGGAACUGUUUUAAAAGUUAAGCCCACCUUGCAAGCAGUUUUCUUGUAAUUGUUCGACCCUACAUGCUGUUUCCUCAGGCAGAAUAUAGCCUUGCCUUAGGUUACACCCGAUGUUUACAAGCUCAAGGAUGCAGUUACGUAACUGAAUCUAUAACAGGAUUAUGUAUGGGUCACACUGCCUAGAGAAGGACUCCUAUAGCCCAAACCAGGAUGCUCCUAAAGGCAUGCUAAUGCGGAUGAAAAGUCUAGGUUACUAAAGGACGCACCCUUGAGCUCUAACAUCAAUAUCAACUCAGUACCUAGUUGGUGAAAAGGUGCUGUAGAGGUCUGUCUUGUAGAAAAAAGAAACUGUAUCAUGUAGAAUGGCAGACCUUCCACGUGUACCUAUUUUUCAGAGACAGCCCCAGAUUUACAGAAGCUGUCCCAGUUUCUGAUUUGAACCCAGAAUGUCUCGGUUUUCUUUAGGAUGUCCCUAUUUGCGUCAUAGAAAUGGAGGGUAUGGAGUUAUGUGGCCCCCAAGCCAAGGAGAUAAGUAACUAUGCACCCUUUAGAAGACAUCUGAAGGCAGCCCUGUAUAAGGAAAUUUUUUAAUGUUUAAUGUUUCAUUGAGCUUUUUCAUAUGUUGGAAGCCGCCCAGAGUGACUGGGGCAAUCCAGUCAGAUGGGUGGGGUAUAAAUAUCAUCAUCAUGGAAUAGGAUCAGGGCUGUCUUAAGCGUAUGUGGCGCCGGGGUGCAAAGAUCCGACCAGUGCCCCCCCCAGUUGCCCAGUCCCAGGUGUGGAGGAGGGCAGAGCCGGCCGGCCAGCCCCCUCAGCAUCUCACUGGCUCGGUUGCCCCUGAACUUGCUGCGCUGAGCCGCCCGCAGCAGAAGAGCCACAGCGCUCUGACGAACGGGUGGGCUCUUCUCCGGACUCAACUCUCGGGCCCUGGGCUCUUGGCCUGGCGCCUCCGAGAGCCCAGCACCCGGGCGCCCCACACCCCUAGUACCUAUGGGUAAGAUGGCCCUGAAUAGGACAUUCCUAUUUUCAUUGGAGAAAUGUUGGAGAGUAUGGAAUGGUGGCUUUAAAUCCUGUCCUACCUUGAUAUCUAUUUUAAAGAUGCCAUUCAGAAUCCAUAAAGUUCCGUGAUAGAUUUGUUAGUAGUCCCUCUACCAUGCAAUGUGGCAAAACUGCUUUUAAAAUGGAGGAGAGUUGUCUUUUAUUAUAAAAAAGCCAACCACCCAGUUUGUGGUAUGACAUGGAGAUCACACGUUCAAAGAAAAAUGAUUCUACUGGGUCAGAGAAGCGUGUGUGUGUUUAAGCAGCUUUUUAGACCCCAGUUCUCAUAUGGAACCAGUUUGUGUACCUCAUCUACUUUGUGUACUUCAUCGUCUUGGUUCCUUUCCAUUUAAUUAAGUAAAGUUAAGCCUGAUAUAUGGCUGACCAUUUGCUGAUAGAAGUAUAGGAAUCUGUCCCACAUGUCCCAUGUGCUGUAUCUGGCACUGAGCUCAAUAUUUCAAAGCUUUGAACCUAAUAUAUAGCUUGAGGUAGAGAACCUACCCAGUGACGUGGGUGGUGCUGUGGUCUAAACCACUGAGGCUAGGUUUUGCCGAUCGGAAGGUCGGCGGUUCGAAUCCCUGCGAUGAAGUGAGCUCCCAUUGCUCUGUCCUAGCUCCUGCCAACCUAGCAGUUCGAAAGCACAUCAAAGUGCAAGUAGAUAAAUAGGUACCACUCCAGCGGGAAGGUAAACAGCGUUUUCGUGCACUGCUCUGGUUUCGCCAGAAGCGGCUCAGUCAUGCUGGCCACAUGACCCAGAAAAACUGUCUGUGGACAAACGUCGGCUCCCUUGGCCAGUAAAGUGAGAUGAGCACCGCAACUCCAGAGUCAUUCACAACUGGACUUAACUGUCAGGGGUCCUUUACCUUUAGACAACCUACCCACCCAAUAGGCGAAUAAUGUUUCUUCCACAUUGGAAAUUUCCAGUCUUAUUAUGCAGGGUUGGCAAGUACAUUUGUGGGCUCUGUGGAACAUAUUGUUGCCCUGUGGUGGCAUCAGCAAGAGAAUCGUGUUGUCCAUGGUUUCCAAACCAACCUGAUGCUCUGAAUUUAGGUCACUUCUGCACGCACUUAAAGCGUGUGGCUUUCGCCCCAAAAUCCUAGGAAGGGUGCUGGGAAUUGCAACUCUGUGAAACGUAAGCUACAGUUUUUCAGGACUCUUUGGCGGAAGCUAUGUGCUUUAAAUAUAUGGUGUUGAUGUGACCUAAGAUAAUGUCAUGCAAGGGUGGUACUUACUGUUUGGGAACACAUACCCUCAAAUAUUAAGCAGCAGGGUACCGGUACAUUGAGGCCCUUCAGUUAUUGAGAGGAAGCAUUAAUGCUGUGAGAAAGACUUUCAGUGCUGGAGUCUUGCUCUGAACUCCUGCUGAACUCUUUCACCUGCAGAAGUAUUACUGAGAAGCUUAGUUUGAUCAUGCCCUGAGACGAUGCAUGCAUUUUGCCAUUGCUCUUGCCAGGAACCUGAGAAAGCCAGGGUUCAAGCCAAAUAUCCUCCCAAUACCAGCUGCUGCAACGGGUAGGGGGAGGAGUCCCAGCUCUGACAUAUAUAUUUAACAAAUUGCAUGGGUGCAAGCCUAAUUAGUCCCCGUAACUUCUCCCAAAUCUAAAGCAAGCAGACACAUCCUUUGCAUUACCCGUAUUUUUCGCUCUGUAAGAUGCACCAGACCACAAGACGCACCUAGUUUUUGGAGGAGGAAAACAAGAAAAAAAUAAUAUUCUGAAUCUCAGAAGCCAGAACAGCAAGAGGGAUCGCUGAGCAGUGAAAGCAGCAAUCCCUCUUGCUGUUCUGGCUUCUGGGAUAGCCGCGCAGUCUGCAUUCGCUCCACAAGACGCACAUGCAUUUCCCCUUACUUUUUAGGAGGGAAAAAGUGAGUCUUAUAGAGCAAAAAAAUGUGGUACUUCAUUCUGGAGUCUGGAUGGUAAUGGAAGUGGCUUUUACCAAGCCUCUUCUCCUGGGAAUUCCAGCAAGCCUCUUCCCCACCUUUCCCCAUGAAGGAUGUCUCAGUCACCUGGCUGUGAGUUCUGCCACUAUGUGGUGGGAAUCUUAUACUGACAGGUCUGUAACAACCCAGUACUUGAUUAUUAUUUUUAAGUUCACUAAGAGCCAAGUAGCACACCAUGGUAGAAGCAUAAGUUGCAGCUAUACUGUUGUUUUUCCUUUAAUGAAUUAUAGGUGAAGGGUGUCUUUAUUGGGACCGCAGCAUACAUGAAGGAGGUUGAUACCUUCCUUCUCCAAACAUGAUUGGGACCAAAGACACCCUCUUCUUGUACACCUGUGAUGCUUAGAAAAUAAGUUCCCAUUAGUGCCAAAAAGUAAAUCUAUUUCUGUCUUCCAGCUUUCCGGCCAAUGAGUGCAAAAGCACUGAACUAAUUAAAAAGCACUAGGCAGAUUUUAAACGACAUAAUUUCAUUUUUUGUUCAUAUUCCCUACAAUAAACUCACAACAUUUUUGAUCACAACAUUUUUGGCUAAGGGACAGUGCCGGAUUUAUGUAUAAGCAAAACAAGCUAUAGCUUAGGGCCCUACUCUCCCCCCCCCCCAAAAAAAAAUUUAAAGGAAAAAAAACCCCUGGAUGUACAUUUCCAAAAUAUAAAAUAAAAAAACAAAUAAAAUAAAACCUACAUACAGCAACAGUGUUUUGUGUUGUGUAAUGGGCCCCGCCUGCUAGCCUGCUCCCUAAAAUAUCACUGGUUUGCUCAUUUCUAUAUACAGUGGUACCUUAGUUCUCAAACUUAAUCCGUUCCAGAAGUCUGUUUGUUGUUGACAGAGGACAGCUGGACAUAUAAUGGGCCCCAUUACCUUCAGUAGCUUAGGGCCUCAACAAACCUAAAUCCGGUCUGCUAAGGGACAGUAGACCUUUGAGUCAUAACUUACUGUGUACAUAGAUGGGAGGUUACUUGUUAGCUUUCAGUAUCAGCAGCCAGGUGAAAAGUGCAUUCAAUGCUGAAAACCUCUAUAACUGGUUCCUCCCCGCUCCUCCCAAAAAACCACAUAGCUUUCAAAACUCUUCUUACUAAUUCUUUCCUUUAAAAAAAAAAAAAAAUAUUAAUUUUUCAACCGUUUAAACACAACAAAACAGAAAAAACAACAACAAACAAAAAAAGCAUAACAAAAUAAGACACAAACCAUUUAAAACACAAAACAAUUUCAAUAUCUUAUCUUUCAUUCCCUUAUUUCCACGACCUCCUCACACCUCCCUUUUUGUAUUCCACUUCUGUUAAUUGUUUCAGCAAUUCCUUUCCAUCUUCCUCUGUUUUCUAUCCUAUAAUUAUCUUAACAUAUUCUAACCUUAUUUUUCCCUUUAAUACUCUAUUAAUCUAUUUAUACUUGAUUCCUUAUAGCAUUUCUACGAGAGCCAUAUAACUUCAUUCCAAUCAAUGAACAUUCCAAAAGACGUCAGUCCUACUAGCAGCCCGUUUCCAGGGUCAGAGCGGCGGUGUUUUAAAUCUCUUCACUCUCUCCCACAGGCAUACUCAAUCCGCAACUUCCCCCUCUCUUUUCCUGCCUCCAAGAGGGGGUUUAAUGUUUUUUACUGAUGGAAAUUUAAUCUUUUACAAAAGGCUUUCCAGGACUCCAGCUUGCAACUUCAUUGCCUCAGUCUAUUUACAAAAGGGGAAGGCGGACUUCCUGUUUUGAACCUCCCCGUUACGGUACCAAAUUAAACAUUUAGAAAUCCAAUUCUUCCGCUUCAGCUCUACUCACGGGUAAUUACUUUAAAGUCAAAUUGUCCACAGGAAAAGGUCAGCGCUCUCCGGCAACAGCUAUGCAGCUUCGCUCCGUGGAAGAAGCAGACGAUUCGAUGCACCGCGCCGCUCACCCCACGUUGCUCCGGAGCCCCAAAACCGGGGUUCCCCGCGAGUGGGGGAGGCGCAAAAGGUGCCCGCCGAAUCCCACGCUCACAGGCUUCUCCCGCCUGUGAUUUUAACGGGUCUCCGCCUUCGCCGUGGCGGCCAGACCCAGAUUCCCACGGAGCAGAUUCCUUCCGGUCAGAGGAAUUCCGCCAUUACCGGAGGCACCUCCCCGGAAGUCCUUACUAAUUCUUUCCAUGACAAGCCAACUCCUCAUUUCUUUUCUUGAGUUAUUCUGAUUAGUUGCUGAACACCUGUACAAUGCUAGGAUUUUGAUAAAGCUGCAAGAGCUCAGUUUUAUAGUAUCCAGUUGCACUUGCAAUGUAAGAUUAUAAGAUUAUAUACUAUAUAUAAUAAGGUUACCAGAUGUCCCCAUUUCCCGGGGACGGUCCCCAGAUUUCCAAAUCAGUCCCCUGACAAAAUCCUAUCAUUUCCUACUGAAGUUGAAAAGUGUCCCCGGAUUCACUGAAAAACAUCUGGUAACCUUAAUAUAUAAGACAGCAAUCUUAAAAGUGCUUUGACAUUUGGAGAAACUUGCGGUUGUCUGCAGCUCAUCCCUGUGGGUGGCAAAGCCAUUUUGUGUGAUGGUUUCAAGGAGUGCACAAUUGUUAUUUUGCCAUUCGACAAUUUGCAAAUGCUUAGCUAUACCAAAUCAAGUGCCUGAACUAUGAGUAGUCGAUUGCAAUUAGCUGAGCUUGGUGUGUGUGAUUGACCUGAGGAGGUGAAUGCAAAUAAUUAAAACUCAGAGAGCUCAGAAUAAACACCAACCUUUUGAUCAGGUAGCUUAGCAGACUGUGGCAUUAAAAAUAGUAUCAUUCUGGGCUGGGAAGUUCAAAAUGUUGUAUUGAUUUAAUUAAAGGCUUGCUAAUUGGCAAUGGCUAUAAAGAAACUGGGGAUUGGACGGAGCCAGUAUGUGGAAGAAAACUCAGGCUAUUUUUCCCAACAUUUAAUUAGCGGAACAGUAUUGCUAUACAAAUGCAUGGAACAGCCACCUGUCAAUGGGAACAGCUAAAUAUGGUCUCUUCAAUGUGCCAUUUAGACUUGAACUUUAGAUGGGGGUAAAUUGAAACAACUAGGGUACGGACUAUAGCAGGAGCAAGAAGGUAGUUUUAGUAAAUUCCAGGCACAGCUGAGGCGUGUAUUGGAAAGAAAGAGGCAGACACCAGUCACUGGGUGAAAUUAGGACACAAUUUUGUUUCUUUGUGGGCCUGAAAAGGGGUCUGCAGGAUCUGUCUUCCCCACCACAAAACACCCACUGCUGAAGUGAUCUGUGAAGUUUAUACCCCAAGAUGAAAAUCCAUGUGUUUCCCACCAUCUGACAAAAGGCUGAACAAAUAUGCAUUGGGUGAAGAAAAUAAGAAGGGAAUGCUUUCCCUCCCCGUUUGUCCUAUUUAUCACAGAUCUCCUCAACAGCCUCUCAUUCAAGGCUACGAAAGUAGCAAGGACUGCAAAAUCAGGAUAUUAUAAGGCUGUUUUAUAUCUGAGGUGGAAAAUCUGUCAGAAGGUGACCUUAACUCCUGUAUACAGUUCUAUUACAAUAUUCUCAUCUGGUGGAAUUACUAAUUACUAGGAUGGCAAAAUGUUGAGAGGCAAAAUCAGCUCAUGGUGGCUGUUCCACAAUGCUGGCUUUGAGACAUUUUGGCACCUCUGUUGAAAACGAUACUUGAUCUGAUCUCCACCCACCCUACUCGGUAAUGAUAGAUUAAGAGGAAGGAAAGUGCUCUCCUUCGGGGUGGAAUCUUCUACUCGACAAAACUGCUUCUUGAUAAUGCUGGUUGUGUUCCUGCUCUUCAAAAGAGCUAUUGUGUGAAUAUUCCUUGUGGUACUUUAACUACAAAAGUUUGUCGGCAUCUUCGUGACAUCUUACUUGUUUAAAAGGCCUCUAAUCAGCUUCCCUAGCUAUCUUGCCUGCUCAAAGUGCAGAGAAAAACUAACACACAACUAAAAUAGAUUUGAAAAGUAUUUCCUCCCCUACAGAAACAAGGUUUGCAAUCCUGUGUACACUACCUGGGAUCAAGUCCCCUUGAACUCACUACUUCUGAGAAGAAAUAUAUGCUCACUCUCCACAGAUCGUGACACUAGCCUCCUGCUUUGUUGCCUGAUAAAGUGAUAAUUUUCCCACAGUUCCAAGGUCUACACUACAAAGAAUAGAAUUACAGCGGAACCUCAGUUUUUGAGCAUCUCAGAAGCCGAACGUUUCAGAAGUCGAACUCUUCCGUUUUCGAACGCUUCCGUUUUCGAACGCGCCUCGGAAAUCGAAUGGCUUCCGCCAUGUGUUUUUCUUUUUUCUCAAUGGAUUUUGCCAACUGCCCAUUGCGCCUUGGUUUUCGAAUGCCUCAGAAGUCAAACUGUCUUCUGGAACAGAUUACGUUUGAAAACCGAGGUUCCACUGUAGCACUUUGCUACAGUGAGAUUCUGCAGGACACUUAAAAAAACCAAAAAACUAAAAAUGUUCUGGUUCUGUUUUUUGCUUUUAAGGCUAUUGGACGGCCACAUCUUCCUCCCUACUGGUCUCUGGGGUACCAGCUCUCACGAUGGGGAUAUCCUGACAUUGGUGCAGUAGAACAAGUUGUGAAGCGCAUGACAGAGUAUGGCAUCCCCUACGUAAGUGGGCAUUCUGCAAUGUGCAUUUAAAUUGGUUCCCCGGGGAAACCAAUGAACAAGAACAGAUUGUAUCCCUAAAAGAAUAGUAUUGAUAAUGUUUGUUGGUAUUAUAUUAAUUAUAUAAUUGAAAGGCCAUGGGGUAAUUUCUGUGGCAGCUUUUAUUAUGGUAUCAGCCUGAGCAAAAAGGUAAAACUUAACCUUUGUGCUUUAUUCUUCUUAAACGCAACAUAUUUCUGUUGCAAUUGCCAGGAUGUCCAGUACGGAGACAUUGACUAUAUGGACCGUAAGCUGGAUUUCACAUAUGACAAAGAAAAGUAUGCUGGCCUACCGGAAUUCAUGCAAGAGUUGAAGAAGGAUGGAUUGCAUUAUGUCAUUAUUCUGGUAAAUGAGCUUAAGUACUAACCUCGUUUACAUUGCUUUCAUUCACAUGACUUGCUAUAUGAAUUGUGGCAUUGAAGCAAAGAUUCUCUCCUCUACUUUCUUUUAUAACAGGAUGCUCCCCCCCCCAUGGGUAAUGUACAUUGUACUCUCAGUAUGCUCUGUUCAGUUUUUUUCUUUUCUUUUUGGGGGGUCCCUAGUGAAAAUAUGAGAAUGGGAGGGGUGGGAAGUGAGUGAGUACUGUGUGGGAGAGGAAGAAAACACAAACACCAUUAUGGAUUGGGGGGGGGGUGCUGUACAGCAGGGAUGGAGGGACAUCAGGCCUAGAGGCUACAUGAGGUCCUUUAAGCCUCUCUCUUUCUCUGGCUCUCAGGACUUACCCCUCUCUGUGCCUUCCUCAAGUGCCUCGCUGGAAGGUAUCCUCUUGCAUCCGGUGCCCUGCCUACAUUUGCUUUUGGCCCCACCCAGUCGCCAAGACCACAUAACACCGGUCUUAAAAGACCCACAUUGGCUCCCAGUACGUUUCCGAGCACAAGUUGGUGCUCACCUUUAAAGCCCUAAACGGCCUUGGUCCAGUAUACCUGAAGGAGCGUCUCCACCCCCAUCAUUCUGCCCGGACACUGAGGUCCAGUGCCGAGGGCCUUCUGGCGGUUCCCUUGCUGUGAGAAGCCAAGUAACAGGGAACCAGGCAGAGGGCCUUCUUGGUAGUGGCACCCACCCUGUGGAACGGCCUCCCAUCAGAUGUCAAGGAAAUAAACAACUAUCUGACUUUUAGAAGACAUCUGAAGGCAGCCCUGUUUAGGGAAGCUUUUAAUGUUUACUAGACUAUUGUAUUUUAAUAUUUUGUUGGAAGCCGCCCAGAGUGGCUGGGGAAACCCAGCCAGAUGGGCGGGAUAUAAAUAAUAAAUUAUUAUUAUUAUUAUUAUUAUUAUUAUUAUUAUUAUUGGCAUGGCACCCCCAGAAUGCUCCCCACAGGGGAAUGCGAUCCUUUGGUUUGAAAAAACCUCCCCAUCCCUGCUAUGUAAAAAUUCUGUUAUACAUCCAGCUCAAUGUAUCUCUCUGUGAGGGUCUGCAUGAAUAUGGAAAAAGGAAUUUUCUGACUACCUUGAACCCACUAAAACCACUGCUUUGGAUUUUGUAAGGGGGGGGGAGGAGUACAUUGGUUGUCAUGAUCAUAAUCUGUUCAUAAGGCAGAAGGAAUUUCUUAGGCCAUCUUGUGCCCUUUAAAGCCAACUCAAGUUACCAGAAUGGUGUGGGAGCUACUUCUGUGAAGCUAGAUUCCUUACUGCUCUGGAAAUAUCUGUUGGGAGGAGCCACUGAGACUGGCCAAGUGACAUAGUUCCUGUUCAUGUCAGCCUCAGGGGAACCACAUCCCUCUGACUGUCAUGGAUGCUCAGAUGAAAUGUGCAGCAUAGGUGCACAAAGCAUUGUUAUAAUGCAAGCCUAAUAGUUUUCCUCUAAAUGCUAGCCUAAUAUUUCAUCUCUAAUUCAGAAUCCAUAAGCAUGCCAGAAAACACAGUUCUUCAGUUUAGUAAAUCCAUCACCAAAGGAAGCACAUUAAGAAUUCUUAAUGCAUCCUGCAGACUAAUAGGACCUGGUGUUAUAAUUGCAAGAAUACCGAUUAAAGCUGAAGAGCACUUUUUGCUUUCUCCCAAGAGCUGUGCUGAUGAAAACAUGUCAAAAAUGGGUCUUUACUUAGAAUGGAAGGGGGCAUAAUCUAGGGAGAAAUGCAAAUGUUCUCAGCCACAGCUGCCUCUGUGAGCUGCUAGGAGGAGGGAGACGGUCUGCUCCUCUGUUCUAGAGACCAAUACAUGCAGAAUAAACUCAUUCCCUUAUUAGGAGGUGAACGUGUGAAUGGCAAACGCAUUUCAGUGUGAAGUGCAAGCUAGUAAUGACUGACCAGGAGAGGGAUGUGGUGGUUUUAAUGAACAGCUCAGUGAAGACAGGGUUAUAGUGUAGCUACUGUGAAAAUGGCAAAUGCCCUGCUAGGGAUCAUUAGUAAAGCAAUCAAGAACGAAACCGCCAUCUGAAAAAUGAAUUGCUGGAAAAGGUGAGGCAUAGGACAAUCAAAAUUAUCGCGAGUCUGGAGCAACUCUCCUAUGAAGAAAGUUCAUCAUUUUUGAAGCUUUUUAGCCUAGAUACAGUGUUUCGCAAACUUGGGUCUCCAGCUGUUUUGGGACUACAACUGCCAUCAUCCCUAGCUAGCAAGACCAGGGAUGAUGGGAAUUGUAGUCCUAAAACAGCUAGGGACCCAAGUUUGAGGAACACUGGCUUAGAAGAAAUGUAAAUUAAGGGGGAGGGACUUGAUAGAGGUGGCUUUAAAGGAGAAUUGGACAAUUUCAUGGAGGAUAAGACUGUUAAUGGCUACUAGCCAUGAUGGCUGUGUUCUACCAGUUGCUUGAAAUCACGAGUGGUGAGGGUACAAUUGCACUGAUGUCUUGCUUGGGGGGCUUUCCAUGGGCAUCUGGUUCUCAAUUUUGAGAACAGUGUCCUGGACUAAAUGGGCCUUUCGCCUGACCCGGUAAGGCACUUGCUAUGUUCUGCCUACGCAUCUAUGAUAAUUAAGUCAAUGUAUAAAGCCAAAUAGGGACGCGGGUGGUGCUGUGGGUUAAACCACAGAGCCUAGGGCUUGCCGAUCAGAAGGUCGGCGGUUCAAAUCCCCGCGAUGGGGUGAGCUCCCGUUGCUCGGUCCCAGCUCUUGCCAUCCUAGCAGUUCGAAAUCACGUCAAAGUACAAGUAGAUAAAUAGGUACCGCUCCGGCGGGAAGGUAAACGGUGUUUCUGUGUGCUGCUUUGGUUCGCCAGAAGCGGCUUAGUCAUGCUGGCCACAUGACCCAGAAGCUGUAUGCCGGCUCCCUCGUCCAAUAAAGCGAGAUGAGCGCCGCAACCCCAGAGUUGGUCACAACUGGACCUAAUGGUCAGGGGUCCCUUUACCUUUACCUUUAUAAAGCCAAAUUAGCUAUGUAGUUUUACCCAUAAUGCUAUCAAAGAUUUUGAGUUUCCCUUUAAGGUCAGGUUCCUCUAUUUAUCUUUGAACGUGGGGAACUCCCAAUGAGCAGUGACUAUCUACCGGUUUGUGUUGUCCUUCUGAAUGAGCCUCCACAUUGUGAAAUGUACCAGCUUCUUCUGGACAUUGGAUUUAGGAGAACAGGGAUAUUUCUUGGAGCGGAUGGGGGCGGUGGCCGUGUUCUUCUGACUUCCUGACAGCUGAGUUACUGCUGCUUAAUGGAGGGAGAUGGGCGAGGCGAUGGAGAAGCAGCACAAAGCAAACACGUGAGCGGAACCAAUCUGGUGCCUGCUCUGCUCAUUCAUUUGCACCAUGCCAGCCUCCCAUCACUUUGCUCCUCCCAGUUAGAAGCUAUAACUCAUCUGUUGGGAAGUCAGGUAAGCACUAUGCUAUCCACUACUGACAUCUCGGGUUUCAAUGCAUGGAGAAGUGGAGGCAAAUUUGGAUGUAGCAUUCACCUCAUAAAAAUCACUGUUGUGUUGUUGUUUUUUAAGUGAGUGUAUCAUGUGAAAAAUAUAUGAGGCAAUUUCAGUCUCUCUACCACCCCUUUGCCUCCUGGCAAUUUCCCCCCUAAGAAUGUCAGGGCUUACUCAUCAUCCUCUGCUGCCUGCCUUGAACAAUGGCCCCAUUUUCGCCUCUGACUUAUUCUGAGUCAGAGCAAAUGCAUUGUUUCCAUACAAAGGUUGAUGCUCUAAAAGUAACAAUGGUUAUCAAGCAGAACGAUCAACAUCUAUUCCAGCAGAAUAACUUUAAUGAGGAAGGUUGCCUGCUCUUCAUCAACCCCCACAGAAAAGAGAAUUCAUUGCAACAGCAAAUGGAAACAAUUUAGAAUUCACUAAACAAUUAAAAACAAUAUUCAGGAACUUUGGCAUACAAAAAACUAGGGGUGGGAUUAAUUCUGAAAUGGUAUGUUGCAAGCCUGGGUGUAUGAGCUUGAGGACUAGGACAUUAAGGGUUUAAGAUCAGCCCCACUGAGGUUGAAUAUGGUGGGAUUUACUUCUGAGUAAACAUGCUCAGGUUUGGGCUGUUUGCUCCCAGUAUGAAUGUGAUCUGGUUUUGUCAAAUGUUGCUUAUUUACAGUAGCCCCCACUGCAUGCACUGGGGGGGGGGAUGUGCAUUAUUCUUGAAUAUCUGUUUAUCAAAAUUAUAUCCUACUCUUCUGCCAAAGAAAUCAGGCCAGCUUACGCAUCCAGGGCCGGACCUUUAACUCCAGCAAAAGAACUGCGUUGUUGGUGUGCCAUUCAGACAAUUCUCUGGACCCUUUCCUAAGCUAUUCUGUCAGUCUCUAAUAUGGCACUCAUUCCCUGAGGAAUAGGUAGGAGCAUGUGAAAAAGGCACGGAGUUUAUUUGGAAUGCAAAAUCAGUCACCAGAGCCUUUUGUUCUCCUUGGUGUGAGGCAGGAGCUGCAUAAUGUAUUAGAUUUAUGCACUACAACAACACUUUUGGCUACGAGAUAUCAGAGGUUCAGAUUAGGUGUAGAUAAUUAAACUGAGUUGUUUUAGAGUGUUAAUGUCCCCUGAGUAUCACCUGCCUGGGUUUUAAUUACUACGUAAGGGCAGCACUUAAAAAAAACACCACAUCUGAGGGGGUUUGCGUAAGUUAAAACUGCACACCUACUGAAUGCUUGGACUCCUCAAGUCUGUAGGUGCCAUGCCUCCCCCCCACUUGAAAGUAUUGUACAGUCUGCCAGAAAUAAGAGUAUUGUGCCCAAAAGCACAGUAUUUAUCAUAAAAGAUUGUUUUUUUCAAAAAACGAGACAAACUGAGCCGUUAUUUAGUUAUUAGGGAAGGAAUGGAAUGAGAUUAAAGGCUCAAUUCUAUGAGCCGCUCUUAGCACUUACAUGUUUAGGAGUGCGCCUGCUGUGUUGGAACGAUCUCAUGUGUUGACAUUGUGCUGGUACAAUAAGCCACGCCAGGACGUCACACUGGUGCAACAGUGUGGCUCAGAGCUCCCGUGCCACCACCGUUGGAGUGGUAUUGUGCAAUGCUCUUAACGUGGCAAUUAAUUGGAUGGAAAGGAAAUUGAGGGCAGAUGAAAGAAAGUGCUUCUGCACACAGUGCUGUGGAAUUUUCUCCUACAAGACACAGCAAUGGCAGUAUACUUGGAUGGCUUUAAAAGAAGAUUAGACAAAUUUGUGGAGGGUAAGGCUUAUGAAAUGGCUACUAACGGCUGUGUUUUACAUUCCUGGUUUUCAACAUCACUAUAUAUUGCUGAUAUAUCAUUAUGUCUGAAAUAAGGAUGGAACUAUGUAGAGGCGAACAGUAGGACUGUCUGAUUUUUGACUUCAUGAUAUAUCACCUGCUGAACAUCACGAUAUACUGAUAUAUCACAAUGUCUGAAAUAAUAAUAAUGAUAAUAAUAAUAAUAAUAAUAAUUUAUUAUUUAUACCCCGCCCAUCUGGCUGGGUUUCCUCAGCCACUCUAGGCGGCUUCCAACAAAACACUAAAAUACAGUAACCUAUUAAACAUUAAAAGCUUCCCUAGACAUAAGGAUGAAAUAAGGAUGGAGCUAUGUACUGUAGAGGCACUGGCUGGCUUCAGGUUUUCCCCCACAUUGUUAUUUGUGCAUAGCACACACGUAAGCACACAUCAUGAUUCACAAUAUAUUGCCAGGUCAAAAAUGAUGAAACCAAUAUCAUGAAAUGGACUUGAAACCAGUUCUACACAGAUAUGAAAAAUGCUAUAAAAAGAGGGCUAUAAAAAAAUAUAGCUCCCAAUGCAAUUUAGCAGUGGUGCAGUUAGAUGUUUUCUUGCUUGCUUACUUUCCAAACCCCUUGGUCCCUUGGAAACAAGAUCAUCUGAAUAGUUUGUCACUAGAAGAUUAAUCGUAAAGGACCCCAACGUGGCUCAUGCCAAAUCACAAUUCGUGCUUGGAAGCCUUGGUGAGCUAUUUUAUGAAUAUGUUUUUUCUUUUAAUAUCAGAAACCUGUUGGGAAGACAAUAAUCAAUUAGAUUGAUUAUCUAAUUAGAUCAAUUAGAUAAUCAAUAAUCAAAUAUAUAAAAGGAUGUCACAUAGAGGAGGGAGAAAGGUUGUUUUCUGCUGCUCCAGAGAAGCGGACACGGAGCAAUGGAUCCAAACUACAAGAAAGAAGAUUCCACCUAAACAUUAGGAAGAACUUCCUGACAGUAAGAGCUGUUUGACAGUGGAAUUUGCUGCCAAGGAGUGUGGUGGAGUCUCCUUCUUUGGAGGUCUUUAAGCAGAGGCUUGACAACCAUAUGUCAGGAGUGCUCUGAUGGUGUUUCCUGCUUGGCAGGGGGUUGGACUCGAUGGCCCUAGUGGUCUCUUCCAACUCUAUGAUUCUAUGAUUCUCAUCGCAAACCAUUCAGGCAGCGUGUGUUACAUUUGCAAAGUGCAGCCAUACCCAGUGCACAGUUUGAAGGUGCACAAUGUGACAACUUCCUAAGUUUUGGCUUCAUUUGGUGAUCGAGUUUUUAAGCUUCUUGGAAAUUCUCUAUUCAAGAAGUUUAAAUUCCAAUAAAUACUCCGAUGUUCUAAGAGUCGGUAGUUCAGUGCCAACAGGAUUUUUCUGGAUCCACACUUUGACUGAUAAGCUUCUUCUCUUUCCCUUUUCAUGGCCACUUCUGUAAUAAUGUUCUCUGACAGCAACCUGGUAGCUUCCAUUCAGAAGUGGCCCAAGCAAUUUCAUACGUGAUGGGAAUAAUCCAAAUGGCACCUCCAUGGUGGUUAAUAAUAUGGUAACAACAUGUGGUAAUAUUUAAUUAAUUGGACAUUUGCCACCAUUUAAUGGUACCCCCAAAACCUGCUGCAUGUUGAGAUUGGCUAUUUCAUCUUGCCUAAUGGUAGGGUUGGUCCUGCUUCCAUCUUUGGCAUUCUGCUAGCCUACCAAUAGCUUCUUCCAUGCCAUCGUUUGGAAAUAAUGUUACAUAGCCCAUGUCUAUGUAGGGAUGGGUUUAUGUUGUGCUCUGUUAAUAUACUAUAUUUGCAUUUCUGUCACCUUAAAUUUUAACUUUAAGGCUAAUAGGUUUCUAGUGGAUGAUUUCCAGGUUAUUGUCAUACCCAAACAGUAGUUCCAUUUUGUUCAGUAUAAUCAGGCAUCUCAGACCCAUUUUUCAAAACCGGUAUUGUUGCAGUGUUUCUAUUUCCUAUCCUUUACUUUUGUUCGGUUUUGUUCCCUCAUCAGGAUCCUUUCCUAAGUAAAGAUCAAGCUAGAGGGGCUUACCAACCCUACGAACUUGGAGAACAAUUGGGAAUUUGGGUGAAAAAUUCAGAUGGAGUGACUCCAGCUGUUGGGCAGGUAGGUAUCUAUGGGGCAAUCCUUUGGAUUGGAUAAGAUAGUUGUUGUUGUGGAAGAGUUUACAUUACACAGUUUCCCAAACUUGGGUCUCAAAGUGGGGUUUUUUUGACUACAAUUCCCAUCAUCCCUGACUACUGCUCCUGCUAGCUAUGGCUGAUGGGAGUUGUAGUCCCCAAACAGCUGGGAAACCCUGGUGUAUCAUGUUGAUAGUUAUGUUCUCAUGGCAGCAAUGUCCAAUCACAGUAACAGUAAAGGAAGUGAGAGCAACAUCCAUUCUCACAAUACCAUUGCCACACACUAAUUAUGACACUGCUCUUGAUGAUUUCAUAUGAACAUAGGACAACAAGUCAAACAUUGGUCCAUGUAACCUAGUAUUGUUGACAGUGAUUGGCAGCAGCCCUCUACAAUCAAUUGAACAUAAGCAAUAGUAUUCCAAGAAGAAGUAUUUCCUUACCUUCUGCCUUGCAGGACAUAUCUGGGAGAAGAAAAGUCUAAAGAGUAAACCCUACACAAAUCCAGAGUAGAAUUCCUAAAUCCCUGGCACCUUGUACACCUCCUUCUGGUACCUCCUGCACCCACGCUGGUGCCAAAUGUAUUGUUCUGCUUUCUUCUGGACCACAUCAGUGAGGCCAAGAGGGAAGCAAAAACAACAUGGGAGGCAGCAGUUUCGAGUUACCUGUCCCAGCAGCCACAGCAGGUGCUGUGAUUCUCCAGCGGUUUUACUUCACCCCUGGAGGCAUACUCCAUUGUCUCCCAAGACAGACAGAUGCCAACAAUUGGUACACUCUGAGCUUGCAUUCCACGCAAUCUCUGAAAUUUUCCAUGUCCAUUAGCAGGCUGAAAUGUCCUUAUCUUAAUAUAUUUCAUUCUCACUUCCAGGCCUUGGCUCCAGGAAAUUCAGUGUACCCUGACUACUUCAACCCCAAAACAGCUGAUUGGUGGACCCAGAUGUGUGUUCAGUUCCACAAUGUCCUUCCUUAUGAUGGUAUUUGGCUUGUACGUUUGAUAAUAUUUCCCUUUAUAUUUUAUCUCUCUCUCUCUUCCCCCACCCAAAGUAUACCAUAAAACCUAACCUGUUUCUUGUUUUUUUAUUUGGUUAGGAUAUGAAUGAACCCUCAAAUUUUCUCGAUGGCCAGAUCCCAGGCUGUGCUCACAACAACCUCAACAACCCACCUUACAUUCCCAGUAAGUGACUUCUGAAAAACAAAUAUCCUUUGCCUGAUUCCUAUAGCCACUUACAGCAUCAAUGUUUCUAAAAGUUUAGUAGACAAUUAUUUUAAAAAACCAGAAUCAAUCCUUCUAGGACAUCCCUGGUAUUUCACUAUUGAUCUUGAGCUAUAUAGAAGUCAAGGCUUGAUAGUACCUAAGGGAGAAGAUAAAAAGGGGCUUGUAUAAGUGAUACAGUUGUUAAUGAUUCCGACAGUAAGUUCUCUUCCAAGGUAGCUACAGUCUCUAUCAUGAUGUUGUUAAUCACAUUUGUCUCUUGGCAUUGUACUACACUGUGGACAAAUCCAUGAUGCCCUCUGUGGAGAAAAUGUGUGGAAUUCCCCUUCAAAAAUUCAAGGCCUGUACAGGACAGACAGGGAAAUGGCUACUUGUGUUGGACAGUGCCCCUGAAAAACACCUAAGCCCAAGGAUGGGGAUGAGCCCCAGCCAGCAUGACCAAAGGCCAUGGAUGAUGAAAGCUGUAGUCCAGUAACAUCUGGAGAGCAUAAGCUCUCCUCCUUCUCUUCAUCACUUUUUCCUCUUCCCCCAUCUUUGCGACCACAACUGUUUCAGCAGGAUGAAGAGUGUUGGAGGGUGGAGGGGAGUUGCGGGGCGGUAGCAGGAUCAUAGAGUUCACUUGCAUUCUUUAUAACUACAUCUCCAAUGCAAUGGUGUCAGGACCCACCAGGGUUAGAAAUAGAUGUCCAUUGUCCAUGUGAUGAGACACCAGAGCUGCUUUGGGAGCAGUUUCCCCAGGCUCUGAAUUGGCUUUGUCCACUCAGGCUGACCAUUGAAUCCUCAUACCCAGGUUAGUCUAUAAAGGGCCUCCUGCCUGGGGUGGGAUUAGAACAAAAGGCCUUCCUGACGCUUCAAAAAAGUUGCUUGUUCCUUAGCUCUGUCUCCUAGUUUUUUCUGGCCCUCUGUCACAACUGGUUCCAGGUUCCUCGCUCCCCUCUGACAGCUACCUACAGCUGAGCACUGACAGAUGGGUGAAACACAGAGAAAGUGAAAUGCUUUUUAAGUCUUAUUGAUUUCACUCACCCUAAUUGUGUUUCUAGAAACCACAUAAAUCACAAAGAGCAAGAAUAUGAGAACACCGGUAUUCAAAAUUCCAGGCAUGACUGUGGAUCUGAACAUUACAAUGCCUUGCUUAUUGCAAGGAUAGACAACCUGGUGCACUUCAAGUGUUCUUAACUACAGCAUCUAUCAUCCCUACUGGAUAGAGCUGAGGGGAGCUGUGGUCCAGAACAUCUGGAGGACACCUUCUUUAUUGAUUUUGACAGUUGCUCAAUAUUUCACAUUCAGUGUCAGCUGGAAGAGGCAAUGGUACAGGUACUUAUUUGAGAGAGGAAUCAUGUCUAUCCUAGUAACCUGGGUGCAGAGUUCAGUGUCCCUAUGCAGGCUGCAGUAGUCUCUCUAUAUGAAAGAAUUUGGAAGGUUAAAACCCUGUUCUGGGAAGCCCGAAGCCCUACAGCUCCUGUCAGCCAUCCAGCAAUUAGUCUGGUCAACAUCCUUCUAACAAACCCUGGCUGUUUUCAGGAGCCUAAUUGGCAGCAAGCAGUUGAUAUCUAUUAUGUGCUGCUGACAAUGAAAUAUCAGGGGGGGAAUCCAAAACGGUAAACAUCAUUAUGGAACUGCCUGUCACUGAAGGCUUAGUUGUGGUGAACUGUGAGUGAGGAAUCUCUUCCCUUUAUUUGAGGAAGGGAGCCUAAUUCAUGGCUGGGAAUUUUAUUCUGAUAAUAUUCUCACCCAUGAAUUUUGCCACAGUGAAUAGUAUUGAAAAAAUUGGACAGUUUGUGGAAAUAGUGAUUUAUGUGAUUACUGUGAGACAAGUUCGUGUACAACAAAAAGAACGUUCCUAGUUUAUACUCUAGAUGCAACUACAUCCUGAAUGCCUUAUUGUUCCACAGCUAGACAGCAGGAAUAAUCAUGGGAAUAAAUGUAAUUAUUGGUGAAUGUAUAAAGCAACCCAACAAAAACUUUCAAGUUUAUUUCUUAUGAAUCAACUUUACUUUUAAAAAAUGACUAUGAAUGUGAAGGGACUUGUUACUCAACAAUAAUUCUUAAUAUUUUGUAUUCCACUUUCAGGAAUUUCUGAUUCUUCUCUGUUUCAAAGCACACUGUGUCCAGAUUCUAAAACUUUUCUGGGAGAUCUUUAUGACACACAUUCCCUCUUUGGAUGGUCUGAAGCCCCACCUACGUUCCAGUAAGUUCUUUAAAUGUCUUCCACUAAACGCUCUGAAAAUCUUUAAAGAUACGUUACUCAGUUUUCAUUUAAGUUUUUUUGUUCAGGAAGAAUUGGCACCACCUGGAAACUUGAAAUGGGCUGUACUUAGGGUCUCAUGUUGCAAAUGCAGAGGGUGGACUUGAGAGCAGGGCAAACCACUCCCAGUCCGUAUAAAAUGGGCUGCCUGGGUACUUUAUGUACUUCAGUAUAAUUUACUUCAGUAUAAAGUAAUUUCAGAUGUUCUUGCAGAAACUAUUGCCAAAGUUAUUCCAGUAGUGGUAGUUAGGAGGGAAUUUAUCACAAAUUGGCUAGAUAAGUGCUGUCAGCGCCAAGGAUUUCGGGCGCAUGUUCUCAAGGAUGAAAGUAAAAGAUGAGAGGGAGAAGCAGCGGUGUGGUGGAAAUUAAUUCGGAAAAUGGCUAGUAAGGAAAGUGUUUUACACACACACAUACACAUACACACACACACACACACACACACACCCCAUAGCACUGCUCUAAGCCAUACUCUCCGUUUUUAUAAAAUUGCUAUCAAGGCUUCCUUCCACACAUUUGCAAUUAUUGUAUUGCCUGCCUUAGUUCAUUUGGGAGAUUGCAGGGUCUAGCUAUUGCCUUGCAUGAACUGUGGGUACACUCUGGACCCCAUACCCAAGGCUACCUGAAGUUGCGAGGAAGAUCAGUAGAGAGCCAGUGUAGUAUAAUAUCAGAGGGGAUCCGGGUUAAGUUUCAACAAUCAGCCAUGGGAAGAACCAUAUACACCACACUGAGUUUCCCGGAGGAAAGCCAGGUUGCAAAUGUGAUAGUGAAUAGCAAACUGUUUUUAGGAAAUCUUAUCUACAAUUACAGAUCUUUUCACUCAAGAACUGCUAACGAGCUUCCACAGAACACUACAGUUCCCUGGACAAUAGUUUGAAAACCUUACAGCCUUAAAAAAAGAAAAAGAAAACCUCUGUUAAGCAAGUGUUUCUCCAUGAGUUUCUGCAAAAGUUUAAAAAAAAAAUCAUAGGAAGUGAUUGCAUGGUUGCAAAUUUGAGCUGGUUCUCAAUUGGGGCUAUAGAAAGCUCCAGAGAUUGCCUAAAUCAGGCUUCUGCAACCUAAGAUCCUGCCUGUAUUUUGGACUUUUAAGUUUCAGCCAUCUUAGGAAAGGCUGGUCUAAAUUACCAUUUUACACUGGACCGUAUGAGGCAGUGGAAUGUCUGUUGCUAAUAUUGCUACUGUAAACCACUUAUUAAGGGAUGUGGGUGGCGCUGUGGGUUAAACCACAGAGCCUAGGACUUGCCGAUCAGAAGGUCGGCGGUUCGAAUCCCAACGACGGGGUGAGCUCCUGUUGCUCAGUCCCUGCUCCUGCCAACCUAGCAGUUCGAAAGCACAUCAAAGUGCAGUAGAUAAAUAGGUACCGCUCCAGCGGGAAGAUAAACGGCGCUUCCGUGCGCUGCUCUGGUUCGCCAGAAGCGGCUUCGUCAUGCUGGCCACAUGACCCGAAAGCUGUCUGCGGACAAACGCCGGCUCCCUCAGCCAAUAAAGCGACAUGAGCGCCGCAACCCCAGAGUCAGCCACGACUGGACCUAAUGGUCAGGGGUCCCUUUACCUUUACCUUUACACUACUUAUUGCAAUCUUUUUUAUAAAUAUUAAGUAGUCCAGAAGUUGACUAAAUAAAUAAAUAAAUGUUCUUUGAGCAAAGUGCCAUACAAACAUUCCCAAUUUCAUAUGAUGAGUCCAUGACAGAGGUGGGAUUGAAACACAAGUUGCUGGCCAGCCUUAAAGCAAGCAAGCAAGCAAGCACAUUUUUGCAGAGCAGUGGACUCUCGGUGCUGCUGUAGAUUAAAGGCACCUGUUGCUCUGAAACUAGAGUGGUUGAAAAAGGGAAGCUAGACUCUUUUAAGGUCUGGAAAAAAGGAGAAACCACACAGAAGCAUCAUGCUGUUUUCAAUACAAAAUUGAAACUGGAUAAAGUAACUUUAAGCUGCAUUAUGAGAAGAAUGAACCCAGAGGGGCUUACGCUAUGACUCUUCAGUUCCUAUUAUUGAACGUCCACCUACCCCAGAGAGAUUUAAAAGAGGCUAUAGGUGAGCAGUCUCUAUAACGAAUAGAGUAGGAAUCAACUGGAGUUCAUUCUAACAAAGAGCAUUCAGAGCCAAAUCAGGACUCUCCCCUCAUUUCAUAUAAUGGCUAACUAAGGGCUUUAUAGCAUCAGAAGAUUCCUGGGGAUGAGCCCGGCUCCACUUUUGAAUUAUUCCCCAGGGGUCUGUAACCAACCAUUUUACUUCCCAGGAGGAAGUCUGAUUUAAACUGCGCACCCGCUGUGUCUGUUGUACAGAACAAAGCCAGCAACUAAAGGUCAAUUUUGACCUUCUCUCGCGUGUAUGUCGUUUCAGCUCCACACAAAACAUACUAUACAAAAGCAUCUCUCAGUGAUCCUCUUGCCCCUCGGGGGCAGAACAGUUGCACUCAUAUGCAAAUGCUUUAUUUGGCUAAACAAAUAAAAGGUUGGAAGACAGAAAGGUGUUCAAAACUGAAUCUAAAAGUCGAAGCCAAUGGUGUACGGUAAUAGAAUUUGGCAGCAUGUGUUCCAAGUAGGAAGUAAAAUUCUUUAAACAAACUUGCCACAAAGAUGGGUGUGGGUGUAUAUAUAAACAGUAUAUAUGUAUAUAUGCAUUACAUACCAUAUUUUUCUGUGUAUAAGACUAUAUUUUUUCCUAAAUUUUUGAAGUUUUAAAUAAGGGGUCGUCUUAUACACGGAUAGUGCAUAGUGCAUUGUCUUAAUUUGGGGUUAAAAAAAAUAGGGGUCAUCUUAUACAUGGGGGCAUCUUAUACAUGGAAAAAUACGGUACGUAUUAUACACAGAAUAUACACAUGCAACUGGAAUACAUACGCAGACACCUUAUUCUGUGGCAAGACCAAGUCUAAUCAUUAUUAUUCUCCUGCCCCCUUCAGAGUGUCUAAGAAUCUAGUUUAGAUACAAGAUUAAUAGGUUAUCAGCAAUAGUACAUGAACCCUCCUUUGCCCCCUCUAGUAGCAUUUCAAGGAACUGGAAAGAGUCAGUGACACAUUAACUUCUCAUGCCAAGAUCCAAGUAACUUGGCAAUGCUACUCAGUGCAAUGACCUGAAACCUAGGUUCCUGGCAUUAAGCCUCUACACUUUGUACCACACUCGCUCCUUAAUGUUGGGACAGUUGUCAAAACACAUGUGCAACAUCAGUGUCCCCCAAAUUUGUGUGCAGAAUCCAUGCUCUCCAGCUUUCAUACUUUGGAUAGGAGGAGGGAUUUUGGCAGGCACCGCAUUUCUCACCUUAUCGGGUGACUUGCUGCACCGACCAAAAUUCCUUCUUCCAUACAAGUAUUAAAGGUGAAGGAGUCUUCCUCUCUUGUGCAGCCGGUCACUUUCCCCAGCUGCACUGAUUUCAUGCUCCCAAAACCCACAAAGGAUCAUUGUGGAGUCAACAUGACAUUAACAACACUGCACCUUCUUUCCCCUUGGCCGUGUUUAAUUAUUAUUAAUUACUGAUCAGUACUUGCUUCUAGGCAAUAUGGCACUGUGUUGGGAAGCAUAGAGUGCUCAAGUGUUGUGAAUAAUGAUCAAGAUUUAUCAUGUGUAAUCCUUUCCAUGUUGCAAUUUUGGGAAACGGCAAAAGAUGUGGUGAUAGCCACUCUCUUAGAUGGCUUUUGUUAAGAAGGGACGUGGGUGGCGCUGUGGUCUAAACCACCGAGCCUCUUGGGCUUGGAAGGUCGCCGGUUCAAAUCCCUACAAUGGAGUGAGUUCCCGUUGCUCUGUCCCAGCUCCUGCCAACCUAGCAGUUUGAAAGCACGCCAGUGCAAGUAGGUAAAUAAGUACCGCUGCAGCGGGAAGGUAAACGGCAUUUCCAUGUGCUCUGGCUUCCGUCACGGUGUCCCAUUGCACCCGAAGCGGUUUAGUCAUGCUGGCCACAUGAUGUUGAAUUUGAAUAGGGAUAAGGGAACUACAGCUCCCAUUUGCCCCAACCAGCAUGGCCAACUCAGGGCACUGUAGCCCAACAACAGCUGGAGGACCACAAGUUCCCCAUCUUGUUCUUAAGUUCACACAAGAUUCUGCUUCCGAUAUCAGGUAAGCAACACAUUUAGAUCAGUAGAGAAAAAUAUGCAUCAGUGUUAAUCCCUGAUCCACAUCUGUUCAAGCAGCCGGUGCAGCUACUUCACAAUCUAACCUCCAGCCAUGUUUACUGUUAAUUAAACCCACCAUUGGAAGUUCUUUGCUGGCAUGGUAGUGGUAGGUUGAACUGCAAGCAGUGUUUACUGUGGUGAUUUCAGAAGGUGCCAACCUCCACAUGGAUCCAUUCAGUAAACACUUGGUUGAAAGGCUUGGCUGCAAGUGGGAGCGUGAUCCAGUCAGGAUUAGAGGCAGUUGGAGUCAGUAAGAAUGAAACCUGAAUGAAACCUGACAUAUGUAGCAAGCUGGUGCAAUACAUCGCUGUGAAUUGUCAGGACUUGGGAGAUAGCUAGUCUCCAUGGUUGGGAAUGAGGGGCAACAAGAGAUGGGAAGUGGGAAGUAUUUCUGGCAGUACUAACAACGUCAGGGUUAAAUUUGAUCCAUUCACAAGGUGUCCAAGUGUAUAAUAUAGUUAGGAUGUUGUCUCCUGCUUGAAAGCUGUGUUGCCACAAUAUUUUAUACGAGUUCCAGUUUGGUUAUGUAGAUGCAAGAGCUCAUGAAUAGACUCCACUGGAGUAGAAUGAAUCUAAUCAUGGAUAUAAAUGACUGAUGCUCACUAGCUGGCAGUUUUAAAAAGCUUGAAGCAACCAGCUGCCCAAAUCCUCCUGGAAAUUCAAUAGAAGUUGGGUUUCUGCAAUCUUCUACAUUCUGAAAACUCCUUUGUUAGUUAUUAAUACAGGAUAUUCUGUUAAAUAAAAUGACAUCUAAAAGCGAAAGCACAUUUCAACGCAUAGAGAGAGAGGGUUGGCCAGUUUGUUUUCUUGUUCAGCAAGCAGUAGCCCCUAAAUUACUUGAUUUUUUUUGCAACUGUGAGAUACUAUAUACUCUUUGAAGUUCAAAAGAGAAGGGAAGCAUUCAUCUGGGAAAGAAGCCUUUAUCGAGAAAUUACUAUGUCGCGCCAAGAUAGGAAAUCCAACGUCAAAUAAGGAUUACAUUAGAAAUAGCUGCGGACAUUUCAAAGUUGCAUUUGAAGUUUUGCCUCUGCUCUGGUUUUAUUUUUGACUUCCAAGCUAAAGGAAAAUGAAUUCCCAGGGCUUUGCUGAUGUGGGUGCAAUUUUUCAUUCUCAGGGCCAUCAAGGAAGCCACAGGAAAGAGGCCAUUUGUGUUGAGUCGCUCUACAUUUGUUGGAAAUGGGAAAUAUACAGCCCACUGGCUAGGGGACAACCAUGCUCUUUGGGAAGAUAUGCACACAUCCAUAAUUGGAAUUUUGGAGUUUAAUCUUUUUGGAAUUCCACAAGUAAGUGGUUUUGAAGGCACGAUAGGCAACCAUUUGCGUACAACGUUGUACCAUUUCAAAAUGGCCACAAAAGUUGGCAAUAACAACAGAAGCAAAGGAAUAUAAAGUGUCAGUUCAGGGGUUGGUGGUUAUGUUGUGGCAUGGUUCAUAUUAUACAAUGGGAUGGAUCCACAAAAGCAUGACCACAAAGAGGCAAUUUUUCCAUUCCCUAUAUCCUGUAGCAGUCCUGCAACCCUCCCCGACUUUUCCUGAAUGUCCCUCUGGAAUGGCUUGGAGCCCAGGAGAUUUCAUUGGGAAGGUGAAUCAGAAACCGAGCAAGAUAUAUACUUGCAUAGUUUCAAAAAACUAUGCCGGAUUUUGAAGCCUGGAAGAGAGGCAAACAAGUAGCCUCCAUGUUAGUAGACCAUACAGGAGUGUCUAUACCUCUGGUGAUUCAAUGAAUACUUCGCAAAAAGAGCAAAAGGACAGACUUUGUUACCAGUUAGGGUAGCGUAUGCUAAUAAGUUUACAUUUCAGUGCUACAUAACUACUUUUCUUGCAUGGAAACAAACUUAAUUACAAAUUUCUGCAGGGUUCUGUUGGCAUACGUGAGAAUAAUCUGGAAGAGGAAGUUUGAGCAUUGUGGCCUCAGUGGUUUGCACAAGGAAGUGUCUCUGACAAAACAAUUGGCCUUCACAAGCCACAAGCGCUAAUUCACCCUACUUAAACUGAUAUAUUAUUCAGAGCCCAGCAAUCAAACACCAUUUAGCGUAACAGAGUUCUACGUACACAGAAAUAUCCAUACCUUGAUCUAUAUACAAGGUCUUUUGCUGGCCCAUUCAUUCCAAAAGAGGGAGCCAAGCUGUCCUCAUGAAGGGAUUUGCAUACAUAUCAGUUGCCUCUUUUGCAAUGAAUGAAUCAAAUACCUGUUACAGACAUACGGACUUAAGUAGCAAGGCCUUAUGAAAUCCAGUAUAAAGAGCAUUGUGGUUUAUUUUGUAUGUAUAUUGAAAAGGUCUGAUGGGCUUCACCUCCUUAGCAUUGAGAAAUCAAUGGACAAUUGCAGCACUGCAGCUGCUGCAUACAGCUGCUGCUUACCUUUUGCAGUAGGCAACUGGUAUCCAAGUGAAUUGUGGCCAGUUUACAGCAUGAAUGGCAGGAAGCACUGAUUUUCUGUCUGUCUUCACAGGUGGGUGCUGAUAUCUGUGGCUUUUACUAUGAUACUACUUUUGAACUCUGCCUGCGUUGGACACAGCUUGGUGCAUUCUAUCCAUUGUCCAGAAACCAUAAUGCAUUUGGUCAGAAGGUAAGUAGGUGCCACUUAGAAAUAUUGCAGUUUGGACAUUAUAUAUAUAUGACAAAUGCUCACUUUUCUGGGCUUGGUACAAAUUUGGAAUGUUCUCCCCAUUUGUUUUGACAUUCAGUAUUGUAAGACUGAUGCAAUUCUGAUGGUUGGCCUGGAAAGGCGUUUUUAAAUUAUGAGCAACUUUGAUCAUUUGGUUUCUCAGUUUGAUUAAUCCCCUUAAUCUUUUUACAAAAGUUUUCAAAAGUAUCAGCCAAGUCACUAGCCUUGUGGAACAAACACCUUUCCUACUCAAAAGAAAUCAUUUUGGCUCCGGUAUGUGUAAAAGAAAUACAGGGCCAAGGCUGAGGUAAUUUGCUAUCUGGUCACAUCAGGGUCUUAUGAAAGCUUGUCAAGCACUGCUGCUGUUGUGAACAAACCAGCGCCCAUUGAAUGUCUAUUGACCCAGCUACUGUAAAUAAGCAGUGUUGACAGAAAAAGGGGGGACAUUAAAAUUAUGUCUCUGGAAACCAGCUGAUUCAGAGAACAGCAUAAUGUUGGUCAACAGCCUCAGAGACCACCAGUCUGAAACAUAAAAUGUAGAGGAUCAGAGUUUUGCUUUCUUUGCAAAUGUAAUUAAAAGGAAGAGGAUGCUUUGGUUAUACCUGAACAAUAAACUUUUAAAUAACAUUUUUGGGAUGCAUUUAUUUGUAACACUUUAAUCCCAUUCUACUUUUGAGAUGCUCAGAAAAUAUUGGUUCUCUGCCUUCUUUAAUCCUUACGUGUGGGGGGGGGGGUUUCCUAAUUGGGGGGGUAUCAGAUGACCACAACAGAUAUUGAAAGUACCUCAGGGGUGAGGAGAUGAAAAGAACAGCCAUGCUCCCAACAACAUAUGCAGCAGUCGAAUACAUAAAUAUAGUGUACGAAGGGAUUCUACAUGCAUAUUAUAGCUGGUCAAACUGGGGAGGGGGGAGUCAUUAGCAACCUUCAUGCAUUGUUCCAAUGGGGGGGCAUCUGAACCCUCCUCUAUAUCAUGAGAUGAAUUGUGUUGAGAUGUUGUGGUUGGCCCAAAGUUACCCAGCAAACUUCCAUGUAUGAGCAGGAACUUAGAUCUCCCUGAUCCGUACCACGACAUCUCACUGGUUCCUGCUCCCAGGACCUUCACAUAAACAUCUUUUAAAAAAUAUAUUGUGAUUAGAUUAGCUCAUCCCUGACCACUGAUCCUGCUAGCUAGGGAUGAUGGGAGUUGUAGUCCAAAAAACCCAAGUUUGGGAAACCCUGGCUUAGUUAAAAGCCAAGCAGUUGACGAAAGAAGUCUUUAAUAGGUUUACAUGCCAAAGCCUGUUGUUCCCUUAGCUUUCAGGAUGGGGCAGGGGGUCCAAUAAGCUUGAAUGCGCAAAUAUAAAUAAAUGCAAAUCAAACUGAAAUUCUGCUUUUUCACAGGAACAAGACCCUGGAGUGUUUGGGCUUGAAUUUGCCACAAUUGCACGAUCAACACUGCAGAUUCGAUACUCCCUCCUGCCAUACUUGUACACCCUAUUCUUUGAAGCUCAUGCCUUUGGAAAUACAGUGGCCCGAGGUUUAAUGCACGAGUAAGUUACCCAUUCAUUUUCCUCCUUGUCAUGGGUUUUUAAUCAAAGAUAUGUUAUUAGGUAUAUCAGGUCCUCCCUUAAAGAGGGCACAAGUUGCGGCGAGACCUGGCAACCAAACCCUGUGUUGUGGGUGGGUAUGAUUGGAUAGCCACAACACCCAAUUGGUAGGUCCCUUGAUGCAGGGUUUAAUCAGGCCAAUGGGACACAGUCCAACAGAUCAAGGGACCUAUGUAUACCUAUGCACGUGACCCAGAGCUUCCUCUUUUGGCGCGUGCAUUUGGAACACCUGCCCACCUUCUCCCUAUUUUUAGGGCUUGUGUGCUUGACCUUGCUAAGCCGCCGUGUAUUGUCUGUCGUUGGGACAGGGGCACAGCAGGAAUUUUCCCCACUUGGCUGAUUGGCUGUUGCCAUUUGGAUUUCGCCUGCCUCAUGGCAAAUCAUCACAACUUGUAAGGUUGUGGAUAGGCUCUGGUUCAGGUGAUAGGGAUGGCAGAACGCUCUCGCCAUCCCUAUGUGAAGGGUAUUCCGUUAAAGGAAUCCAGGGACUCAGUGUUUUGGUCAACCCUGUGAGGGGGUUGUGCCCAUGCCAGAGUCCAAGGGGACAUCUGGGUGGUGGACAUAGCCUGUUCCCGGCUUUCCGUCUAUCCAUGUGUUCACCCUAGGCUGACCUAUGCUGGUGCCCUGGGUCAGCACUACCUGCAACAGUGCAGAGAGCUUGUUGAACCAGAGCCUAUGCAACCACUCACGUGCUGUAAUCAAUAAAGUUGUGGCCUAAAUUCUGCCAAAAACCAAACCAAAAUUUGAGUAUUGUCUGAAUUUAUUUAAGGGGGAGGUUUAAAGGUCUGAACACGCAAUUAUUUUGUUGAUCGUAAUGAUGGUGAAGAAAACAGGGCUAAGUGUUCUCCACAGGCACAGCAACAGCAGGUUACAAUGGAAAUAUAAUAUUUACAGGCAUAUUUUAAAAGUCUAUUGCUUGCCAUUCAGAAUUCUUUGGAAGGUUUGUGGCUACGUCAAUGAUAAACUGUUUGAAGGUCUCCAAACGAAAUUCAGUUACAAAACAAAGACAGCAUUGCUCAGUUUCACCCAGGGUGUGAUGACGGGAAUUAAAAAUGAUAGUGUAAAGGCAAAAAUCAUGUAUAAGCCUGGCCCUACCAUGAGGCAGUGGGAUGAAGCUGCCUCAGGUGGCAGAUGCUGAAGGGGCAGAAGCAGACAAACCUGUAUGUACCACAUGAUCUGUCCAAUGCCCCUUAAGUUGGCCUUCUGUCCUCAGGUGCAGCAGAAGAUGCUAGCAUCAAAGUAAGAUUCAGCUGCCAGUCUGGUUGACUUUUGUAUGUGGAAUACGCAGAGGCACAAUCUUCUCUGCCUCAGGCAGCAAAAUGUUUCUAGCUAGUCCUAGUCAUUAGAUUGAUAGGAUGUUCUAAAUACCUUUUGGUAAGCCCUCCUUCAGUCGAAAGAACUCCUGCAAUUAUAUACCCUGCCCACAGGUUGAGUACACCAAACAGUGAGCCAUUCAUGCACCACAGUUUUCAUGCAAACCAGUCCCCACCACAUAUUUUUCUCUUCCGUGCUUCAAGCAGCCAACAAGAAAUAUUUUGUAGCACAUGACAACGGCCAGUCUACACAGAGAGACAAGUUUGUGCCAGGUUUCCGUGCCUGCUUAGUGUCAUCGAAGCAGCUGUCUGCUGGAAACCAGAAAUAGCUGUAUGAUGAGGAAAGAUAAGAUGGCUGCCUCUGGGAGCAGAUUUUGGUUACUUUUAAGAGCAGCCCGUUUUGUUGGGAAACAGAGGAAGCUAAUGGGGUUAGAAACCUGGAUUUUUUUACCUCAGGUAGAAAAAAGGCCUGCUCUUAGUAGUUCUAGGUUUUUAGUGCCACAAUUAGGUGUGCCUCUUUUACCCCCUGAAAUGAUAUAUAAUGCCAUGCAGAUACCCCAUGGAGCCUGCUAAUGCUAUGUUGUGUUUUUAAAGGGACUCAUGACGUAGACAUGCAGGUCUGAGUUUGAUCGAUUUCCUUUUUAUAUUGGAUGGUUUCCUUUUUAUGUUGUGGCAGCAUUGAAACCAUUUAAUCAUGCUCAUUGUGCUUGCAUUAAGAGCAGUGUUUCUUAGUCACCUUUCCUUUUAUCAUUUAAAUCACAUUAUGAACGUAUGGUCUUGCCUCACUGAGGAGAAAGGGAGAGCAAUAGCCCAGUUUCUUUUCCAUUGAAAGAGCAAAACAUAAGGUGUCUCUGUGAAGUUUGUUUUGCCACACAGCUAAAUAGAGGAGGAAGCCCUGAAGGAAGCCCGGGAGCAUAUUUACCCUUGCACAUUGUGACCUCACAAAGUGUCAAUUGCUUCAGAAAAACGAAUAGCUCAGAUACCUGUGGGCUCCUUUUUCCUUCAGAACAUUAAUGGCGCAACCAUCCCUUUUCCAAACCCUCUGUGUGCACAUAUGACAAGCUAUGUCAAUGAUAUCAGUUACAGGUAGGUAGCCAUGCUGGUCUGCCGUAGUCGAAACAAAAUAAAAAAAAUUCCUUUUAGUAGCACCUUAAAGGUAAAGGGACCCCUGACCAUUAUGUCCAGUCAUGACCGACUCUGGAGUUGUGAUGCUCCUCUCGCUUUAUUGGCCGAGGGAGCCAGCGUACAGCUUCUGGGUCAUGUGGCCAGCAUGACUAAGCCGCUUCUGGCGAACCAGAGCAGUGCACAGAAACGCCGUUUACCUUCCCGCUGGAGCGGUACCUAUUUAUCUACUUGCACUUUGACGUGCUUUCGAACUGCUUGGUUGGCAGGAGCAGGGACUGAGCAAUGGGAGCUCACCCCGUUGCGGGGAUUUGAACCACCAACCUUCUGAUCGGCAAAUCCUAGGCUCUGUUGUUUAACCCACAGCACCACCCGCAUCCCUAUACACACGAAAGCUCAUACCAAUAACAAACUUAGUUGGUCUCUAAGGUGCUACUGGAAGGAUUUUUUUUACAGUGGUACCUCUGGUUACGUACUUAAUUCGUUCUGGAGGUCUGUUCUUAACUUGAAACUGUUCUUAACCUGAAGCACCACUUUAGCUAAUGGGGCCUCCUGGUGCCGCUGCUCCGCCACUGCACGAUUUCUGUUCUCAUCCUGAAGCAAAUUUCUUAACCCGAGGUACUAUUUCUGGGUUAGCGGAGUCUGUAACCUGAAGUGUAUGUAACCCGAGGUACCACUGUAUUUUGUUUCAGUGAUAUCAGAUUGGUAUUUUCUUUUUUGGAACAUAGGUAGGCUGACUUCAAUACACAGUGAAACCAUUUAACCCACAAAUAUCUACAAAAACUGGCAGUGGCUUUCCAUAGACCCUGACAGAAGUAUUGCCAAACGUUGCCUGGAGAUGCUGGGAACUGAAUCGUAGAAUUGUAGAAUUGUUGAGUGGGAGGUGACCCUGAGGGUCAUCUAGUCCAACCUUCUGCAAUGCAGAAAUCCUUCCCACAGCUGUCCCUGGGUGGGCUCGAACCGCCAACUCCUGGAUAACAGCCAGGUGCACGGACCCAUUGCGCCACCUGACUCUGGAACCUUUUGCAUGCCAAGCAUGGGCUCUGAACUAUGGCCCUUCCCCUUUCAGAAAAGGAAGCGUAACAUUUCCUAUAUUGCUGUACCUUUGGCUUCUACGGCACACAAACUGGUAACCAGCAGGGGUGUAGGUGGGGGAAAUUAAAACAGACAUGCGGAGCUCCGAAGUGCUGCAGAGCUUUACAUAGGCAGGGGCUUCUUAAUUUUUCCUCGUGGAGGAAUGCUUUGCAGUCAUGGGGCAUUUCCUGGCAUUAAAAAGAAUAAAGUACGGCAUGUUUAUACUGUGUUCCAUGUUGUACCCUAUUGAUCUUUGCAGUGUGACCCAGAGGCUUAUGCCGUUCACAUUCUAUGUACAAUAAACUGAAUCCUAGUCUAUAGAAAUAAAUACUCAUCUUAUUGAAAUAACUUAAAAUAAAGGAAUCUGUGGUUCGGCAGCUGCUGAGCUAGAACAACCUAACCAAGCCUGAGGUGCCUACAAAAAGGCUGUUGAACAUGAACCAAGGCAGUUGCAUGGCAAGGCAAGGCUUAGAGAAAUUUGUAUUACUGCCAAGUAAUCAAAGUACUGAGCCGAAUAUUAUUGGGGAAAUUGGCUUCAAGUAUGAAGAACUGUUUCAGCUAUCUUUUAUUAUCUCUGAAGUUUUAAUCUCAGAAGGUUGUACUGAUUACCGAAUGGAAUUUUAAGAUAAAGUUUAAGAUAGCACAUGGGGAAUAAUGCAAGUAAUUUUAUUAAUUAUAAUUGGCACUGCACUUGCCAGCAUGCUGAGUGUUUUAGAGCAAUUUCAUUUAUCCUGUCAGCACAAUACAAUUUACUGAAUGUUGGAUAUGCAAAUAUCAGUCUGGAAGAAAGUUUUGUUAAUAUUGAAGGGAAAGCCUAAAAAAGAAUGACAAAAACAUAGGCUCUGAUGCAUUUGACUAGGGUUAAUAUUACUUUGCCAUACCACGGACAGCAUAACUGAAAAGGAGGACAACUGGGUACAAAAGUACCAUAAUUCCUCAGCCAGCCAGGCAAACAGGCUAGACUUCUGAGACCUCUGUAGGUUUCACUAUCAAAUACAAACAACAGAAAGGAAAGUGAAACUAAAGUAACUGCUUUGCCCUAAAGGCACUAUGUCAAAAAAUUAAGUCAUGUUGAUAGGGAACACCCCCAAAUUUUCACAAGAAAUAUAUCAUAAUAUAAAAUAACACAAGGUUAUGUUAUGUUUGGGUCCUAAUGAUUCAGCAAAACUGCUUCGAGUCAAAACAUCUCUUUAUGUGCGUGUGUGUUUAAGAUUAGACUUUAUCACAAGGAACACACAUAUUGGUUAAUCAUGAGUUAUUCUUAAGGUGGGGACGCAGCUGUCGGAGACAGCAAGGAUACACAAGCUUUGAAAAUAGACAUUUGACAUGUUCUGGAAUGUUGGAGGGUAUGUACUGUACAGUGGUACCUUGGAUUACAACCAUAAUCCGUUCCGGAGGUCCGUUUGUAAACCAAAACAGGUUGUAACCCAAGGCACGCUUUUGCCAAUGGGGCCUUCCCCCCCAAAAUUUGUUCAUAAUCCCAAAAAAAUGGGUUGUAAUCCAAAAAAAUGUUGCAAACCAGGACAUGCACUUCCGGGUUUGACAUGUUUGUAAUCCAAAACGUAUGCAAACCAAGGUACCAUUGUAUAGGGCAGGAGCUCUCUGCCAGGGUAUAAAUUAUGGACAAUUUGGAACUUUUACAUCUGCAUUUAUUAUGAAUUAUUAUUUCUAAUACGAAUGUUGGUAGUUCCAUCCUAUUUGGCAAAUGCAGACAGGGAGCCUUUGCAAGCCGACAGAAACAUUCUGCAGUUUCCACAUAUUGAGCAAAUUAUACAAUUCUUGUUCUAGGUUUCCAGCUGACCCUCAGACCCAUGAAAUAGACACAGCUUUUCUUUGGGGAUCUGCGUUUAUGAUUGCUCCAGUUCUUCAAGAGGCAAGUACUGGAAACACAAUGGUACUGGGAGGAAGUGAAGAUGGGCAUAUCAUUCAUAGUUUUCAAACAGAUACAGGAUGAACUUCUGUUUGCUCAUGCCCUUGCUGCUGGUGCAUGAUCACAGUCAAUUAUAGGAAAUGAUUGAAUCUCAGAGAUAGUCAUUAUAAAUUGAUCCUAGUCAAUUUUUGGAAGAAAUUGGAUCCAAGUAAAACUGAAGCAGUGAAUACUAGCUCUCACCCAGCUGCUCCCAAAUUUUCCUGCAUCUCUUGCCUCCCUUCAGAGACGUGUGUUUGCACUCAUAGUAAAUCAAAUUGCUAGAAAUUAGCAAAAGGAGGAAAGAGAGGGGAAACCACAGUUGUAAAGCAGAUUGAAUAUUUUGAUACUAUUUAAAAAAAAUAAAAAAUAAAUCUGUAACAUGCGGCCAGGCACUGAGAAAAGGUUUUAAACCACCACGAAUACUGAUUCAUGCACCAGUUAUUCUAUGUAUAUAAAUCUAUUACCUUAAGAGUGCUGCAGUGUGUACAGAGCACAGUAAUGAACUCAUUGUACUGGCACAACGAGCCUUGCAUUUACUUUCUACCCUUGUACAGCAGGCCAAAAAAUUAGAUCAUAAAUCUGCCUUGCUUAAAAUGCAGAUGCCUAAUUGUCAGGGUUGGCAACCUGGAGGAAAGCCAAAGAGCAGGAAGGUAGCAAGAGGCAGUCUUCUGUGCGCAGUCUGCGCUGAGCAAUGAGUUGCUUAGACUGAGGAGCCAUGCCUGAAUCAUUAGCUGCACAAAGCUAGGUGAAACCCUUUUGGUCAUUAGUGCCAUGUAACUUGGGUACGUGGGUGGCACCGUGGGUUAAACCACAGAGCCUAGGACGUGCCGAUCAGAAGGUCGGCGGUUCGAAUCCCCGUGACGGGGUGAGCUCCCGUUGCUCGGUCCCUGCUCCUGCCAACCUAGCAGUUCGAAAGCACGUCAAAGUGCAAGUAGAUAAAUAGGUACCGCUCUGGCGGGAAGGUAAACGGCGUUUCCGUGUGCUGCUCUGGUUCGCCAGAGGCGGCUUAGUCAUGCUGGCCACAUGACCCGGAAGCUGUACACCGGCUCCCUCGGCCAAUAAAGCGAGAUGAGUGCCGCAACCCCAGAGUCGGUCACGACUGGACCUAAUGGUCAGGGGUCCCUUUACCUUUACCUUUACCUUUAUGGUAACUGCAGUACUGUGUCCUAGUUAUGGUGGUGCCUGCAAUGGUGGUACUGAAACAUAGGCGAGAGCAAGUGAACCACUUCCUCCUCCAGCUUGUGACCAUCUUACACUAAUUAAAUCAAGCCACAGUUGUGAUCGUAGUGAAGCCGAAACAAAAAACCUAAGAAGAUGGUGGUCAUCGCACUUUUGAAAUUUGACUGGAUAGCAUCACAAUUUGUUUACCAGUGGUAUAGUUGUAUCUGUACAAAUAUCAAACCAAAACUGAGGAUAUCAACACCGAUAUAGCAGAAAUGUAUAAAGCUGAUCUAACUCUUUCAUGUUGGUUACAGGGAGCAAGAUCAGUAGACGUAUAUUUCCCAGAAGCACCCUGGUUUGAUUACUAUACGGUAUGUAUUUGUAAAGAUUACAUUAUGUUACGUAUCAUCGAGUGUCUUGCAUAAAAUCUCACUGAUCUCCUGUCAGCUGGCAUUUCCAUUGUUUUUCUUCAUGUGCCCUUUACUAAACUUACUAAUUUCCAUUUUCAAAAUCAUCAUAGAGUCCAUCUUUGUUCUGUGCUGAACUAAAUCUGAAAAUGUUGAAAUUUCAAGGAGCCUAUGGAAUUGCGACUUAGCUGAGCAAUGUUUUCUUCCACUUUAUGCAUUGAUUUCCCCCCUUUGCAUUUUAUAUAUAAAGGUGUGUCUUUCUAUACUCUUGUGUGUAAUAUACCCCACACAGCCUUGGCAAUAGGCUCAGGACUGAAAAUAGAAAAUACUACUUUAGACAAAACAAACACAUGCUUAAAUUCAUCACCACAAGCUAGUUGAGACAAAAGCUACCUAGAUGGCUUUAAGAAUUCAUUUAAUUCACAGAGGAAAGGUCUACAAAACCUACUAGCUAAAUGCACCCUAUAAGUGCCUAGGAAUGUUUACCAGAUGUUGAGGAUAAGAAGCAAGAGAUGAACAUCUCCAUCUUGCUUUGUUUAUAAGUUCCUCAAGAAAAUCUGGUUUUCCAUUGUUGAAGAUACAAUGCUGGACCAGGUGAACCAUUGAUCUGAUCAAGGAGAAGCAGGAUACUGCCUUAGGUUCCUUGGCGGGAAAGAGGUAGAUAAAUGUAGUAAAACAAAGGAAAUAAAAUCUUAUUUUUCAGACUAGUUACAAAUAUGUUUAUUUGCAUAUAUGAGAAGCUAUAGGUCCCAGGAGGUAAUUUGCAUUUUUAUUUCAGUAAACAUUGUAGUAUAAACAAUAUGCACUUUUGAGUUCAGAUUAAAAUCCUGUUUACAUGCCAACUGUGGAAAUGGCUUUAUGUAUUAUUUUUUAAAACUAUAUACCGCAAUUUCAUUUUAAAAAGCAGUUUACAAUAGUUGCAAUACAGUAAAAGCCACAAAAAUAAUCAAAACAGAUCACCAGCUAUUUAUAUAGCCAGAGAUGCUGCUACGAUUGCUUUUGAAAUAAUUUUACAGCUGUGUCCAAUUUUUUGGUAGGGAGAUAAAGUGCCAGAGUCAUCGCACCGUAAGCACGUCAACAUUAACGCCCCACUGGAAAAGAUUCCACUCUUUAUCCGAGGAGGAUAUAUUUUGCCAACGCAAACACCAGCCGUAAGAACUGCUAAGAGGUAACUAACAUAAUUACCUUUUAAAAAAUGAUCAAAUUAGAAAACUGGCCUGAACUUGGUACCAUGCUGAAAUUUGUCUGUGUUGUGCACCAAGUGUCAAUUUCUUGUAAAUUACUAUGGUAAUGAGCGUAAUCUCACUUAAAACCUUCCUGUUUGUUUUUUUCAAAUGAAGUUAGAUUGCUUUUUGCUCCUUGACAUGGCAGAAAUGAAAUAUGGGGCUGUGAGCACGCAUGGCAUUUGGGAGGUGGGUUUCCGAGUAGCCCAUGCCUCAAUCUAUGUCUAUCCAAUCUCUAUCCCUGUGGGAUGUAAACACAGGAGCAGUCAAUGACAACAUUCCUAGAGUGUACAUGUUAGAACAUGGGGAGGGAUGUCUGUCCAGCAAGCAGGUAAACUUCCUGGAACAGACUUCCUCCGCAUGUGACCAGAGGUGGGUGUGGCCUCACCUGUGCAGGUAAUGAUAAAAGCACAGGGCAGGCAGCCAUCUCUCUCUCUCAUCUUCAUCUUUCAAAGAAGCAGGAUGCCCUCUUGGCUCUCAGCCAAGAGAGGAGAGGACUAUCUUCCUAUAAGAUAGAUUCUGAAGUGUAUUUUACCUUUUUAAGCCUGUCUGCGUUUUGGGAUCAUAUUGUGAUACAGAACGUGAGUAAACUCUUUUAUACUUUUAUAAAGACUGUGUCGUGUCUUGUAUUUUAAGAGGGAACAAAGGGGAAAUUACCAGAGUAAUUAUUAUAGAGGUUCUAGCGAACCUGUGCACACGUUAUCGUUGCGAACUUAAAAGGGGAAUGUUUAUAAACUCUGCUGAUAUUUUGGAAACUUGUUAGCACAAGUUGGAUUAGGAUAUAAUCCCACAAUAUAUCCUCUCCUGCACCCCUGAACAUUCCCACAAUCCCUAGUGCUUAUUUCAGGGUUGUUUUUAGCAUUGGAGAUUCAGCCUUUCCCGCAACUAACAUGUCCAGCUGUCCCUUCUUGGAUUUUUGUGGAUUGUGGGAGCAGGUUUGCCUCAAUGCUUUUGUUUUUCGGGGGGGGGUGCGCGCACCUAAAUGUGCAAAAAAGGUGCACCUAUGGCAAACCUGUAUGUUCCUGAUGAGUACAUUAAUGUUGCACCACAACCAACUUUGCAAAUUUUCUAUUAGUGUAUGGGUAAGAAAAUUUCUAUUAGUGUAUGGGUAAAUAAAUGCUAAACAGCUACCAAUGAAUUUAAUAGCCUUCUCAGUUAUUCAGGUACACCUCCAGGUCACAUUUUUGCUAUAAUGAUAUGACCAGGGAGACUGAAAAUUUUGGAUUUGAACUGUAGCCGUUGAAUUCAGUCUCAUGCUCUGCAUAUUCUUUGGUCUCCCAUCGCUAUUUAUGUCAGAUGCUCAUAGGGCACUUUCUUCUCCAUUACUGGAUAGCUCUCACUUGUUCACAGGACCAUAUUACCGGGUCAUGCUUUCUUGUGUUUCAUAAUUGUUUUGUUGUUGUUGUUGUGUGUUUUAAUACUGUAAGCCGCCCUCUGAUCUCUGGAUGAAGGGUGGUAUAUAAAUUUUAUAAAUAAUAAUAACACUAAUGAUAAUGAAAUGUCUAUGGUUAAUUGUCAUUGUGUUGCAUUUUGAUGUACCUUGAUAUCUAUUGAUGUUUAAUACAUGAUUUGUGCAUGGUUUGGUUUUGAAUGUGGAAUUUGUAUUUUAGUUCUUUUAUUGAUUCCUUUUAGUUUGGAUUGGCAAACUGCUUAGAGAUUUCUGAUGAAAUCUGAAGCCGGAUAGGAGUUAAUCAAAUAAAUAAAAAGACUGUAUCACCCACAUUUCAUAAUUAGUUUUAAUUUAAUAACCCAUCAGCCGACUGAAUCCAUUUGGACUCAUUGUUGCCCUGGAUGAACAAGGCCAAGCCACUGGUUCUCUCUUCUGGGAUGAUGGCGACUCUGCCGGUGAGUGUUCAGAAAUGCUGGUAUUGUAUCUAAAACACAUUUUAUAAAGCGUAAAAGUGGCAGGGAAGGGUCUGACCUACUAACUGUCCCUUUAACUUGUGAGGAGGGGAGGGGGGAAGGUUAUUAUUGAAUAGGCGAGCACAUGUUGUCUCAACGUGUGUCCUUUGUUAUGUUUUAGUCUAAAAGGAAGCUGUUCCUUUUCCUUGUUAGAUGACCUAAUACUAACAUCAGUCUUGUGAUUUGUGUUUUGGCAGACACGGUCGAGAAUGGAAAUUAUUUCUAUGCCAGAUAUACAUACAGAGAAGUAAGUAGAAAAAAAGCACUUGGACAAAUAAGGUGUGUAUGCAGCAGAUGUGGGUGGGGAUGGAGAAGACAGGUUCAGGAAGCAAAAGCUAAGUAAGGAGUAGAAAUGAGUAAAAAUUAGGCUGGGGAAGUGGUAGCCUCUAUUUAGGGAAGACAUGUAUCAGUUUUUGUUGUUGUUGUUUAGUCGUGUCCGACUCUUCAUGACCCCAUGGACCAGAGCACGCCAGGCACUCCUGUCUUCCACUGCCUCCCGCAGUUUGGUCAAACUCAUGCUGGUAGCUUCGAGAACACUGUCCAACCAUCUCGUCCUCUGUUGUCCCCUUCUCCUUGUGCUUUCAUCUUUCCCAACAUUAGGGUCUUUUCCAGGGAGUCUUCUCUUCUCCAAAGUAUUGGAGCCUCAGCUUCAGGAUCUGUCCUUCCAGUGAGCACUCAGGGCUGAUUUUCUUAAGAAUGGAGAGGUUUGAUCUUCUUGCAGUCCAUGGGACUCUCAAGAGUCUCCUCCAACACCAUAAUUCAAAAGCAUCAAUUCUUCGGCGAUCAGCCUUCUUUAUGGUCCAGCUCACUUCCAUACAUCACUACUGGGAAAAUCAUAGCUUUAACUAUACGGACCUUUGUUGGCAAGGUGAUGUCUCUGCUUUUUAAGAUGCUGUCUAGGUUUGUCAUUGCUUUUCUCCCAAGAAGCAGGCAUCUUUUAAUUUUGUGACUGCAGUCACCAUCUGUAGUGAUCAUGGAGCCCAAGAAAGUAAAAUCUCUCACUGCCUCCCUUUCUUCCCCUUCUAUUUGCCAGGAAGUUAUGGGACCAGUGACCAUGAUCUUAGUUUUUUUGAUGAGGCAAAAACAAGGGACACACAUUUGGAGGGGAUCCAGUGAAUCCUCUUCCUGAUUCCUGAUAUCUCUUUGAAAAUCUUCAAGGAUGGAGAUGCCAUAACCUGUAGAAGCUGCUCCUUCUCUUCUUUCUAAUAUCCUGGCAAAUGUUUGAACACUGCAGCCAUCUUUAUCCUCCCUUAAUGCCCCUUCCAAGUCAGCUUCAUGCUGUUAGUAAUAUUGGCAAACAUAAUGUAACAGGCUAUUGGCUGACCAUCUCUUUGUUAGGGAGAUUGCUUGUUGAUAGCCCAAAAUGGUUGAUUUACUCAGUGGAGAUAUUGGUUGAGAGAUCACUCUGAAAUGAAAAGCCAUGAGUACAGAUUGGGGGGGGAGUAAUGUGGCAUAGCUGAUCUGCUGCCGAAUAAGAGUUUUCCCCACUUAGGUUCUACCUAUAUAUUUGUAAACCAAGCAGUUCUUACAAACAUGUCACAAAUCCUCUAUGUUCUCUCACCCGAAAGGAAGCCAAAUCAAGGUAGAGUUUUCGUUGCUUGUGGGAAACACACAAAAUAUCAAACAUUAGUGCUGCUGUAAGUCAGCAUGCAUAUCUCUCUAUGAAGAAAAAAUCAGAACGUUAGGGAGGACUGAAUUACCGCUACUCUCUGAUUGCUGCAGCCGAGAAAGGUUCCUUUCCCUCCAGUUCUCCUCUACAGAGCUGCCUAUUGAUGAUGAUAUUACUCAGGUCUGCAGUCCCAGAAAGAUGCAAUUGGCAUUCAGUCCCAGAAGUAUGCAAUUAAUAGGAGCCAUUUAGAAGAACAAAAUGACAUUAAUAUUCCUGUGGUGUUGUUCCCAGACCUCCUGCUUACAGCACUGACAGUGAAUUGGAGAAGAGUGAUGACUAUUUUUUCUGCAUGAUUAUCUCUGCAGAGACUGGCAUCGGAUAUUUCGUCUUAAUACAGCAGAUGCUUUUCCAGCAUUAAGGCUCUUCCUUUGCUCUUUUCUUCAGAGUGCUUUUAUCUUGUUGUCUUGCACAAAACUGGCAUAGGCUGAAUGGCAAAGGAAGGAAAAGAUUAGACUAGGCUUCUGUCUUUGGCGUGGCGGGCAAAAUGUGCCGAAGGCAAUUGAGAGGCGAUAGCCACUUUUAUAUUCUGCAGGAAAUCGCUUUGCAUUUGAUUGCUGGCUCUGUGGCACUUCCAUUUCUCAUUGCUUAAAUUGGAUUCUUCUCUGUAGUACCUGAAAUUACAACCUGCAUUUAAGCCAACCCAAACCGCCAAGUUAACAUUGCAAAUGUGAGGUAGUUAAAUCGGCAUUCUAAUACAGAAGAGGCAGGCAAUGCAGUGAUAUAUAAGAGAGGCCUUAGAGAAAUGUGUGUGUGAGUGAACAGACAGGCAAACACAGAGACACACAGUAUUGAACUUUCUUAAAACAACAUUCAUAAACCUGCAGUAGUGAGAGAGGUGGGAAGCAGGGGCUAUUCCAUCAGCUCUGUUGAAAGGUGCUCUGGAAGCCUUUGCUGCUGAAGAGUGAAGUAAACACACAUUCUUUAUUACGGUCCAAAGACCCACAGAAACACCCCCGAAAGCAAAAUAUAGCAGGUAUAGAGAGAAACCAUUUUAUUAAGAAGAGUGAAGUGAGCUUAAUAAAACCCCAAUAUGAUAAACCAAGAGAAAUGUAAAUUUCCAAGAGCAGUGAUCAUACUCAAAACUGCAUUACAAAGUCGGGGGGUGGGGAGCUUCAGCCCAAAUUCAUGAGGUCGGGGAAUCUGGCGGAGGGCCCUCAAUGCCAACCAGAGCAGGCAGGGAGAAAUAUGUGGCCAAAGAUGCUCAGGUCCCAGGCUAUUUAUAUGUAAAAUAAGUAAGUAAGUAAAUACUGUAAAUAUUCAUAUGCUGUAAGUUUCUUACAGUCUAUUUAGUCAAUUUUUCACUAAAACUGUUCUUACACAUGUCUUAAUUUUAUUCUGAUUGAAUAGCUGACCCUGUUUAAGACUGUUUUAAGUAAGAAACAGUUAACAUCUAUUCAUUUCCCGUUUUCUUUUUCAAAAGAGAAAGAAACAAGGCACCGAUCCAUAACUUGAAAACUUAUUUAUUUAUUAUUGCAUAAACUUUAUAUGCCGCUGAAAUUGUAGAAAAGUUAAAAUACCCAAACACAUUAAAGUUAAAUUAAAGUUAAAUUAAUUAAAGUUAAAUUGUAGAAAACCUUAAAGCGGUUUGUUGUUGUUUAGUCGUUUAGUCAUGUCCGACUCUUCAUGACCCCAACUAAACGACUAAACAACAAAGCGGUUUACAAAAAGAUAAAACAAUAAAACUUGGGGGGGGGGGAUAUCACAAGCAUACUUUAAAACUUGUAUGUUAAAGUUAAAAUACCCAAACACAUUAAAGUUAACUCAGCUUUCUAAGCAUCUUGUUAGGCUUGUCUAAACAAGGUGCUGAAAAUAGUACAGUGAAUAGCCUGCUUGAUCUCAAUAGGCAGGGAAUCCCCAAGUGCAGGUGCUGUCACACCAAACAAUCAAGUUCCUAGAAAUGUGGAAUGGGUAUUAUGGGGCACCUAUACCAGUGCCAUGGAACACAGGUGGCACUGUGGGUUAAAACACAGAGCCUAGGGCUUGCCGAUCCUUCAGCUUUUAGUGCUAAAGGUUAUCUCUUUGAGAGCAGGUGUAAUAAAGCACAGCACUCAGAAGUUGUAUCCUGUGCCAGCACAGGGCUGUGCUGAUUGAGUUUUGACGUGGUUUUCAAUGUACAGUGGUACCUUGGUUCCCAAACUUAACCCGUUCCGGAAGUCUGUUCCAAAACCAAAGCGUUCUAAAACCAAGGCGUGCUUUCCCAUAGAAAAUAAUGCAAAAUGGAUUAAUCCGUUCCAGACUUUUAAAAACAACCCCUAAAACAGCCAUUUAACAUGAUUUUUACUAUCUAAUGAGACCAUUGAUCCAUAAAAUGAAAGCAAUAAUCAGUGUACUGUACUAUAAAAUAAAUAAGACAGUAUUGUAGGUGAUAAAAAUUAAAAUUAUUUUUUUUUUCUUAUGUGCACUGCUGAUAGUCAUUGUUUGGAUGGGGGGGCUUUUAUCCAUUUCUGCAGUUACACAAUCAAUCAAUCAAUCAAUCAAUCAGUAGCUGAACUGGGUUCCACACAGUCACAAAAAACAAGUCACAGAAACGAAGUCACAAGCCACAGUCACAAGUCAGUCCCAUAAAACGAAGAACAAGUCCCUGUCAAAAACACGAAAAAGCCACACAAACAAAAACACACAAAAAAGCAAAAGCAAAAGCUCCAAAUAUCACCUCUGUGUUGCAUGGGUGCUCGGGACUCAACAGCCAACACACUCAACAGGAAGCCUCUGAUUAGCAGUGGGGGACCCAAUUUACAAACGGAACACACUCAACAUGUUCUGCUUCCAAGGCAAAGUUCACAAACUGGAACACCUAUUUCUGGGUUUGCAGCGUUCUAUUUCCAAGUUGUUCAUAAACUAAGCUGUUCUAAAACCAAGGUAUGACUAUCACUCUGCCUACAGUGCACAGGAGACGGGGGCUGGAAUCAUGUGUUGUUAAAAGGGUGUCUGAAUGGCCUCUCAGGGGUUUUUUAUUUUAUUUUAUUCUUUGAACAAUUCUGAAAAAACGCACCAUGUUUCUUGCCUCGUUUAUCAGAGCUUUCCCAGACCUUAUCAGCCUCUUCAGUAUCUUUAAAAAGAGGGCAUAUGGAAACUACGGUAACUAGCUUAGGAGAACCUGUAGAGAGGUGAAUAACUAAGCCAUUAAAUUGCAGCUGUGGUAGCUAGUGGCUUGUGAAAGACAAAGUCUCUCUUGUGUAAAUGCGCUAUGAUGUAUGUAGCAGCUGGUCCUUUGUGUUCCAAUUUAGCUGAAUGUUUGUUCAUCUGUACUUCUGACACCAAACUGGAAUUCUGACAGCAGCACAAGACAGUUCUGUGUAGGACUUUUAAAAGUAAAAAAAUAGUGAUGCCUGCAUCGUUUGCCAUUGCACUGUGUGUCAAAUGAAUGCCUAAAGUAUUCUCCUCCUGAAUUAUUCUAGGGGCACUUGAAGACAAGUAUUGUUAACAACAACUACCGUGGGGUCGAUUCUCUGAUAUAUGAUACAGUUCAGAUCCUUGGUGUGACCUCAAGACCUAAUGCUGUCGUUAUGAAUGGAAAAGCCAUCCGCAGAAGUGACAUACAUUACCAGGAAAAUGGGGUAGGCAUUCUGCUUGUGAAUUACUUAAAAUAUUUAUUGUUGUUGUUGUUGUUGUUGUUGUUAUUCCUGUAUUAUAUAUAUACCAUAUUUUUCGCCCCAUAGGACGCACCGGCCCAUAGGACGCACCUAGUUUUUUUGGGGGGAAAUAAAGAAAAAAAAAUUAUUUCCCCCCCCCCCAGGUGCGGGGCUGGGGCGGGGGAAGCCCGAGCUUCCCCCGACCCCAGCCCCCAGAACAGGCUGCUAUCCGCAAGCCGUGGGAGAGCUGUGCGAAGUCGCGCGGCUCUCCCAUGGCUAGCGUAGAGCUGCGCGAAGCCCGAAGCUUGGGGCGUGCUGAGCUCAGCGCACCCCAAGCUUCUGGGUGCCGGCAAGCUCUCCGCUAGCCGUGGGAGAGCUGCGUCUCCCACGGCUAGCGGAUAGCUUCCUGAAGCCUGGAGAGCGAGAGGGGUCGGUGCGCACCGAUCCCCCUCGCUCUCCAGGCUUCAGCGAAAGCCUGCAAUUCGCCCCAUAUACCGAAAAAGACGGUAUAUAUAGCACUGUUUCCGUUUUGCUGCAGUUAAUCUUCAGACAAAAACUAUGUUAUUUAUCUCGCUGUCCGUAAUGCGCUUUAUGUAAUCAAUUAAGCACAUUGCAUUGUCAUUACACGAUUCCACUCUGUUCAACUGUGUGGCAUUCACCAUUGGCAGUAGUACACUGUGUGGUGGUUCACUGCAACAUACCAGAAAGGGCAGGGGGUAGCCUGAGGUGAGUGUGGUGCAAACACAUGGGCAGGAGCGCCGGAUUGGUUCUGGCACAUUUGUGUCACGCCAUCAGUGGCGUCUCCUUCCUCUUCCCCAUCUAUGUCCCAAUUUGCUGUAGUUCAGGGGUUGGCAAUGUUUUUUGUUUCCACCUCCAUUGUUCUGCCCGGACACCGAGGUCCAGCGCCGAGGGCCUUCUGGCAGUUCCCUCACUGCGAGAAACCAAUAUACAGGGAACCAGGCAGAGGGCCUUCUCGGUAGUGGCACCCACCCUGUGGAACGCCCUCCCACCAGAUGUCAAACAGAAAAAAAACUACCAAAUUUUUAGAAGACAUCUGAAAGCAGCCCUGUUUAGGGAAGCUUUUAAUGUUUAAUAGGUUAUUGUAUUUUAGUGUUUUGUUGGAAGUGGCUGGGGAAACCCAGCCAGAUGGGCAGGAUAUAAAUAAUAAAUUAUUAUUAUUAUUAUUUUGAGGCCGGUCCGGUCCAUUCCCCAGCAGACCUCUCGGUGAGCCAGAGCAUGCACGCCCAUGCACGCACUCAAGCUAUUUCCAGGACUCUUCUGGGUUGGAAGAGCACCGGAAAUAGUGUGUGCGCAUACACACGGGUGCGCCUCCACCCCGGAAGUGCGCCAGAAAUAGCUUGUACGGACGUGUACAGGCGCUCCUCCGGGUGAGAAGUGCCUGUGCGCAUACACUGAAUCCCCACAUUGAUCCACAGAACGGCCGUGGGCCGGUUCCAGGAAGCUCAUGGGCCAGAACCGGCCGAUGGGCCUUAGGUUGCCAACCUCUGCUGUAGUUACUUAGACUGGAUCUAGACACGUCAAACCAGCGUUUCAGUUAAACAUGUUGCAAACUUUGUACGAGAAAUCAGAUUGGCAAAAGCAGAACUCCACAGUUUUAGAAUGCAUACACAACGCAUAUGAAGCGCUUAUUCCUUGCCGAUGUAGCUGAGUCCUCAGUCAGACGGAGGUCAGGUGAGCCAUCCCAUCCCAUUUGCUGUUGACUACUAGCAGAUGGGUGUCUGCUGGUGUGUGCAAAUCUAGAUCAUGUUGAAAGUGCUCAUGUUGAAGGUGGUUUGCUGCUAAAGGGAAAGCCACAAAUAAUUUUUUUUGAACCAUCACUAUAUACUUGCAGCCAUGACCUAUGGACAUGAGGAAUGAAGAAGGAAAUGGAGGGGGGGGGCUUUCUAGGGGAAAGUGCCCCCAUUGCCUAUUAAUCAAGCUGAACAGUUUGGUCGCUCCCCAUAGUGUUAAUAUUUAUCCAGCAUGGGCAUGUGAAUAGUUCUUUCUGUUCCAUUUGGCAGAAUGUGCAGUUAGCAUUUCAAAAACAGCCGCCGCAGUAAGAAUGGGAAACUUUUCUGUGCGCAUAUGUGGGAAGGCUGCCUGUCUUGUUUUGUGACUGCUAUUUACAUAAGCUCACAAUUACAUGUUUUCCAAGCAGCUACAAAAUGGCAGCUGUCAGCAGAUCAUUAGGGCAUUGUGUCACAACACUGUUAGGGCCACAGUGAAACAUAAUCAUCAUCAUCAUCAUCAUCAUCCAGGGCUGGGUAAGGGGCUCAGUUAUAAUUCCUAAACCAAUAUGUGAUAAAAUCAAUUCAGCCAGAAUUUUGCUUACAGUGGAGAAGCUCCAUAAAGUCCCUCACAUCUGGGGCAGUUUCUAGGCAGGCUUGAUCAAAGUUGGUCCCAAAUCCAUUUCCUCACCCCAGAGUUCUUGAAAGCAUCCUCUUUCUUCAGAAAAGGGACCUGGUUUUCUGCUGCUUUCUUGGCAGUGGUGGGGGAGGGGUGAGAAAUUUCUCCAAAAUUUCUGAAAGCAGCUGCUGCUUACCUUUACUGGAUCUUGCCAGAAAGUAUGGCCAGUGAGAAACUCUGGUAAGAACCUCAGGAUGCCUUCUUCUUGAAACGCCUUGGUCGCGGCAUGAAAUUGUGUUUUUCCCAAGUCUUUCCAGGUAGCACAGCCAGUGGGAAGUUGUGGAGUGAGCAUUGUGCUACUGAGAGUGAUGUAGGGUGCUUAUUUCUAAGUUUAAAAAGGAUGGGGGGAAAUGGGAAGCCCUUGCCCACCUCAUAAUAUGAAGUAAGGUAAGGAGCAACUCCUUCCCGAAAAUUUCAGAGAAAUGCCUCCCCCCACCCUGUGAUAUUUGGAGAGGAUUUCAUCCCAUCACCACCCUGCCAUCCACCCAACAAUUCAUCAAAAACUGGGAAAAAAUGAAAUUCUUAGCAUAGCUCUUGGCUUGAGCCUAGUGCCUUUCAUUUCAGAAAUUAAUGUCAGGUGUAGAGUAGGAAGAUUGAAUUUCCCCUAAUAGAGAUUUUUCCACUCCAAAUACCUUGUAGUUGGCUAUUUCACUCCAAAUAUUUUCCGUUAUAGAUGCUUUACAAUUGCACUGCCCUCAAAUGGCCCUUAAAGCCAGUAAAAGUCAGAAAUCGCUUCUGAACACACCAUCAUAUUUUUCUGGAAAUAAAUCACUAAGGACGCAAGCAAAAAAAAUAAUAGUUUUUGCUGUGCUCUCUAGCUGGGAAAUGGAGUCAGGAUAAGAAGCCCCAUUGCUUAAUGCUGUUUCUGUAACUUGCAAUACUGAACAAAUUGGUUGAACAAAGAACUAGAGAAAGAGGCUUUGCGUGGAAGCAAUGGGGAGGCUGACACUUUCUAUUUUAAAAGUGUCAGACUUCAUAAUUAUAAUUACUUUAGAAUAUUUUUCCCCCUGCCUGCAUUAAAAAUAUACUGGAAUUACGAAAGGUGCCUGUCAGGGGUUCAGGGAGAGAGGCACAGGGUAGGCAGGAGAUGGAGAGCGAUGGGGAGGAAUUCCAAGCCAGCGAGGAAGAGGAUGACAAUGACUCAAGAGAUUCCAUGAGUCUUUCCAGCGAAUCAGAGGAUUCACAGAAUUGGGCGCCGGUGGUCAAGGCCAGGGGAGCCCCAGGGGGGAAGUGUCAGGAGCAGGGUGCCAGCGGAGGAUCCCAAAGUGGCAGCUGGGCAUCAGGACCAGCCUCCCCACCAGAGUGCAGCGAAGGGGGUGGAGUUUCCAGUGUGUCAGAGGAAGCAGCUCCAGCAGCAGAGAAAGGAGGGGGGUCAGAGCAAGCCACCCUCCCGGAGGGGAGGGGAGCAGUGAAGGGAGUAGUGUAACUGUCAAAAGGAAAGUUAGAGGUUUGGCGCGCGCGCCUAGUUCAAAUGUAGAGGCGCGCGGAAGUGCAGGGAGCCCGGAGGAGGGGCCAGGUCCCAAAGCCCGCAGGCGGGGGGAAGAGCAGUCUGAUUCCGCGUCAGAGGAAUCCAGGAGGGGCGAAACCCCAGUGGGCAGAAGGACCCUGCGGAAAAGGAAGGAGAGAAAGAGGUGGAGCAGCGCAAGUCUCUUAAAUUGGUGGAGGGGAGGGUCUGACUCAGAGGUGACUUCAGCGGUCUUGGGUAUGAGUCGUUAGGCUGCGCGCCUAGGAUGUCAAGCAAACCAUGAACUGCAAUAAACACCUUUGUAUAUAAGAAGACAUAGGCGUUGGUCUUUUGUGAGCUAAGACUUGAGGCAGCCUUGACAGUGCCUAUCAGAUUACAUAUCAAAACCAAUACUUUUUGAUGGGGGAGGGGACUGUUCAAGAAAAUACAGGUGGCAGGUGAUGGGAAUGACCUCUGAAUGAAAUGCUGGAGACCUGUUGCCAGUCAGAGUGGGGCAAUAUUGGACUAUAGGGACAAAUAGUCAACACAGCUUCUUACAUUCCUAAAGCAUAAUAUUGUUUUGCCAAUAGAAAAGAGAAAUUGUGUAUCCUUGGGAAAUAGUUUCUGGAAUAAGGCAGUUGAUCAGAAUAAGAUAAGCCCAGGUAAUCAGUAUUUGUCCAGAGCAGGCAUAGGCAAACUCGGCCCUCCAGAUGUUUUGAGACAAUUCCCAUCAUCCCUGACCACUGGUCCUGUUAGCUAGGGAUGAUGGGAGUUGUAGCCCCAAAACAUCUGGAGGGCCGAGUUUGCCUAUGCCUGGUCCAGAGGAUAUUGGUUUAGUAUGGCUACAACAGGGCUAGCCUCUUUUCUUAUUAAGAUCCCUCAUUCUUAUAGUAAAUAGUGAGACUCUAGGGGCCUGAAUUCACCAACCUCUCUGUGUGAUUUGCUGUUCUUAACAGGAUAGGCUUGUGCUUUGGCACACAUCUCCUUUAAAACUGUAGACAAAUAGUUUGCAAAUGGAUAAUAGAGAGAACUUUAGUUAGACUGAAUCAUAAAAAGAUGUAGCCUAUUUAUUUUUCAUGUUGAAAUCAGUAAUGUUGCAUUUUACAGUGGUGCCUCGCAAGACGAAAUUAAUUCAUUCUGCGAGUUUUUUCGUCUUGCGAAUUUUUUGUCUUGCGAAGCACGGUUUCCCAUAGGAAUGCAUUGAAAAGGAAACAAAUUUGCAAGACGUUUUCGUUUUUCGUCUUGCGAAGCAAGCCCAUAGGGAAAUUCGUCUUGCGAAGCAACUCAAAAAACGAAAAACUCUUUCGUCUUGCGAGUUUUUCGUCUUGCGAGGCAUUCGUCUUGUGAGGUACCACUGUAGUUGUUUUGGAAGUGCUGGAGAGUUCUCAACCAUUAUCUGCAAAAAAGACAGUGUCUGGAUAGUGACCUUUAUCCUGCCUUAGACUUCAGGUGUCUAGACUAGGUAUCUUAGCUUAUUUCUACAUGAGAGGUAUGUUAUACCAGUCAAAAUACAGUGGUAUGAUUCCAACAAAAUGAAGCACUUUUAUGUUUCAUUGUUUCAUAAAGUAAUUAAGCAUGUAUUUAAACCUUCCCCUAAGGGCUUCCCAAAUGUUUAGCUUUGGAUGGAUUGUUCCUGUUCUGGUAAUUCCUAAUACUGGAGGUGGUUUUCUUUAAACCCUUUUAACAUUAAUUUUGUUUCUUUCUCACUAGAAACUUGUUGUGCACCUUUCUGUACCACUUGGUGAAGAGUUGGACCUCAUACUUCAAUAGGCUGCUGAAGAAAUCAAAUAAUUUGCUUUGUGAUUAAAUCUGUAAUUUGAAUGUCUUCAUGAAUUCUCUUCUGAAUUAAUAAACAUCAGUAGCUUGCAUAUCUU